AACAUAACAUUUAACAGUUGCAAAUCAUCAAAAUGAGUGUAUAGAGUAUUCUGAGCAUGCCAGUGGAAUAUCAUGUUAUUAUGAACUUCUGUAGACAAAGAGUGGGGAACACUGAGAGGCAAAUAUAAGGUUGUAUAAUAUGCAUCAAUCUCCCAUGAUUCCUUGAGUGAAGGGGAUGAAUGGGGAGUGGCUGUGAAGUGACAUUGCAGGCUAGGCUAGAGGUAUAUAAACUAAAAGUAGCGUAUUAGCACUCCUGAGCAGUUGGAGCAUUCCCAGCCUUGCCUCGGGUGUAGGGAUUGCAAGGGAAAAGCAAAACUACACGGUCUUUACCCCUGUGUAGUUUUGUUUUUGGGGGUCGUUUUGAGGUUCAACUGUUCUCACCUUGGAUAUUCUGGAAACAUACUGGAUAAAAGGAUUGUUGCUGAGGCAGUAGCCUUCUGGGCACAGUCCCAUCAGUUAUAGGCACCCUUAUAAAUCCAAGGUGCCUACCAUUAUGACAACCCAGGCGCCAACGUUUACACAGCCGCUUCAGAGUGUUGUGGCACUUGAGGGUAGUGCCGCAACAUUCGAAGUUCAAGUUAGUGGUAAUCCAGUUCCUGAGGUGAGCUGGUUUCGUGAUGGCCAGGUUCUUUCUGCUGCCGCUCUGCCCGGCGCUCAGAUCUCGUUCAGCGAAGGCCGCGCUGUUCUGAGGAUCCCCGCCGUGACAGCCGCACACAGCGGAAGGUUUUCUGUGAGAGCCACCAAUGGCGCUGGACAAGCCACUAGCACUGCUGAACUCCUGGUUACAGUGGAAACUGCGCCACCGACCUUUAUUCAGAGACUACAAAGCAUGACUGUGAGACAAGGAAGACAAGUGAGACUGGACGUUCGUGUGACAGGAAUCCCUACACCUGUGGUGAAGUUCUACAGAGAGGGAGCUGAGAUUCAGAGCUCCGCUGACUUUCAGAUUGUUCAAGAUGGAGACCUUUACAGUUUUUUGAUUACUGAGGCUUUUCCUGAAGACUCUGGUACAUACUCAGUUAUUGCCUCUAACAGCAGUGGACGUGCCACUUCAACUGCCGAACUACUGGUUCAAGGCGAAGAAGUUGCAGUGCCUGCUAAGAAGACCAAGACAGUUGUUUCAACCUCUCAGAUUUCACAGACCAAGGUGGAAAAGAAAGAGGAAGCUCAUUUUGAGUCAUCAGCCAUGACACAAAUGCAAACGGAAGGAGGUGUUGAGAUUCAGCAUUUGGCUCACAAGACACCCCCUCGUGCUCCUGGAAAACCAACCUCAAUAUCCCCACCGCCAGCUACAGCGGUUUCAAAGGUUACAGCUGCUCGCCACCAGUCACCUUCCCCUGUAAGACAUGUUAAGGCUCCAACGCCCACACCUGUGAGACCUGGUUCUCCAACUUCAAGAGUGUCUGUGUCCCCUAUCAGACCUGUGAAGUCUCCAUUAACCACGCGCAAGUAUGUCACACAGGCUGCUGAUGUUUUGCCUCCAUGGAAGCAGGAAGGAUAUGUAGCAGAGUCCAGCUACACUACCAUGUCUACUGGACCCACAUAUGUCCAGUCCUUUUCCACACACGCCCAAAAGGAACAGUGGGAGGGCUCUUUUGCCAUGCAGCAACAGAUCAGUGGCGCUAUUAUCAAAGAGGCUGUGGAGGCUGCAAUGAUCCCUUCACAUACACAAGUGCAAGUGAUGCCACCAACAGUUAUGGCAGGCUUGAAGAACCUGACUGUUAUUGAGGGAGAGUCUGUGACUCUGGAGUGCCAGAUCUCAGGCCACCCCACACCGGGCAUUAUGUGGUUCAGAGAGGACUACAGGAUUGAGAGCUCCAUUGACUUCCAGAUCACAUAUGAGCAAGGAUAUGCACGUUUAGUGAUCCGUGAGGCUUUUGCCGAGGAUAGUGGACGUUUCACUUGCACUGCAACAAAUGAGGCUGGAACUAUCAGCACUUCCUGCUACCUGCUUGUGCAAGUCUCUGAGGAAAUUGAGAGUCGGGAGGAUUUGACAGCUAUUUCUGAACAUGUUGAAGUGUCUAUGCAAGAAAGACAGAUUGCAGCUGGAGCCAGACAAGAGACCAGGUCAGAAGUCAGUGCUGUAUCUGAAUCUGUGGACACUGGAGCAGCUAUGGCUCCGUUCUUUGUGACGAAGCCCGCAGUGCAGAAACUGGUGGAAGGUGGUAGUGUUAUCUUUGAAUGCCAGAUUGGAGGAAGUCCCAAACCUCACAUCUACUGGAAAAAGAGUGGCAUUCCACUCACUACUGGAUACAGAUAUAGAGCUGCUUACAAUAAAGAAACAGGUCAAUGCAAAUUGGAGAUUUCCAUGGCAUUUCCUGAUGAUGCUGGAGAAUACACAGUGUUUGCCAGGAACAAGCUUGGAGAGGCAUCUGCAUCAGCUAUACUGCUUAAUGAAGAGGCAUAUGAAGCAUACAUAAAAGAACAUGAAGUUGCAUAUAAGACUGAAGUGACAACAGCAGUGAGACUGGAGCCCAAAGUCGGAGAUGUUCCACCUGUAUUUAGAAAUGAACUUGAAAAACAGCAAUUAAUCAUUCAGAGGAAGAUGGCUAAGCAAACUCAAAUGGUGCAGUCCUUCACCUCUGAGCAGGAGUUCCAAAUAUCUUCUGUUGAGCAGAGGUUCAUGUAUGAGAUUGAGUGUCAUCUUCUUAAAAUGACUUACCAAAAAUUGUUGGCUGAAGAUGGGGAGCAGAUGGACAUGACCAUUUCUGAGCAUGAGUGUGUAUCCCCAGUUUUUAGCACUCCAGUGAAAAAUUACAAGCUCAGGGAAGGAAUGAGUGCUACAUUGCACUUUAAAAUGACAGGAACGCCACUUCCUAAGAUUGCGUGGUAUAAAGAUGGCAAACGCAUAAGACAUGGAGACCAUUAUCAAAUCGAGGUUCUUAAAGAUGGCAGAGCCAGUCUACGUCUACCUGUGGUUCUGCCAGAGGAUGAGGGAAUCUACACUGCUCUGAUUAGCAACAUGAAGGGUAAUGCUGUCAGCUCUGGCAAGCUGCAUGUGGAAUUAGCUGAUACAGUUGUACAGCCACGGUACCGUCAACCUGAAACAGCUCAGAGAAUCAGAUCCAAGUCGCCACGCUCUAGCAGUCGUUCUCCUGGACGCUCACCUGCUCGCAGACUGGAUGAGACUGAUGAAGCCCAACUUGAAAGGCUUUAUAAGCCUGUAUUUGUCACAAAGCCAUCUUCUUUUAAGUGCUCUGAGGGACAAACUGCAAGAUUUGAUCUGAAAGUUGUAGGAAGGCCCAUGCCUGAAACUUACUGGUUCCACAAUGGACAACAAGUGGUGAAUGACUACACCCACAAGAUUGUGGUGAAGGAAGAUGGAACUCAGUCAUUGAUUGUGGUUCCUGCUAUGCCUCAUGACUCUGGAGAAUGGACAGUUGUUGCUCAAAACAGAGCUGGGAAAACCUCGGUUUCUAUGACUCUCACUGUAGAAGCUAAAGAAAACUUGGUGAGACCCCAGUUUGUUGAGAAGCUGAAAAACAUUAGUGUUAAAGAAGGUAGCUUGGUUGAAUUGGCUGUUAAAGCAAUCGGCUCUCCCCUUCCUGACAUUGUUUGGCUGAAGAACAGUGAUAUCAUCAGCCCACAAAAGCAUCCAACUAUCAGAAUUGAGGGUGGCAAGGGGGAGGCUUCUUUCAAGAUCUCCCAGAGUUCUGGCUCUGAUACUGCAUGGUAUACAGCUACAGCUAUUAACAAAGCUGGCCGAGAUACCACUCGCUGCAAAGUCAAUGUUGAAGUGGAGGCAGUGGGACCUCAGCCAGAAAGAAGACUCAUUAUUCCUAAGGGAACUUACAAAGCUAAGGAAAUUGCUGCACCAGAGCUAGAGCCACUGCAUCUCCGCUAUGGUCAGGAACAAUGGGAGGAGGGUGACCUUUACGACAAGGAGAAGCAGCAGAAGCCUCAGUUCAAAAAGAAACUGACAUCUGUUAGACUAAAGCAGUUUGGUCCUGUACAUUUUGACUGCAGACUCACCCCUAUUGGUGAUCCCACAAUGAUUGUUGAGUGGCUGCAUGAUGGCAAGCCCCUGGAAGCUGCUAACAGACUACGUAUGGUCAAUGAGUUUGGUUACUGCAGUCUUGACUAUGAAGCUGCUUAUGCCAGAGACAGUGGUGUCGUCACAUGCAGAGCUACCAACAAAUUUGGUGUUGACCAGACCUCAGCCACCCUGAUUGUGAAAGAUGAGAAGAGCCUUGUUGAGGAAAGUCAGUUGCCUGAGGGUAGGAGGGGACCGAGAUUAGAUGAAUUAGAGCGCAUUGCUCAUGAGGGAGGUCCUACUGGAGUUACUGGCGAUGAAACAACAGAGAAAACUAAGCCUGAGAUUGUCUUGCUUCCAGAGCCCAUUAGAGUACUGGAGGGGGAAACUGCUAAAUUCCGUUGCAGAGUAACUGGAUACCCAACUCCAAAAGUCAACUGGUAUAUGAAUGGACAGCUUAUUCGCAAGAGCAAAAGAUUCAGGCUACUGUAUGAUGGCAUUCACUACCUUGAGAUUGUGGACUGCAAGUCUUAUGAUUCAGGAGAUGUCAAGGUAUUGGCAGAAAACCCUGAAGGUGCAGUCGAACAUGUUGUGAAGUUUGAGAUUCAACAGCGGGAGGAUUUCCGAGCAGUUCUGCGUCGGGCCCCAGAAAUUAAGCCUCCUACAACUGUUCAAGAGCACGGCAGAGUGUCCUUUGAAGUUAUUAAACCUGAGAAGUCCUCAGACACCUCCCAAGAGUCAAAAGAGGUGGUGAAGCUGAGAAAAGCAGAGAGGGUAAUCCACGAGAAAUUAACAGAGGAAUCUGAAGAGCUGAGAAGCAAAUUUAAACGCAGGACCCAGGAAGGCUACUAUGAAGCAAUUACUGCAGUUGAACUAAAGUCCCGUAAGAGAGAUGAGUCCUAUGAAGAUAUGCUCAGGAAGAGAAAAGAUGAACUCCUUCAUCAUACCAAAGAACUAGCUGAGGCUGAAAAGAAAAGGGAAGAAGAGGAGCAUAAACUCACCAUUCCCAAAAUCAAACCAGAUAAAAUAGUACUUUCACCCAGUAUGGAAGCUCCAAAAAUUCUGGAACGUAUUCAGAGUCAGACAGUUGCCCAAGGCGAUGAAGUCCGCUUCCACUGCAGAGUUAUUGGUAAACCAGAUCCAGAAUGUCAGUGGUUCAAGAAUGGAGUUUUGCUGGAAAAAUCAGACCGAAUUUAUUGGUACUGGCCUGAAGACCAUGUCUGUGAACUGGUCAUUAGAGAUGUGUCCACUGAAGAUUCUGCUAGUAUCAUGGUCAAAGCCAUGAACAUUGCAGGGGAGACCUCAAGCCAUGCAUUCUUACUGAUUCAUGCAAAACAAGUUAUAUCAUUUACUCAAAUACUAGAAGAUCAAAGCGCCAAAGAAAAGGACACCAUGGUGACCUUUGAAUGUGAGACCAAUGAGCCUUUUGUGAAGGUCAAAUGGCUGAAGAACAAUGCAGAGAUUUUCUCUGGAGACAAGUACAGGAUGCACUCUGACAGAAAGGUGCAUUUCAUGUCUGUACUUACCAUCAACAUGAGUGAUGAAGCAGAAUACAGCUGUGUAAUCACCGAUGAUGACCACAUAAGAACAACUGCAAGACUUUAUGUUGAAGGUGCACCACUUGAAAUUGUGAAGAACCUUGAGAAUACAGAAGUACCAGAGUCAUAUGCAGGGGAGUUUGAGUGUGAAGUGUCCCGUGAAGAUGCUGAAGGCACUUGGUACUUUGAGAAUAAAGAGAUAACUCCUAGCCUUAAAUAUGUUGUGUCCUCUCGUCGUGGUCGACAUGGCCUAUCUGUUAAAGAUGUGACAAAAGAGGACCAAGGCAAAUACACUUUUAAAGUGGGUGAUCUGAAGACAAGUGCAUCCCUGAAGAUGAAAUUGCGUCCAGUUACACUGAUGCAAGGCCUGUCUGACUUGACAAUAUGUGAGGGGGAUAUUGCCCAGCUGGAAGUACGAUUCUCUCAGGAAAAUGUGGAGGGAACUUGGAUGAAGAAUGGUCAGGCCAUCUCUGCCACAGAUAGAGUUCAUAUUGUAGUUGACAAACUAAACUAUAAGCUUCUAAUUGAAGAUGCUAAUAAAGAUGAUACUGGAAUGUACUCCUUCAUUGUCCCCAACCAAGACAUUUCCACAACAGGAAAGCUUACUGUUCAAGCUAUUGACUUUUUGACACCAUUAAAGGACUUUUCUUCAGUAGAGGGUACAAAGUCUGUUUUUGAGGCCAAGAUUACCGCAGCUGAUGUGAGCUCAGUAAAAUGGUAUCAUAACGACAAACUGGUAAUACCCAACGACAGAGUACAAAUGGUCGCAAAAGGUUCAAAACAACGUCUAGUGUUGAACAGGACCUAUGCUUCUGAUGAAGGACAAUAUAAGAUUGUUGUUGGUCGUGUUGAUUCGACAUGCAAACUGACAGUUCAAAAGGUCAGCAUUGUAAAGCACAUGGAGGACUGUGUUUGUACAGAGACUCAGAAUGUCACAUUUGAGGUUGAAGUGUCUCAUUCUGGAAUUGAUGCUCUCUGGACAUUUAAGAAUCAACCUCUAAAGGCUGGCCCCAAGUACAAAAUUGAGAGCAAAGGUACCCACUAUAGUCUCACUGUCCUUUAUGCCAUGAAGGAUGAGGAGGGAGAGUACGUCUUUGCUGCUGGCGAGAAGACAUCUAGUGCAAAGCUUAUUGUUUCAGGUGGUGCCAUAAGCAGACCACUUUGUGAUUUGACAGUAGCGGAGUCCCAGACAGCUGUGUUAGAGUGUGAAGUUGCCAGCACAUCUGCCGAGGGAAAAUGGCUUAAGAAUGGACAACCUGUUGACUUCAGUUACAAUGUCAGGAGUGAACAGAACGGUACUGUAAGAAGCCUUGUCAUUGAUAUCACCAGACCACAGGAUAUUGGAGAGUAUACAUACCAAGUUGCAAAUUCUAAGACUUCUGCCAACCUGAAGGUUGAAGCUGUUAAGAUCAAAAAGACCAUGAAGAACCAAACUGUCGUUGAGACACAAGAGGCCGUGUUCAGCCUUGAACUCACUCAUUUGGAUGUGAUAGGAUCCCAGUGGAUCAAGAACGGAGUCGAAAUCCUACCAAGUGAUAAAUAUGAAAUCACAGUAGACGGAAUGGUUCACGCCUUGAAAAUUAAAAAUUGUAACACCCAGGAUGAAGCUGUUUAUGGAUUUAAACUCGGAAAGCUCUCUGCUAAUUCAAGACUCAAUGUUGAGAGUAUCAAAGUUGUGAUGAAGCCUAAGGAUGUAAAAUCACUGAUGGGUGGCACUGCUUCAUUUGAGCUGAGCCUAUCACAUGAUGACAUUCCAGUUAAGUGGAUGUUCAAGAACCAAGAACUCAAGCCAAGCUCUAAUAUUAAGAUGCUCUCAGAAAGAAAAGCCCACAAGCUGGUUAUUCAAGGUGUGGAAGAAAGCAUGGCAGGAGAAUACAUUGCUGUCAUUGGACAUUUGCAGUGCAGUGCACACCUACAUGUUGAAUCUUUGAGGGUCACAAAGCCCUUGAAGAAUGUUGAGAUUCCAGAGACUCAGGUGGCCACAUUCGAAUGUGAGGUUUCGCAUUUUAAUGUCCCGUCCACCUGGCUGAAAAAUGGAGUUGAGAUUGAAAUGAGUGAGAAGUUCGGAAUAGUGGUGCAGGGCAAGCUUCACCAACUGAAGAUCAUGAACGCUAGCACAGAUGAUGCUGCAGAGUACACAUUUGUCUGUGGAAACGAUGGUGUCUCAGCCACCCUGACUGUUAGCCCCAUUCAGAUCACCUCCAUGCUUAAAGACCUAAGCGCUCAAGAGAAGGACACCAUUACAUUUGAAGUGACUGUUAAUUAUGAGGGCAUCACCCACAAAUGGCUGAAAAAUGGUGUAGAGAUUAGAUCCACUGACAGAUGCCAGACUCGUUCAAGACAGUUUACUCACUCUCUCACCAUCCGCAAUGUGCACUUUGGGGAUAGUGCAGAGUACACGUUUGCGGCAGGAUCUGCUCAGACAUCAGCAAAGCUGUUCGUUGAGGCUCGUGUCAUUGAGUUUAUGAAACACAUAAAAGAUAUCAAAGUCACUGAGAAGAAAAAGGCCGUCUUUGAAUGUGAGCUCUCUGAGCCUAAUGUUCAAGUCACAUGGAUAAAAGAUGGACAGGAACUUGAAUUAUCUGACAGGUUUAAAGCUACAACAGACAAAUACCUUCAGCAUUUGAUGAUCCAGAGCAUUCGCAUGUCUGAUGCUGGCGAAUACUCUGUGGUUGCUGGGUCAAGCAUAUCCACGGCUCACCUCACAGUAGAGGGCAAGGAUGUUCACAUCUCUGAGCCGGCUGAGAAGGAAAUAACGGUGGUUGAGAAGCAAAGAGCCACUUUAGAGUUUGAAGUCAGUGAGGAUGAAAUCGAAGGUCGCUGGCUGAGAAAUGGUGUUGAGAUCCAAUUCUCUCAAGAGAAGCGUUUCAACUAUGUGGCUAUCAGAAUGGUGCAUCGCUUGACGAUUGCUGAAACUUACCAGAGUGAUGCUGGGGAAUACACUUUUAUUGCUGGGAAGAACAGGAGCACAGUGAAUCUGCAUGUCAACAUUCCUGAGCCUCCUCAGAUCAUCAGGCAUAUGGAGCCUUUGUCUGUGGAGGCUGGCAAACCUGCACGCUUCUCUGUGGAAGUGACUGGUAUCCCUCAGCCCCAGGUCUCCUGGUAUAAGAACUCUCAGGCACUAUCUUCUGGAUUUAAGUGUAAGUUCCAGAGAGAAGGAAAUGAACACACUCUACUUCUCAUUGAAGUCUUCCCAGAGGAUGCAGCUCAGUACACUUGUGAAGCCAGAAAUGGCUUUGGUCAGGCCACCAGCUCAGCUGUACUCAAUGUAGAAGUUUCUGAAGUGGUUUCUCCAGAUGUUGGAGUUCCACCGUCUCCACCUGUGAUAAUAUCUCCUAUACAUGAUGUAUCUGUUGAAGAGGGAGAGUCUGCAAGAUUCCAGUGCCAUGUCUCUGGAGAGGAUCUGAAUGUCACUUGGUACUGCAAAGAUAAGGAGAUUAAGCCAUCAGACAACCUCAGAAUGUCCCACUAUGAUGACAGCUGCCAGCUGGAGAUUGUCAGAGUCUAUGCUGAGAACGAGGGGCCAUACUCCUGUGUUGCUCGCAAUUCCUCAGGGAUGGUCUCUUGUUCGGCAGUUCUGAGAGUCAAUGAUCACAAUGUGAAAACCAUAAGUAGGCAAAGUGUGUCAAGCAGUGAAGUAUCUCUUAUGGAGGGGAUCACUUCUCACACCUUGACUGAGACCCAUUCUUCUUCCACUGUUCAAACUUUUGAAACGGUGUCCACUGUGGAAACAUGCACAACCUCUAUGAAAAGCUUCAAGGUCCAGCAACACAUGUCAUCAGUGGAAGACUAUUCCAGCAAACCUGCUUUGACUUUGAAAAUGAAUGAUCUCAUAGUCAGCCUGGGAGACAUGGCUCAAUUCGACUGCUCUUUCACUGGGGAGCCUCUUAUUGAAAUUGUAUGGGACCAUAAUGGAAGGGCACUGACAAAUACAGAGAGAGUGCAGUGUAUGGAUCAAGGAGGGGUCUUGUCUCUUAUCAUAUUCAAUGUGCAACUCACAGACGAGGGAAAUUACCGCUGUACUGUUAAAAAUGAAAAUGGCGAGAAUCGAACAUCUGCACGGCUCACAAUAGAAGCUGAAGAAGCAAUUCCCAAAGCAGAAACCCCCAUCCCUUCUGACUCUCUCAGUAAAUCUUCUAAAAGUGAAAAUGAGUCCAGUACAAAGACAUCUGAAAAAGAAAAACAGGAGUACUUCCAGGAUAUUGGACCGCUAAAUACCUCCUCCCUGAGAGCGAACUGGCAGAUAAGCCAACAUUACUACCCUGAUGUGAUACCCUUGGUGGAUCAUGUUAUAUAUGACUCGAUUCAGCCAGAGUUUCUUAUGAAACUACCGCCAGAAAUCAUUGCAAAGCAGCAAGACAAUGUCUCUCUUUAUUGUGUAAUCAAAGGAAUCCCCUCUCCAUAUGUGAUUUGGCUACACAACCAGUUGAUGGUUGAAGAUUCACGGUCGUACUCACUGAAGCAUGAUGGACCCUUGUGCUGCUUAAAUUUAAUGAAUAUUGGUCCCAGGCAAGGAGGCACUUAUACAUGCAAAAUUAUCAAUGCUGCAGGAGACAAUGAGUGCAGCACCCAACUCAGGGUGAAGACAGUGCCAAGAGUGGAAGAACCUACCUGUGUGGAAGAAGUCAAAGAUUUUUCUAGCAUGGCUAUGUGUACUGAAGAGGACUCUUACACCACAAUCAAAACCUUUGAACUUGCGCCAGAAUCUAAAUUCUAUACAGAAACAUUAGAGAAAAAAAUAGAAAAGCCAGUUUUUGUAACCAAACUCUCCCCAGCAAUUGUAACUGUUGGAAACACAGCUAAAUUUACUGCAGUUGUAGCUGGAUUUCCAAAACCUGUUGUUGAGUGGUAUCACAAUGGCCAAGUAAUAACCACCUCAUCUAUUUAUACAUUUGUGCAAGAGAACGAAGAAUACACUCUGGUUAUAAGCAAUGUUAAAAAGGAAUUUGAGGGAGAGUAUACUUGUAUUGCAAGCAACAGGUUUGGCAACUCACGGUGUGCAUCUUAUCUUCAUGUUAAAGUAAAAGAUGCAAAAAAUGUAGAGCAGACCAUCUGUCAACCUCCAUAUUUUAUUAAAGAAAUUGAGUCUGUGCAAUCCACAGUUGGAGGCCAGGCUGUUUUUGAAUACAAAGUUACAGGUUCUCCAUUUCCUGAAAUUCAAUGGUUCAGAGGCAGCAACUGUAUUCAACCUAGUAAAUAUUGUAUUAUUGUGAGUAAUGUAGAUGGAUCUGGCUGCAUAAAUAUAAUGGAAAUUCAGCCAAGUGAUGGUGGUCUCUACUCAUGUAGGGCAUCGAACCCACUGGGAGAGACAUUUUGCAAUGCAGAACUAAUUGUCGUCUUUGAUAGUGUUUCAACAUCUCAACAACAAGAACAAGUUGUUUCAAUGAAGCAAAAAAAGUACAAAGUGUCAACAUCUGAACAUGCCACUGAGACCCGUUUGUACAGUGUAAGUCUUUCCGGACAUGCCAGAGCUAGUCUGCAGGAAGGACACCAGAUGAUUUAUACCAUUGGCACUGAAGAUAGACAGGCAGUGUCAAGUGAACAAGUAGAUACUCUGUCUGACUUAGAUGUUUCAUCUGCAACUGUGCACAGAGAGCAGGUAACUCACCAAGCUGCAGUUCUGCAGUCUCAUGAAAUGCAAGAGAGAGUAGCUAUUGCUUUAACAGAGCCACAACAAGCUGUGGCAGCACCUCAGAAACAGCUCCACAUUGCUGCAAUGACCUCUGCUGUUCAAGAAAGCCAAGGCUUCACAGAACAGCACGCUGAUCGUAUCAAAAGUCCUGAGGUGAUAGAGCUGGAGCUUACAGAGGAACAGCCUUCACGGGUGAUGUCUGCCAUUUCUCAGAGUGUAACCCCUCUUACAAUUGUGAAGGCUGACCCUAUAACUUGCAAAGAAGGAGAAAGCAUACCUACUAUUCCAGAACCAAAACAUGCUUUUAAUAGUCAACAGGUUGAGACAAAGCUCGCCAUCUUAAAUGAAGAAUACAAAAAUAUUCCUUUCCCCGAAGAGGAGAAACCUUUCAGGGUUGCAGAAGGGGUUAAGUUAUUGUAUUCUGCAAUAUCCUCAGAGAACCUGCAAGUUUCAGAGGCUCAUUCUUCUAUGUUACCAUCUUUGGAGUCCAGUGAAUCUUUAACUGGAAAGGAAAAACCCAAACCAGUACUUGCAUCUCUAAGUGAAGUAAAGCACACUCUUUCAAAAGAAAGUAAUUUAGAAAUUGACAAACCAGUUGAGGAGGUCGCGCAGUUGUCCAAAGACCAAAUGUUAAAAUCAGCCUUUAUUGCUGAGGAAAAGCAUACACUUCAUGCUGACAAAACAACAGCAAUUCCAGGUCUAGAUAGUGCUGUUUCAGUGCGUUCCCAGAAAGAAGAGGACCAGGUGCUUCAUUUACAGGUAAUCUGUGAUCAAUAUACUCUUCCACCUCAGGGUAAAUUUACUAGUGAGAAACCAAGAACUGAGCAAGCUGAUAGCAGGAAAAGCUCCACUCUUUUGCAAACAAUGUCUGUGGAUGAGCAGACCGUUGUUCAGUGUGAACAUUCAUCAGAGUUUUCUUCUGAUAAGACAACAGAAUGUAUAAAACCAAAGAAAGAGGCUCCAGCCAAGAUAUAUCUUCAGUCUAUGCAGACAGAGACCACUUUAUACAAAGAAGGAUUACUUUCAGUAGAAGAACCAGAUCAGCAAAACGCAUUGCAGAGACAAGAAAAAAAACGUAAAUAUGCAGCUACUACUGAGGAGAAGUUAAAGCUGACCGCAGAUUCCGCCAAAGAUCUUGAUGUUUCUGUGAAAGGGGUGAAACCUGAACACAGACAAGAACCCAAACCUUUGAACAUUCUUCAUGUGGUCUCAGAACCUAUGCAGCUCCCAAAGGAAAGUCCUUUUACUAGUUAUGAUAAAGAGCAUCAUGCACUUUUACAAAAGGAGGAACAGUGGAAUAUUACGCAUGCAAUGUCAGUGUUAGACAAAUUUGCAUUAGAGGAGGGUCACACAGAUAUUGUAAAGGCAAUGGAGAAGUUUACUUGCAAGGUAGGUUUAGAACCUAAACAAUCCAUACAGUCUGUGUAUAUUGAGGAACAGGCCAUAUCCACUGAAAGCUGUUCCACUCUUGAGGCUGCUGAGCAGGAUUAUGCUGUUCAUAUUCAAGAGGGCCAAUCAGUGAAGCAGUCUAUAUUAAUCGAAGAGAAGCAAACUGUGACAGGAGAAAUAUCUAAGGAUAUUAAGAAAUCAGAGGCAACAACAAUAAAUAUUCUGACAGAGCCCUCUGAACCUCUUCUUGUGACAGAGUCUCAAGAAAGCAAAGUACUUCCCAAGGAACUCACAUUUGUGAUUCCUGCACCAAAACCACACAUCUUGGGCAUCAAACAUCAAUUAAAAAAUGCAUUACAGUGUGCUGUGGCCUGUGAUCAGCCAUUAAUCUUGGCAGAUGUUGUAGGUAGUUUAAGAGUUGUGGAAGUGAAGGAGGUUAAGGUGCAUAAGGAACCAAAGUACGCAAUGUUCUCAUAUCUUAUUACAACUACAUCUGCCCCAGUGGAAAUAACAAUUGCUUUUGAAGGUGAAUAUCCUCAAAUAGCUGAUCUUAGGAGUGAACUUCAGUCUGCCUUAAACUCUAUAAUUUAUCAGGAACAUCAGGUCUUCACUUCUGAACAGCCUGAGACAAUGGCAGUCCUUAGACCUCAGCGGGUUCAGUUUAGACCAGCUACUUCAAAAGAGAUGCGCACACCAGUGGUAGAGUCUGUACGGUUAACUGAAAAUGUGGAAGUGUUUGCACCACCAAAGGGUCAGACUGCGGCUUUGAAGACUGAAGCCAAAGAAUCUUUCCAGUAUAUAACUGACCAGGAACAAAUUAUAGUACAAGAGUCAAAACAUCAGAUGGCCAUUGAAUCAAAAUCUGAUAUCCUAGAAUCAAUUCAGACUAGAACACAAGAAACCGAGCAAAGAAAGAGAGCUGUAGGUUUUGAAGAUAUCACUACUAACCUGCCAGUGACCCCAUUUCCAGUGGAAAAGUCUACAGAUGUCCUUUCUGAGAAACAGAAAAGUGUGGAAUUUCUAAAAGAACACGUAACACUGAACAGAACAUCAGAACAGGUUUUGGCCAAGAUGAUAGCUUUUGAAUUGCCAUUGGAAGAUAUUGCUGUAGUGGAGAAUACUGUGGUUACAUUUACUGUCCGUAUCAAAAAUGUGAACCAAGUCAGCUGGUUUUUCAAUGGCAAAUUGAUCGAAUCUGGCAAAGAGUUCAAAUGCUCUAAACACUACGAUGCAUAUACCUUAGUAAUCAACAAAGUUACAAAGGAAAAACAUGAAGGAGAAUACACAUGUGAGGCUGUGAGUGAAGAUGGCAAGGCCUUAACAUCAUCAAGACUCACGAUUCUUUCAAGAGUGCCACCAGUAUUCAAGAAAAAAAUCCAUGACCUUGAAAGCAAAGUUGGCAGUGCUGCGAAUUUCGAAUGUGAAAUAGAAGACGCUCCAAACGUGACCUUCAAAUGGUUCAAGUCUAACUCUGAACUCAGACACAGUGAGAAGUACAGGAUCAUCAAUCUCCAUACCACAUCGUGUCUAGAGCUUCUGAACUCAACCCAGGCAGACAGUGGGGUAUAUACCUGCCGUGCCUCCAACAAACAUGGCACUGACAGCUGCUCUGCUACCCUGAACAUCACUGAACCUCCCUCCCUACAAAUGCUGGAUGUAGAAAAGGGACCAACUACAGUGUUUCAGUGUGAGGUUAUUGGUACUGCCCCAUUUGGAGUUAACUGGUUUAAUAACAUAAAGCCACUACCUUUGGACAAAAAGCAUGCGCUUGUUUUUGAAGAUUCAGUUGAACAUUUGAAGUUACAUUCUUUUGAAAGAUCAGAUGUUGAGGAAUACCAAUAUUGCUUAUCAAAUACAGUCGGAAAGAUGUCUUCAGAAUCAGUUGCUGGGUUGAGAGAACCUCCAUGCUUCCUGAAGAGGUUGACUGACACAGUCUUCCCAAUUACCAGUAGAUUGAGGCUUGAAUGCACUUUCACUGGAGCUCCAAAGUUGUUUGUAACGUGGUACAAAGAUGGAAAGCAGCUGUACGCCUCAUACAGAUAUAACACAAGAGUGACAGAAAAUUCGUGUAUCCUGGAGUGCCUGCAUGAGUGUAACAAAGAAACACCAGGAAAAUACUCUUGUGAAGUCAUAAAUUCCUAUGGAACUGACAUAUGUCAUGCCAAUGUGACAACAGUGACAGAACGGAAAAUUCCACCAACCUUCACUAAAAAGCCUCCAGAGCAUUUUGAGGAGACUGAGGGUAAAUUGGUGAAACUUGAGGGCCAUGUAUCUGGAUCACAGCCACUGUCCAUCAGCUGGUAUAAAGAUAACAAGCAAAUUUUCAGUUCUGGGAACAGUGAAAUGUCCUUUGAGGGCAACGUGGCCGUGUUAUGUAUUAAGAAAUCCCAAACAUCAGAUAGUGGCACAUAUACUUGCAGUGCAUCUAAUGAAGCUGGUGCUGCAUCCUACAGUGUGGAGAUAAGCAUUACAGGAAAACAAACACCACCAACCUUUGAUCUGACCCUUAAGCCUAUUACAGUGGACGAGGGUGAGAGACUUAGCCUUAGCUGCCAUGUUUGUGGCUCUCCUCCACUGUCAAUCAAAUGGAUGAAGGACAGAAGAGAGGUGAUUUCCUCUGACAACUCCAAGAUCACAUUUAUGGAUGGCACUGCCACACUGACAAUUGCCAAGGCAUCCAGAGCUGAUGCAGGAGACUACCUGUGCAAAGCAACCAACAAUGCUGGUAGUGAUUUCUCUAAGGCCAAGGUCACCAUUAAAGCAGGAGCAGCCCCUGCGACAGCUCAAACAACACCUUCGGCACCUCAGCCUGCUCAGAAACUGGACGACUUGUUCUUCAUUGAUGAACCUAAGAGUGUCCGUAUAGCAGAGAAGGGCACUGCGACCUUCAUCGCCAAGGUUGGCGGUGAUCCCAUUCCUAAUGUGAAAUGGAUGAAGGGCAAAUGGAGGCAGAUGACUCAUGGUGGUCGCAUUGCCAUUGUGCAGAAAGGCGAAGAUGCCAAGCUGGAAAUCAGAGAAGUGACCAAAUCGGAUGCUGGACAAUAUAGAUGUGUAGCAUCGAACAAACAUGGAGAAAUUGAUUCCAGCACUGAUCUGACUGUUGUUGAGAGGAAAGAGAUUACACCUGAAACAGUGAAACUGAAGAAGACACCAUCAAAGCAGAAAAGUCCACGGGAGGACAAAGACAUUGACAUAGUUGAGCUGCUAAGAAAUGUAGACCCAAAAGAGUACGAGAAGUACGCUCGCAUGUACGGUAUCACAGACUAUCGUGGUCUUCUUCAGGCCAUUGAGCAGCUGAAGAAAGAGAAGGGUGAAGAAAGUGGAAGACCGCAACAUGAAUAUACCAGAGAAUCCGAUGAGGAUUUGGUUAGGCUUGUGUCUGAUUUGCAGAGAAGAAUGGAACAAAUUGAACCCAUUACUCUGAUUAAUGACAUCAAAGAUCAAACUACCAAAGUUAACACAGAGGCUGUGUUUGAGUGUGAAAUUAAGAUCAACUACCCAGAAAUCACACUGUCUUGGUACAAAGAUUCAAAGAAGCUUGAGAACGGCAGUAAAUAUGAUAUUAAAGUAGUGGGUGAUCGCCAUUUGUUGAAGAUCAAGAACGUCCAAACAAGUGACCAGGGAAAUUACCGUGUCAUCUGUGGCCCGCACAUCUCCAGCGCCACACUGUCAGUCGCGGCUGAUCAAAUACAGUUCACUAAGCGCAUUCAAAACAUUGUGGUGAAGGAACGCCAGACUGCGACUUUUGAGUGUGAAUUGGCAUUUGACAAUGCAGUCGUCACAUGGUAUAAAGACUCCUGGGAGCUUAAAGAGAGUCCAAAAUAUGCCUUCCGAUGUGAGGGACGACGUCAUUUUAUGAUCAUCUGUAAUGUAACAUCUGAGGACGAAGGCGUAUACUCAGUGAUUGCACGACUGGAGCCCAUUGGUGAAGCUAAAAGCUCAGCUGAGCUGUACCUGUCAGGCAAAGAAAUUGAUCUAGGAACAAUUUCUUAUGAUGUCUCAGAAACAUUAAUACAAGUGCCUGAGGUGUCAUCUAUGAUUAGUUUUAAAGAUGAGUCAACAGAAUAUUAUCAUUAUGAAGAAAAGACUGAAGUGAAAGAGUUUGAGAGUUGGACAGUGCAAGAAGAAAGAGUCAUUCAUGACGUCACAUCAACUCAAGAACUGAAGAAGCCAGUUGAAGAAACUGUAACCAGAAUGGUGGCACAAAAGACAGAAGAAAAACCCCAAGAAGAACCCAAAGUCAUGCCUGUAGAGGAAACAGUCCCGGUAACAAUUGUGCCUGAGUCAAAACAACAACCUACACCUAAAGAUGUUCUAAAAUCUGCAGUUCCUGAGGCACCUAAGCCCAAACCUCAGCUGUCAACUGAACCUAAAGUGGUACCAGUAGCUGUAGCCAAGCCAGAGCCUAAAACUGAGACUAAACCUGAACCAAAAGCCACACAGAAGCCAGAGCCUAAACCUGAGACUAAGCCUGAACCAAAAGCUACACAGAAGCCAGAGCCUAAACCUGAGACUAAACCUGAACCAAAAUCUACACAGAAGCCAGAGCCUAAACCUGAGACUAAACCUGAACCAAAAGCUACACAGAAGCCAGAGCCUAAACCUGAGACUAAACCUGAACCAAAAGCUACACAGAAGCCAGAGCCUAAACCUGAGACUAAACCUGAACCAAAAGCUACACAGAAGCCAGAGCCUAAACCUGAGACUAAACCUGAACCAAAAGCUACACAGAAGCCAGAGUUAAAACCUGAAACUAAGUCAGAACCUAAGAUUUCAGUUACAAAGAAACCUGCGUCCACACCAAUAAGAGAACCAGGUCCUCCUAAGAAGCAAGAGGCAGUACCGCAACCAGAAUUAACUACAAACCCUGAAGAGCUAUUACCUCAAAAAACAGUCAUUACACCAUUAAAAGCUCAUGAGGUGGAAACGACAACAGAAACACCAAAAAUAGAACCAGAUAAAAAUUCAGACCUUGUACCAUCAGUUGCCCCUGAACCACCAAGGAUCACAAAACCUAAACAGGAACUGUCUGCAAAACUGAAGGCUGAGCCAAGUAAAGAACAAGAGCCUGCGAUUGUGGCAACAAGAAAACAGGAGACUUCACCAGAUCCACUUAAGGUGCAAAAGGCAGAUGUUUUUGAGCCACCAGAACUUACACCUGAAUCUAGAAAGCUGGUAGAAGUCCAACUGGCUAAAAAGCCAGAGCCUACACUUGUACCUCGAGACAUUCGAAAACCAGAACCAAUUAGAAAGACUGAGCUACCAUCAAUCUCUAAAGCAGAGCCAGUUAUUAAAGAAGGGCCACAAGUUGUUCUCCCGGAAGCUCCAAAAGUAGAGCCAGAGCUAACCCAAAGUUCCCCAGAGCUAUCUCUAGAAAAAACUGAAGUCAUCCAGAAGAAAGAAAAGACACCUGUUGCUAAAAAGAAGUCUCCCCCAAAGAGAGUGGUCGAACUUACAUAUCCAGAAGGUCCACCUGAGGAAGCACCUGUGCGUAAACCUCAAAAGGAGAUUGAAAUGGCUCCUACCAGAGAUUCAAAAAGAGUUGAAGAUAAUCAAUAUGCAACAAUGGAAAUAUCUAAGAGAUUAGAGGAAAUUUCUGUAACAAAGGAAAUGAUUUCAAUACAAGAAAUCUCAUAUGAAAGUGAUAGUCUGUCAGAUCAGCCUAUGGAAACUUCAUUGAAGGUGGUUCAAAGUAAACGUGAAAUUAAAGUGCCAUCUAAGAGCGAGCUGGUGAGGAAACCUGAAACUGAAAUGGAGGUUGCCCCUUCCAAAGCUCCAAAAGGAGUUGAACAAAGUCAACAAAAAGUGGAAUUGUCUAAGAAAACAUUGGAAAAGGAAAUCUUUUAUGAAACCGAGAACAAAUCUUAUAAGUCCGAAUACAGUAUGUUGAAACCAUCUGAAGUGAAAAUUCAAGAAACACUACCUGAAGAAAAACCUGCAGCUAAACCUCAAAAGAGAACAGAACUGGCCCCGGCUAGAGAUGUUGCGCCUUCCAAGAGAGUUUUAGAAGAGUUUUCAAAGACUCACCUUACAGUGGACAUAUCUAAGAAAACUGAUGAGAUCUCAUUGGUGGAGGCAGUGAUUUCAAAAGAAUCCUCAUAUAAAAGUGACAAUCGUCCCGAAGAGACUCUAAAAGUAGCUAAAUUUAAUCUUGCAGAAGUGCCAUCUGAGAAAAAGCCAAUGGCAAAAACUCAAAAGCAGACAGAGAUUGGUCCUACCCGAGUCUAUACAGCUCCAAAGAGAGUUGAACAAACUUUACACACAGUGGACAGUUCUUCUGAAACUGAGAAGAUUACAGAAGUGGAGCAAGUGGAUUCAAGGGAAGAUCUUUCAUACAAAGGUGUUGACAUUCUAUGUCAACCUGAAGAGAUUCAGGAGGUUUAUGUGGAAAAGAAGGUGGCUCAGGAUGAACAAGUAUUUAAACCAGAGGACUCGUUAAGGAAACAGAGUUUGCCAUCUACAGAAGCAGUAACCAAGGAAGAGAUCCCUGAAAUCAAGGCUGAACCAAAUAUACAAGUGUUGCAUUCAGAAACCAAGAAGUCGUCUGAGAUGUCUGGUGUUGUGAAGGAAAUUCCAGACUUGGUGCUCAAGAGUGAUGCGUCACAAACUAAGCCAGAAUUCGUUGAUAAAGUGGUGGCACCAAAAGAGGCUGUGUCUGCGAAAGUAAUACCCAAAGAAAAUGACAUUAAAAUUAAGAAAGAGCUUAAAAUGCCCGAAAGAGUGCCAGUUGUUGAGAAGAAGCCAACACCUGAGGCACCAGAGCCAAAAGUGACAGCACAAAAAGUCUCUCCACCUCAAGAGCCAACUGUGGAGAAGAAGGCAACACUUGAGGCACCAAAGCCCACAGUGGUGCCAGUUGAGAAAAAAGUCUCUCCACCUCAAGAGCCAACUGUGGUUAAGAUGGCAACACCGGAGGCACCAAAGCCCACAGUGGAGCCAGUUGAGAAAAAAGUCUCUCCACCUCAAGAGCCAACUGUGGUGAAGAAGGCAACAGCUGAGGCACCAAAGCCCACAAUGCUGCCAGUUGAACAAAAAGUCUCUCCUGGUCCAGAGCGGCCUGUUGAGAAGAAGCCCACACCUGAGGCACCAACAGUAGCACCACUUGGACAAAAAGUCACUCCUCUUCAAGAGCCAACUGUGGUAAAGAAGACAACACCUGAGACACCAAAGCCAACAGUGGUGCCAACUGAACAGAAAGUCUCACCUUCUCCUCGAGAGCCGAAAGUCGAACCAACACCAGACGCACCAAAGCCAGCAGUAACACCACAAGAAGUUUGUCCUCCUCAAGAGCCAACCGUGGUAAAGAAGGCAAUACCUGAAACUCCAAAGCCAAUAGGAGUGCCACUUGAACAAAAAGUGUCUCCUCCUCUAGAACCACCUGUGGAGAAUAAGGCAACACAUGAGGCACCAAAGGCAACAGAGGCACCAGUCGAGAAAACAGUUUCUCCUCCUCAAGAUCAUGGUCCUGUUCAAACUCCUGGACCAGUCCAGAAAGAACAAUAUCUUAAACCCAUUGAUGAACAAGAGAAACAGGAUAUGCCAGUCUUAAUAAAAGUUACUAGAAGAUCUAAAGACCAGGAGGAACAGCAUAAAGUUGUGGCAAAGGCAAAAAUCAGCAACACACAACGUGAAUGGCAAUCUAAAGAGCCAGGGGUGACCAUUCAGGAAACUGAAAAGGCUGAAAUCUUUGAGAAGGAUGAAAUAUACUCAAAGUCUUUGACUGAGGUUAAAAUUCUUAGUAGCUAUGAAGUAAAAGAGGAUGUGUGGGAACUUAAGACUGAUAAUAUAAAACAUCAGGAAAAGAAACAGGAAGAAUAUAUGAAAAUAAAAGAGCAGAGGCAUUCUGAACCUGAUACUGAAGUUCCAUGGGCAGACACCAAAGAGGAUUUCAAGAAGGACAAUAUGCCAAAAGAAGAGAGUCCUAAGACUCCAAGCCAAUCAAUCAAAAAAAUACCCAAGAUACCAUCAACUAAACAGGAAAAUGAAAAAGUAGUGCUGAAACCAGUUGAGAGAUCUGAUAAAUCAAAGGUUGUACCUAUGAAGAAAAAAGAAAUUACACCAACAGCUAAAAUGAUAGAAGAAGCAGUGGCACCAAAACCUGUGGUUCUAGCAGCCAAAGGUGAACAUAAAGAGCCUGAGGCUUUACUCACAAAAACAAAAAGAGUUCCAACAGAGAAUGAUGAGGUGGAGAAAUGCUCUUAUAGAUCAUCAAAGGAUCAAGAGAGGUCAGAAAAAGAUGAAAAGCCAGAAAAGGAAGAUGAGGUCAGAAUUCAAGUAAAGAAGACAGAAAAAAGUCCAAAUGAAGAAGCAAAACCACUGAUAAUUAAAAAGGGUAGACACAUUGUAAAGGAAUAUGAAGAAAAAGAGGACAUAUCUCUAAAACCUGUGGCACAUAUAAAAAAGGAUGCCAAGCUUGAAAAGAUCUCACCAAAGGUUGAGAAACCUAAAGAAGAGACACCUUCUCUGACCACAGUAACCAAAGCAAAAGAAAGUCUAAAAGAAGAAUGUAAAACACCUGAUCUCAAAAAGAGUGGUUCUCUGCCAGGAACAAUAGAAGAAGAGAAAAUAUCACUAAAACCUGUGGCACAUAUAAAAAAGGAUGACAAGCUUGAAAAGAUCUCACCAAAGGUUGAGAAACCUAAAGAAGAGACACCUUCUCUGACCACAGUAACCAAAGCAAAAGAAAGUCUAAAAGAAGAAUGUAAAACACCUGAUCUCAAAAAGAGUGGUUCUCUGCCAGGAACAAUAAUGGAAGAAGACAAAAUAUCUCUAAAACCUGUGGCACAUAUAAAAAAGGAUGCCAAGCUUGAAAAGAUCUCACCAAAGGUUGAGAAACCUAAAGAAGAGACACCUUCUCUGACCACAGUAACCAAAGCAAAAGAAAGUCUAAAAGAAGAAUGUAAAACACCUGAUCUCAAAAAGAGUGGUUCUCUGCCAGGAACAAUAAUGGAAGAAGACAAAAUAUCUCUAAAACCUGUGGCACAUAUAAAAAAGGAUUCCAAGCUUGAAAAGAUCUCACCAAAGGUUGAGAAACCUAAAGAAGAGACACCUUCUCUGACCACAGUAACCAAAGCAAAAGAAAGUCCAAAAGAAGAAUGUAAAACACCUGAUCUCAAAAAGAGUGGUUCUCUGCCAGGAACAAUAGAAGAAGAGAAAAUAUCACUAAAACCUGUGGCACAUAUAAAAAAGGAUGCCAAGCUUGAAAAGAUCUCACCAAAGGUUGAGAAACCUAAAGAAGAGACACCUUCUCUGACCACAGUAACCAAAGCAAAAGAAAGUCCAAAAGAAGAAUGUAAAACACCUGAUCUCAAAAAGAGUGGUUCUCUGCCAGGAACAAUAGAAGAAGAGAAAAUAUCACUAAAACCUGUGGCACAUAUAAAAAAGGAUGCCAAGCUUGAAAAGAUCUCACCAAAGGUUGAGAAACCUAAAGAAGAGACACCUUCUCUGACCACAGUAACCAAAGCAAAAGAAAGUCUAAAAGAAGAAUGUAAAACACCUGAUCUCAAAAAGAGUGGUUCUCUGCCAGGAACAAUAAUGGAAGAAGACAAAAUAUCUCUAAAACCUGUGGCACAUAUAAAAAAGGAUGCCAAGCUUGAAAAGAUCUCACCAAAGGUUGAGAAACCUAAAGAAGAGACACCUUCUCUGACCACAGUAACCAAAGCAAAAGAAAGUCUAAAAGAAGAAUGUAAAACACCUGAUCUCAAAAAGAGUGGUUCUCUGCCAGGAACAAUAAUGGAAGAAGACAAAAUAUCUCUAAAACCUGUGGCACAUAUAAAAAAGGAUGCCAAGCUUGAAAAGAUCUCACCAAAGGUUGAGAAACCUAAAGAAGAGACACCUUCUCUGACCACAGUAACCAAAGCAAAAGAAAGUCCAAAAGAACAAUGUAAAACACCUGAUCUCAAAAAGAGUGGUUCUCUGCCAGGAACAAUAAUGGAAGAAGACAAAAUAUCUCUAAAACAUGUUGAACUUCUCAAAAAGGGAGCAGAAGUGAAAAGGAUUCUCUCACCCAAAGCCGAACCCAUUCCACUGCAGAGAAAGUCCAGUGCAACCGUUCCUAAAAAAGCCUCACCUAAAGAUUUAAUAGCGUCUGUUACUCUGAACAAGGUCCCAAUCUCUUCCCAACUGAAAAAAGCAUCUCAGGAACAUCCUGAAAAAGAAAAAAUAUCACUAAUAAAAGAGUUAUCUCCUGGAGCUGUGCAGCUACAAAAGAUCCCAACUCAGCAAGAAGAAGAAUUACUUGAAGAAGAAUUUGAAGCUGAGAAAGAGGAAGAAGAAGAAGAAGAAACAUGGGGGUGGGAACUUGUUUCUUCUGAAAGUUAUGAAGCAGAAGAGUUUGAUACCACCUUAGAGGAUGGAGCCAUCGAAACUCCAGGAGGCAUGGGUGACAAGAUAGAUGGAAAACCCAAGGAAGAGGGAGCAGUAGGCAGAGGCAGAGGGCUUAAACCACGCCAAACUCCAUCUCCUGGUGAUGCAGGACGUGGAAGAGGGCUCAGACCUGGUGGUGGAGGUGACAAACCUCCUGGAGAGUCACCAUUUGCUUUCCAGCUUAAGGCUGUUCCUCUCAAGUUUGUGAAAGAGAUUCAAGACAUUGUGUUGCUGGAGGCUGAGUCUAUCGGUUCCUCUGCUGUGUUUGAGUGCCAGAUUUCUCCUUCUACUGCUAUAACUUCAUGGAUGAAGGAUGGAAGUAACUUGAGGGAGGGUCCAAAGCACAAGUUUACUUCCGAUGGAAAAGAUCGAAAAUUGGCCAUUAUUGAUGUUCAGCUCUCUGACAGAGGGGAAUACACAUGUGUUGCCAAGCUUGGAAAUAAAGAGAAGACCUCUACUGCCAGACUUAUUGUUGAAGAGCUACCUGUUAAAUUUAUCAAGACCCUAGAGGAGGAGGUGUCUGUGCUCAAGGGACAGCCCAUGUACUUAACCUGUGAAUUGAACAAAGACCGAAACGUGGUCUGGAAAAAGGACGGCAAUGAGCUCAAAUCAGUUGCUGGCAAGGUUGCCAUUAAUGUUAUUGGACUGCAACAUGCUGUGACAAUCCAGGAUGCAAAUGAUGAUGAUACUGGUGUUUACACAUGCGAAUGUGAAAAUCUCAAAACUGAAACAACUGUGAAGGUUCUUGAAAUCAUCAGAGACUGGUUGGUGAAGCCACUGAGAGACCAGCAUGUGAAACCAAAGGCCACUGCAACCUUCAAGUGCGAGCUCUUCAAAGACACUCCCAACUGGAAAUGGUUCAAGGGAAAUGAAGAGAUUCCAAAUGAACCCACAGAUAAGACUGAAGUCAAGAAGGAUGGAAAAGAUAUCGUUCUGACCAUUAAGAAUGCGCAACCAAAUGAUGUUGGCGAGUAUGCCAUGGAAGUUGAGGGUAAACGUUACCCAGCAAAGCUCACACUUGGAGAGCGUGAAGCUGAGAUCUUGAAACCCAUUGCUAGCGUGGAAGUGGUUGAAAAAGAGGAGGCCAAGUUUGAUACUGAAAUCUCUGAAGAUGAUGUGCCCGGAGAAUGGAAACUUAAGGGGCAGGUUCUAACCAGAUCACCGACAUGUGAUAUCAAAGCUGAGGGAACGAAGCGCUUCCUUACUUUGAAAAAUGUUCAGCUUGAUCAGGCUGGUGAAGUUACAUACCAAGCUUUGAAUGCUGUGACAAGUGCUAUGCUUACAGUGAAAGAAAUGGAAAUGGAAUUCACUGUCCCAUUGAAAGAUGUUUCUGUGCCUGAAAAGAAACAGGCCAAAUUUGAGUGUGCAAUCAAUAAGGAUGUGCCUAAAGUGAUGUGGUUUAAGGGUUCUGAUGUUAUUACAUCUGGAAAUAAUUAUGAAAUUAUUGAUGAUGGAAAAAAACACAUUUUGAUAAUAAAUAAUUGUGAAUUUGAUGAUGAGGGAGAAUACACCAUUGAGGUGUUAGGCAAAACAUCAACAGCAAAACUAACGGUAGAGGGUAUGAGGCUGAAGUUCAUCUCAGAAUUAAAGGAUCAAACCGUAAAGGAAAGGAAAACAGCUCGGUUUGACAUUGAGCUCUCUCAUGAGAAUGUGCCAGUGACUUGGUACAAAAAUGAAAUUAGAUUGCAUCCAAGCAGAACAGUGAUAAUACAUGUUGAAGGGACAAAGCAUAUAUUAGAAAUCAAGGAAGUCACACUAGAUGAUACUUGUCAAAUAAGGGCAGAGGCUAAAGGAAUAUCAACAAAGGCUAAGCUUCUGGUUAUAGAGGGUGAUGCAAAAUUCAUUACCAAGUUGCAAGACUGCACUGUUGUCGAGAAAGAGGAGGUCACUCUUGACUGCGAGCUAAGCAAAGACGUUCCUGUCAAGUGGUUCCAUAAUGAGAUCGAAAUUAAGGCCUCAAAGAUGGUUUCCAUUAAGGUUGAGGGUAAACGAAGAAUCCUCAGCAUUAAAAAAACGCAGCAGAAAGACAAAGGAGUGUAUGUAUGUGACUGUGCAACGGACAAGACAUCAGCCAAUGUUAACAUCGAAGCUCGUGACGUGAAGGUGGUCCGGCCUAUGUACGGAGUUGAAGUGUUCGAUGGUGAGACUGCGCGUUUUGAAGUUGAAAUCUCUGAGGAUGAUAUACAUGGCCAAUGGAAACUGAAGGACGAAGUCCUCACUCCUUCAGCUGAUGUUGAGAUCAUUGAUGAUGGUGCAAAACACAUAUUGACACUGUACAACUGCAAAGUUAUCCAGACAGGAGAGGUCGUUUUCCAGGGAGCAAAUGCUAAGUGUGCUGCAAACCUUAAAGUAAAAGAACUACCCAUCACGUUCCUAACGCCUUUGAGUGAUGUAAAAGUAUAUGAGAAAGAUGAGGCAAGAUUUGAAUGUGAACUGUCAAGGGAAGCAAAGACCUUCCGAUGGCUGAAGGGCUCUCAAGAGUUGAAGGCAGAUGACAAAUUUGACAUUCUGACAGAGGGAAAAAGGCACACGCUUAUUCUCAAAUCAGCUGCCUAUGAAGAUGAGGCUAAAUACAUGUUGGAAGUUGAGGACAAGAGAACCUCUGCCAAACUGGUCAUACAAGGUAUUCGUCUUGAGUUUGUCAGACCCAUCAAGGAUGUUACUGUAAAGGAGCGUGAGACAGCAGAAUUCAGUAUUGAACUUUCUCAUGAGAAAAUUCAAGUAAGCUGGUACAAAAAUGAUGUCCGUUUGCAUCCAAGCAAAGUGGUGCAUGUGUCUGAACAUGGAAAGAUCCACACGCUAUCCUUCAAGGAGGUGUCUAUUGAUGAUACCUCACUCAUUAAAGUAGAGGCUCUUGGAAAGACUUCAGAGGCCAUGCUUACAGUGCUUGAGGGAGAUGCUUACUUCAUUACCAAACUACAGGACUACACAGCAGUCGAGAAGGAUGAGGUUGUGCUGAAGUGUGAACUGAGCAAAUCCUCUGCUGAGGUGAAGUGGUUUAAAGAUGGCACAGAGAUUAUCCCAUCUAAGAAUGUCCUUAUCAAAGCUGAUGGAAAGAAACGCAUUCUGAUUUUGAGGAAAGCAGAGAAGGCCAACAUUGGCGAAUAUGUCUGUGACUGUGGUUCUGACAAAACUACAGCUAAGCUGAACAUUGAAGAGCGGGAUAUUAAGGUUAUCCGUCCACUGUACAGUGUAGAGGUUACAGAGACUAGUACCGCUCGAUUUGAGGUAGAGAUUUCAGAAGAUGAUGUCCAUGGGAACUGGAAACUCAAAGGAGAGGCUUUGCACCAGUCUGCUGACUGUGAGAUUAAAGAAGAAGGCACCAAACACAUGCUGAUUCUCUAUAAUGUACAUAUGGACAUGGCUGGUGCUGUGGACUUCAGUGCUGCCAAUGCUAAAUCAAGUGCUCAUCUCAGAGUUAAAGCUCGGACAAUAAGCCUUCUGCGGCCUCUUCGGGAUAUCACAGUUACUGCUGGAGAAACCGCAACUUUUGAGUGUGAGCUUUCAUAUGAGGGCAUUGUAGCUGAAUGGUUCAUUGGAACAACGAAAGUGGAGACAUGUGAAACAGUGGUAACCAGAGCAGAGGGAAGAGUGCACAGCUUGACUCUGAGAAACGUCGACAUGACACAUGCUGGCGCUGUGAAGAUAAUGGCAAAGGACUUUCAGGCCCAGGCCAUGCUUACAGUGAAUGAGCCACCUGUUGAGUUUACCAAGCCCUUGGAGGACCAGACUGUUGAAGAGGAGGCAACUGCUAUUCUUGAGUGUGAACUCUCCAGAGAUAAAGCUGAUGUCAAAUGGUUCAGAGAUGGACAGGAAAUUCACAAAACAAAGAAAUAUGAAAUGGUGGCUGAAGGCCGCAUAAGGAAGCUGAUAAUCAAAGACUGUACUCUUGAUGACUCCAAAAUAUAUACAUGUGAUGCCGAACACUUCAAGACCUCAGCUUUCUUGAGUGUUGAGCCUCCACAUAUUGAGUUCACUAAGCCUCUUCAUGAUGUUGAGGUCAGGGAGAAGGAGUCUGCUAAGUUUGAAUGUGAAGUUUCCCGUGAAAGUGCCAAGGUCCGCUGGUACAAAGAUGGCAUUGAAAUUAGAAAGGGCAAAAAGUAUGAGAUUAUUUCCAAGGGAGUGCAGCGUAUUCUCAUCAUUAGCAAGGCAGUCUUUGAUGAUGAAGCUGAAUAUGAAUGCGAUGCAAGAACAUCCAAAUCUUCUGGCAUGCUUACUGUUGUUGAGGAAGAGGCUAGAUUCACAAAGAACAUGGCUAAUGUUGAAGGCACUGAAACUGAGAGUAUUAAACUGAUCUGUGAGGUCUCCAAGUCCAGUGCAGAGGUUACAUGGUAUAAAGGUGACCAGGAAUUGCCUGAGGGUGGUAGAUACGAACAAAUUGCAGAUGGCAAAAAGAGAAUCCUUAUCAUCCAAGGCCUUCGUAUGGAGGAUGCUGGAGAAUACAACUGCAGAUUGGCCAAUUCACAGACUACAGCGACACUAAAGAUCAAUGAAUUGGCAGCUGAGUUUAUUGCCAGGCCCCAGAGCCAGGAGGUGGUAGAGGGUGAAAAGGCACAAUUUGUGUGCUCAGUAUCCAAAGAGACCCAUGAAGUUAAAUGGUUCAGAGGUGACAAUGAGCUUCAGACUGGGGAAAAGUAUGAGAUCAUUAGUGACGGCAAGAAGAGAGCUCUCAUUGUUAAAAACUGUGAGUUGAAGGAUGGAGGUGCCUUUAUUGCCUGCAUUGGCUCUGUCAAGGCUUCUGCAGACUUACAUGUGAUUGAAAAACUGAGGAUCAUAACUCCUAUAAAAGACACCCAAAUGAAGGAAGGACAAGAAAUUGUUCUUAAUUGUGAAGUUAAUUCAGAGGGAGCUAAGGCCAAGUGGCUGAAGGACAAUGAGACUAUGUUUGAAAGCGGCAAGUUCGUCCUGUUACAAAGAGACAAUAUUUUCUCACUGAGGAUAAAAGCUGCAGACAAGUCUGAUGAGGCUACCUACACCAUUACACUGAUCAACCAGCGUGGUGAACAAGUCAAAUGCUCUGCAAAAGUCACUGUAAUAGAGGAAGAGCUCCGUAUCAUAGACCCUCUUGAGGACUGUGAAACUGAGGAGAAGAAGACAAUCAGUUUCACUUGCAAAGUGAACAGACCAAAUGUGACUGUACAAUGGAUGAAGGGAGGACAGGAAAUCACCUUCAGCAAACACAUUGUUUACCGGGUGGACAAGAAUAAGCACACUUUGACCAUCAAAGAUUGCACCAUGGAUGAUGAGGGUGAAUACACUGCAGUUGCUGGCACUGACAAGUCUUCAGCUGAACUGAUCAUCAGUGAGGCACCAACUGACUUCACCACCCAACUCAGAGACCAGACUGUUACUGAAUUUGAGGAUGCAGAGUUUAUUUGCAAGGUUUCUAAAGAGAGGGCCACUGCUAAAUGGUACAAAAAUGGCCGUGAAAUCAGAGAAGGACCAAGAUAUCACAUGGAAAAGGAUGGAAAGACAUGCACAUUGUACAUUAAGGAAUGCAGACCUGAUGAUGAAUGUGAAUAUGCCUGUGGAGUUGAUGACAAAAGAUCCAGGGCUCGUCUCUUUGUUGAAGAGACCCCAGUGGAAAUUGUCAGACCCCCAAAAGAUAUAUUUGAGGCGCCAGGAUCAGAUAUUGUAUUUGAGGUUGAGCUGAACAAAGACAGGGUUGAUGUUAAAUGGAUGAGGAACAACAUGAUCAUUGUCCAAGGUGACAAAUACCAGAUGAUCAGUGAGGGCAAAGUUCACCGACUUCAGAUUUGUGAGAUCAGGCCUCGCGAUCAGGGGGAGUACAGAGUUGUCGCGAAGGAUAAAGAUGCAAGAGCUAAACUUGAGCUUGCAGCUGUACCAAAAAUCAAGACCACAGACCAGAAUCUUGUAACAGAUGCUGGAAAGCCCUUCAUGAUGACAGUUCCCUAUGAUGCUUACCCUCGUGCAGAGGUUGAAUGGUUCUUCAAUGACACCAGCCUUCCAAUGCAAAACAUAGACACAUCCACUGACAAGACAGAGUGCAGGUUAAAGGAUCCUAAGAAGUCAGACCAGGGCCGUUAUAAAAUUGUCAUCAAGAAUAAGCAUGGACAGGGAGAGGCUUUCAUCAAUCUGGAUGUUAUUGAUGUUCCUGGGCCUGUGAAGAAUUUGAGAGUUGUUGACACUGCUGAUGGUGAGGUCAGUUUGGCCUGGGAUGAGCCUGAGAGUGAUGGUGGCAGCAAGAUUUUGGCCUACGUGGUUGAGAGACGUGAUGUUAAGCGCAAGGCCUGGACAUUGGCCACUGACCGUGCUGAUAUUCCAGAGUACUGUGUUGGUGGAUUGCAGAAAGACAACUUGUACUUCUUCCGUGUAUGUGCUCGUAACAGAGUUGGCAAUGGAGAACCUGUCUGUACGGACGAAGCUGUCCAAGCCAAGAAUAAAUUUGAUGUUCCUGAUGCACCUCAGAAUGUCAUGGUAGGAAUUGUCAACAGAUUUGGUGCCACAGUGACUUGGCAACCACCCCUGUUUGAUGGUGGAGCUGAGAUCACAUCUUAUAUAAUUGAGCUCCGUGAUAGGACAUCUGUGAAAUGGGAGCCUGCAAUGGUGGUCCGGGCUGAGGAUCGCACAGCCACACUAAAUGAUGUUGUUGAGAAUAAGGAAUACAUCUUCCGUGUUAGAGCUGAGAAUAAAGCUGGAAUUGGCAAGCCAAGUGCUGCCACUGAUCCUGUCAAGAUCAUGGAUCCCAUUGAGAAACCAAGCCCACCACUGAAUUUCAACUACACACAUCCAAAAAGGGAUUCUGUUCAGCUGGCAUGGGACAUUCCACUUAGCAAUGGAGGUAGUAUGAUCACAGGAUACAUCAUUGAGAAAUGUGAAGAUGGCACAAGCAAUUGGCUAAGGUGCAAUGCCAGGCUCUGCCCAGACCUUUAUUAUAGGGUAUCUGGCUUGAAGUUUGGUCAGAAGUAUCACUACAGAGUAUCUGCAGAAAAUGCAGCUGGAGUUUCUGAUCCAGCUGAACAGAUUGGCCCACUCUUGGCAGAUGACCCACAUGUUGGUCCCACAAUGGAUCUGAGUGGAUUCAAAAAUGGCCUAGAAGUUUUUGUCCCCAAUGCUCUUACUAUUCGUGUGCCCAUCACUGGAUACCCCACACCCAAGGCAAAGUGGAUGUUUGGUGAUAAGGAGCUUACUCCUGGAGAUCGCAUCUCUAUGGUUACAAAGCCUACCUACACUGAGCUAAUCAUUACCCCAAGUGUCCGUCCAGACAAGGGAACAUACACCUUACAGCUAGAGAAUGAUGUGACUUUAAUCUCUGGGGAGAUUGAAGUAAAUGUCAUUGCAUCUCCAAGUGCACCCAAAGAUUUCAAGGUUGUAGAGGUUUCCAGGCAUCAUGUCCACCUUUCGUGGGAAGCACCAGAGCAUGAUGGAGGAAGUCCUGUUACCGGUUAUAAUAUUGAGAAGAGAGAGGUGUCUCGCAAGACAUGGGUCAAGGUGAUAUCUGGUGUGCAGGACCUUGAGCACACUGUGACAGAUGUGAUUGAGGGCAAGGAGUACUUGUUCAGUGUAAUAGCUUGCAACAAAUGUGGUCCUGGGGAACCAGCAUAUAUUGAUGAGGCAGUGAAUGUUUCCUCUCCAGCCACUGUGCCAGAACCACCAGAGAAUCUGAAAUGGAGAGACAAAUCUGCAAAGGGUAUCUUCCUGUACUGGGAGCCCCCUUCAUAUGAUGGCGGUACUCCUAUCAAGGGCUACAUUGUUGAUAAAUGCCAGCGUGGCACUGACAAAUGGGAAGCCUGUGGUGAUCCAAUGCCUGAACUGAAAUUUCAGGUGAAAGGUCUUAUUGAGGGACAGUGGUAUGCCUAUCGUGUGAGGGCAGUGAACAGACUUGGAGCUAGCAGACCAUGUAAAGCAACAGAUGAGAUCCUUGCUGUUGAUCCUAAAGAACCUCCAGUUAUUCAGCUGGAUGCCAAACUUCUGGCUGGCUUGACUGCCAAGGCUGGCACAAAGAUCGACCUUCCAGCAGAUGUGCUUGGAAAACCAGACCCCAGGGUGAAAUGGACCAAAGCUGACCUUAUCCUUAGGCCAGAUGACAGAAUCAACAUUGACACAAAGCCUGGCCACUCUACACUCUCUAUUGCUAAGACAACCAGGGCAGACACAGCUACUUAUAUCAUUGAGGCAGUCAACACCUGUGGUCGUGCUACUGCAACAGUUGAUGUCAACAUUCUCGAUAAGCCUGGUCCCCCAGCUGCUUUUGAUAUUUCUGACAUUACCAAUGAGUCCUGUUGUCUGGCUUGGAAUGCCCCCAGAGAUGAUGGUGGAUCUCCUGUAACCAACUACAUUGUGGAAAUGAGACCUUUGGAAAAGGAGGAGUGGCAGAAGCUCUCUGCCACUGUCAAGCAGACCACUUUUAAGGCCUGCAAACUGGUAUCUUUGAAGGAGUAUGUUUUUAGGGUAUCUGCUGAGAACCAAUAUGGCAUUGGUACCCCCACAGAGCAUGUUCCGAUUGUUGCCAAGUAUCCAUUUGAGCCUCCUGGUUCCCCAAGCAGGGUGCAGCCCUCUGAUAUCUCAAAGGAUGCCGUAACUUUGACCUGGUAUGAGCCUGAUGAGGAUGGUGGAAGUCCAAUCACUGGCUACUGGGUAGAGAGGUUUGAUCCAGAAAGUGACAAAUGGAUCAAAUGCAACAAGCUCCCAAUCAGAGACACUACACUCAGAGUAAAAGGUCUGGCCACAAAGAAAAAGUACAAAUUCCGUAUUCUGGCUGAGAACCUUGCAGGAGCAGGAAAACCAAGUAUUGAAACAGAUCCCAUCUUGAUUAAGGAUCCAAUUGAUCCUCCAUGGGCCCCUGGCAAACCAUACAUCAAAGACAUCGCUAAAACCUCUGCAUUCCUGCAAUGGACUAGACCAGAGCAUGAUGGUGGUGCUAAAAUUGAGUCUUAUAUCAUUGAGCUCCUCAAGAGUGGAACUGAAGAAUGGGUUCGUGUGGCUGAGGAUGUGCCUAUGACAGAGCACUUGCUGAAGGGACUGAUGGAGAAGCAGGAAUACUCCUUCCGUGUCAAAGCUGUAAAUGUUGCUGGAGAGAGUGAGCCAAGUGAGCCAACUGACCCUGUAGUGUGCAAAGACAGACACUAUCCUCCAUCUCCACCACGCUGGCUUGAAGUGGUUAACAUUUCAAAGAUUGACUGCGAACUGAAAUGGACUGAACCAGAAAAUGAUGGUGGCUCUCCUGUUACCAACUAUGUUGUUGAGAAAAGAGAUGUAAGACGCUGGACCUGGCAGACUGUGGACACGACGGUGAAAGACACAAAAUACACUGUCACUCCACUCAAUGAGGGAACUCUAUAUGUGUUCCGUGUGGCAGCUGAGAACGCUGUGGGCGUGAGUGAAUUCCAUGAGCUAGAGGAUUCUGUUCUAGCAAAAGAUACUUUUACAACUCCUGGACCUCCUUAUGCUUUGACUGUGGUUGGGGUAUCCAAGAGGCAUACUGACCUGAAAUGGGAGCCUCCCAAAAGUGAUGGUGGACGACCAAUCACAAAAUAUGUUAUUGAGAAGAAGGAGAAAGUGGGCACCCGCUGGAUAAAGUCUGGAAAGACAUCAGGGCCCGAAAGCAAGUAUAGGGUGACUGAUGUUGAUGAGGGUACUGAGGUACAGUUCCAGGUCCGUGCUGAAAACGAAGCUGGAGUUGGCGAGCCAAGUGAACCCACAGACAUUAUUACAAUUGAGGAUCCUAUAAGCCCACCAUCUCCUCCAAUUGAAGUUAAGAUUGUUGAUGCCAGCAGAGAGCACAUCAACAUCACAUGGAGUGCACCAGAGAAAAAUGGAGGAAGUCCCAUUACUGGAUAUCAUGUUGAGCUGACUGAGGCUGACACAGAUAAAUGGAUGAGGAUCAAUGCUCGUCCCAUAAAAGAGCUCAGAUUCAAGGCUGAAGAUGGCAUUAUUCCUGAGAAACAAUAUGUUCUCAGAGUUCGUGCUAUCAAUGCAGUUGGUGUCAGUGAUCCGUCUGAAAUCUCAGACAAAGUCUUUGCUAAAGAUCCAGACAGUGCACCAAAAAUUGAUUUGGAGACCCAAGAUGUUGUUAUUGUUGAGGGUGAGAAGAUGUAUCUAAAGAUCCCAUACAGAGCAAUUCCCAUGCCAUCAAUGGUUUGGAAGAAGGGUGAGGCAGAACUAAAGGCAGAUGACAGGCUGACUAUGAGAUGUGAACUCAACAGUAUUCACCUUGAGCUUCUAAAAUGCAAGCAUGAAGAUGCUGGUGUCUACACAGUCACUCUAGAAAACAGUCUGGGUUCAGUUACUGGAACAAUUAAUGUUAAAGUGAUUGGUCUGCCAGGACAAUGCAAGAGCAUUUCUCCAAGUGAAGUCACCAAGAGCUCCUGUCAAAUCUCAUGGGAGCCCCCAGAGAGUGACGGUGGUAGCCCCAUUUUGCACUAUGUACUGGAGCGCAGAGAGUCUCAGAAGAAGACAUUCAUGCCGGUGAUGCCUGGAGUCAAUGUAUUAACAUUUGUGGUCAAAGACCUUAUGUUGAAUGGUGAAUAUUACUUCAGAGUUAAGGCUGUUAACAGAAUUGGUAGUGGUGAAUAUCUUGAGCUUCGCAACCCUGUCAUCACAGAGGAGCAGAAGCAGCGGCCUGACCCACCAGUUGAUGUUGAGGGACAUAACCCUACCUCUCAGUCUAUUACAAUUACUUGGAAAGCACCACAAUAUGAUGGUGGCUGUCCAAUUACUGGGUAUAUUCUGGAGAAAAUUGAGAAGGAUGGUGAUAGAUUUGUGAGAUGUGUUCCAAACCUGGUGCCUGGUUUCUCCUAUACCAUCACUGGCUUGACAGAAGGCAAGGAAUAUCAGUUCCGUGUUCGUGCAGAGAAUGUGGCUGGAGAAAGUGAACCUUCCCGCAGCACUCCCCUAAUUAAGGCUGCAGAUCCUGUUGAUCCACCAAAGGUAUCACUACAUGCACACGUUGCAUCUGGCCUGACCAUCAGGAAGGGUGAGGAGAUUAGAGUGGAUGCCCACAUUUCUGGAUCGCCAUAUCCCACUGUGACAUGGUUCAGGAAUGAUGAGAAUGUCCAGAAGAUUGUUAAGAAGAAGCCAGAAUUCACUGUGAAAAAGAAAAAGAAAACCAAGGCUAUUUAUCCCGAACCAGAGGAGGUGUUCCAUCCUCCGCUUCUAGAUCGUCUGUCAUUUGACCAGAGCAAAAGAGGAGAGACUGCCUUGAUGGUGCGUGAUGCCAUCAGAGAUGAUCAUGGACUUUUCACCAUCAGAGUUGAAAAUACCCAUGGUUUUGCAACUGCAGCUUGUGUUGUCAAUGUUCUUGAUAAGCCUGGACCACCUGUAAACUUUGGAUUUGAUGAGCUCAGGAAAAACUCUGUCAUUUGCACAUGGGAUGCACCACUUGAUGAUGGUGGCAGUGAAAUCAUCAACUAUAUCCUGGAGAAAAAAGACAACACCACAGAUGAAAUUGGUUGGGUUACUGUUACCUCAACCCAUAAAGGAUACAACUAUCCUGUAACCAAACUCAUUGAAGGAAAAGAGUAUAUUUUCAGAGUGACGGCUGAAAACAAAUUUGGCUGUGGACCACCAUGCUAUUCUGAGCCACUUGUUGCAAAGAAUCAGUUUGAUCCUCCUGAUGCUCCUAACAUGCCAAGGAUUGGUGAAGUUACUGCCAGCAGUGUUGCUUUGUCUUGGCAUGAACCUAAGGACAAUGGCAGUCCUAUCUUGGGCUACUGGAUUGAGAGACGUGAGGUCAAUAGCAAGUACUGGACCAGAGUGAACCGCAAUCUUCUCAACUCCCUGGCACUCAAGGUUGAGGGCCUUAUGGAAGGCCUGGUUUAUGUCUUCAGAGUUUGUGCUGAGAAUCUUGCUGGCCCUGGAGAAUUCAGUGCCCCAACUGAUCCGGUAGUUGUAAUGGAUCCAAUCUUGCCUCCGGGUCCUCCUGUGCCAAGAAUUGUUGAUACUACAAAUACAACAGUUGAAAUUGCCUGGAUUCCUCCAUUGUACAAUGGUGGUGGAGAUAUUCUUGGAUAUCAUGUUGAGCGUUGCCUUGUUGGGGAGAAAGAAUGGAUUCGCAGCACUGAGUUCAGAUGCAAGGAGUGCAAGUACACCUUGACUGGACUGACCGAGGGAGCAGAUUAUUACAUUCGUGUGUUUGCUGUAAAUGAAGCUGGUCAUGGAGUCCCAGGAAUGACUGAACCAGUUCAAGUGAAAGAGCCUGAACAGGCUCCAGGAAUUGAGUUUGAUAUCUCUGUAAGGAAUGGAGUAAUUAUAAAAGCUGGAGAGACUCUGCGUAUACCAGCUUAUGUUGUUGGCAGACCCACACCAGAGGUGAAAUGGACAAAAGAUGAUGCUGAACCUGACAAAGAACGUGUUACCAUUGAAACCAUUGGAAAAUGCAGCACUGUAAACAUCAAGAAUGCUCUGAGAACUGACCAUGGCAAAUAUGAGAUCACAGGAACCAACUCUAGUGGAACAAAAUCUGCUUUUAUCAAGGUUGAUGUUAUGGAUGUUCCUGGCCCAGUGGUUGAUCUAAAAACAGUCCAUGUCAGCAAGAAGAUGAUCUCAAUUACUUGGUCUGAUCCUGUUGAUAAUGGUGGAAGUGAGAUCAUGGGAUAUGUUGUUGAGAGAAAAGAUGCUAAGAGGCACAUAUAUAGGCAACCACUGGAAACUGCUUCAUGCAAAUGUGACAUUGUUGGCCUUCUUGAUGGUGAAGAAUAUAUGUUCAGAGUGGUUGCGAGAAACAAGUUUGGCCUUGGUGUCCCUGUUGAACUUGGACCUGUCCUAGCUGUGGAUCCUAAAGGUGUACCAUCUGCACCAGAGAAGCUCCGCUACACUGAACGGACCAAGAACACUGUUACACUUACUUGGCAGCCUCCGCGCAGCGAUGGUGGUUCUCCCAUCAGAGGCUAUUAUGUUGAAAAGAUGCGACAAGACAGUGAUGAAUUUGAUGUUGCCAAUCGUCAGAUCAGCAAAGAUCUUACAAUUACACUAGACAAUCUGAAUGAGAACAUGAUGUAUGACUUCAGAGUGAAGGCUGUCAAUGAGGUUGGCGAUGGUGAACCAUCCAAACCAAUAAAUGUUCAUAUUCAAGAUGAUGAGUUUGCCCCAACUGUGAACUUGUUGAAGAGCUUUAAGAGCAAUACCAUAACUGUCAAAAAAGGAGCAGCCAUUGAAAUCCCUGCUGAAAUUGCUGGUCUGCCAUUGCCCACCUUUGAGUGGACAAAGAAUGGAGUUGUUCUUGAAAAAACAACUGAGACCAUGACACUUGAAUCUGAGGAGAUUGACAGACAAACUAUCAAAACCAAUAUUGCCAUUCCUGAAACUGUAAGACAAGACACAGGCCUAUACAAACUAGUUGCCACAAAUAUUCACGGGAAGGGCCAACAAACGAUCAGAGUUGAUAUUUUAGAUCGCCCCUCACCACCACGAAAUGUUGUGGUCUCUGAUGUUAAGGCUGAGUCUUGCUACCUCACUUGGGAUGCUCCAGAGGACAAUGGAGGAAGUGACCUCACCAAUUAUAUUAUUGAAAAGAGGGAUGCCAGCAAGAAGAAAUCGGACUGGGAACAGCUGACAUGUUGUAUUAUGGACAGACGCUAUGGGGUGUACAAGCUUGAUACCUAUGGCACUUACCAGUUCCAGAUAAAAGCAGAGAACAAGUUUGGAGUCAGUGAUGGGUGUGAAUCAGAGAAAGUUGUCCUCAAGGAUCCAUAUGGUCUUCCUGGUCCACCCCAGAGACCAAGAAUCAUUGAACAUACUCGUUCAUCUAUGCUUGUAGCUUGGGAUCCUCCAAAGGACAAUGGUGGCUCAACCAUUCAGGGCUACUGGCUUGAAAAGAGAGAGAGAGGAGCUGUAUACUGGAGUCGAGUCAAUAGGGCUUCUAUAACAAAGCCAGCUGUUAAAAGCUUAGAGUAUAAUGUUCUGCAUCUCAUUGAAGGUAUUGAGUACCAGUUCCGUGUGAUGGCACAAAAUGCUGCUGGCAUUGGACCCCCAAGUGAGGCAACAGAAUGUGUGUUUGCCUUGGAUCCAAGAAAUCCACCAAGCCAGCCACCUGCCCCGCAACUGAAAGACAAGACAGCAAGCAGUGUAUCUCUAGCCUGGGCUCCACCAGAUAAGGAUGGUGGAAGCCCCAUUAAAGGCUAUAUUGUUGAGGUUCAGGAUGAAGGCUCAGAAGAGUGGAGAAGAGUGAAUCAACCUGAUAAGCUCAUUCUCAGUACGUCUUACACUGUGCCAGAUCUAAAAGAGAACAAGAAAUGUCGAUUCAGGAUUGUUGCCGUUAAUGCUGCUGGUGAGUCAGAGCCAAGUCCCAGGACUUCUGACAUCGUGGUACAAGAUAUCCUGGAGAAACCCAUUAUUACGAUAGGCGUCUCAGCUCAUGACCUGCUUUCUUGUCAUGCUGGAACAACAAUUAAAAUCCCUGCCACCAUAUCAGGCAGACCUGUUCCAACAGUCAAAUGGGAAUACGAUGGAACUGCCCCAACAGAGAAGAAGAAUGAACAGCACACUCUUCCAGUGGAUUCAAAGAUCGCAUUGACUGAUACCACAACAGAAGUAACUAUCCCUGAGUGUAAGAUCAACCACUCUGGACAGUACAUAAUUACUGCUUCUAAUCAAGCUGGUACUAAAGUGGUUAAAGUCCGUGUAACAGUACUUGAUUUGCCUGGGCCUCCAAAAGAUCUCAAAAUCACUGACAUCACAAGAAGUACAUGCAGACUUACAUGGAAGCCUCCAGAUAAUGAUGGUGGUGAGAAAAUCAAGAGCUACUACAUUGAGAAGAAGACAGUUGAAGGAAAAGCCUGGACAAAGGUCAACCCAGCCUGUGCUAGUCAGUCCUUGGUAGUCCCAGACCUUGUUGAGGGACAAGACUAUUUGUUCCGUAUUCGGGCUGAGAAUCGCUUUGGUAUAGGACCUGCUCUGGAAACCUUCCAAAGGACAAGAGCAAAGGAUCCCAUCCAUCCUCCUGAUGCACCCACAAGAGUCAAAAUUGUUGAUGUGUCCAAGGGGACAGUGACUUUGACGUGGAAGCCACCCAGAAAUGAUGGUGGAUCCCCUGUAACUCACUACAUUGUUGAAAGACUUUGGUGGGAUUCUAGUGGAGAGCAGCGAGAGUCCUGGAGACAGUGCAAUAGACGUGACAUUGAUACUACAACCUUCAAAGUGGAGGACCUCCAUGACGGUGCUGAGUAUGAAUUCCGUGUCAAGGCUGUAAAUGAGGCUGGUGCAAGUAGACCAUCUUCUACUGCGGGACCCGUCAUCGUUAAGGACCAGACAAGGGCACCUUCUAUUGAGCUUGAAGAGUUCAUGGAAGUUGAGCAGGCUACAGAUAUUAACAUUGUCGCUAAGAUCAAGGGAUGUCCAUUCCCCACCCUUACCUGGCAGAAGGCCCCACCCCACAAAAGUGAUGCCAAAGUUGAUAUUGAAUAUGAUGAACAUAUCAAUAAGCUUGUGACUGAUGAUAGCUGCACUCUGCAGAUUCAGCAGGGCAAGCGCUUAGACACUGGUCUCUAUACACUCACUGCCAGCAACAGCUUAGGCAAGGUCUCCAAAGAGAUGAGACUUAAUGUUCUAGGACUUCCGGGACCUCCUUCUGCACCAAUCAAGUUUGAGGAGAUUCAUGCUCAAAAUAUUACUCUGUCAUGGCUACCUCCUAUAGAUGAUGGUGGCUCCAAAAUCACUAACUACACCAUAGAGAGACGUGUUGCCAAUAGAAAAACAUGGAUUCCUGUCCCAGGUGCACCCAAAGAGCGCAUGUUCACAAUUGAGGGUCUAAUGCCCGGCCAUGAGUAUGUGUUCCGCAUCAGGGCACAGAAUAAAUAUGGAGUUGGUGAACCUCUUGACAGUGAACCAGAGAUUGCUAGAGAUAUUUUCACUACUCCUGGCCAGUGUGAGAAACCAACCCUAUCAAGCAUUACAAUGGAUACAAUGACUAUAAACUGGGAAGAGCCAGAUACAGAUGGUGGUAGUCCAAUUACUGGGUAUUGGCUUGAGCGAAAAGAGACUACAUCAAAACGCUGGAACAGAGUCACCCGUGAUCCAAUCAGGCCCAUGCCUUUUGGUGUUUCUUACAAAGUCACAGGACUCAUUGAAGGCUCUCAGUACCUGUUCCGUGUGACUGCAAUCAAUGCAGCUGGAUGUGGACCCCCAAGUUUACCGUCUGACCCGACAUUUGCCAGAGAUCCAAUUGCUCCUCCUUCACCUCCAACCCCCAAAGUUACUGAUUGGACAAAGACAACAGUUGACUUGGAAUGGAUUCCACCUCUAAAAGAUGGAGGCUCAAAGAUCAUGGGUUACUAUAUUGAAUACAAAGAGGAAGGCACCGAGGCAUGGGUUAAGGCCAAAGAAAAAGAAGUCAGAGGAACCAAAUUUGUAAUCACUGGACUGAAAGAGAAUGGGUUUUACAAGUUUAGGGUUUUGGCAUUCAAUGCUGCUGGGUUAAGUGAACCAGGAGAAGUUGCUGAAGUCCUUGAAAUGAAGGAAAAAUUAAUUGCACCAGGACUUGAAAUGGAUGUGUCAAUGAAAGAGAGGAUUGUUAUUCAUGCAGGUGGUGUGAUUCGUAUCAUAGCAUAUGUGUCAGGCCAGCCUGCACCUACCAUCACAUGGAACAGAGAUGGUGGAGUUGUCCCACCAGAGGCUGUUGUUGAGACCACAUCAAUCAGCACUUCAUUAGUAAUUAAGAAUUGCACUAGAAGUCAAAAAGGUGUUUAUAGCUUAACAGCAAAGAAUGCUGGAGGAGAGGUGAAGAGGACUGUCAUUGUUGAUGUUCUUGAUGUUCCUGGUCCAGUUGGUAUACCUUUUACAGCAGAUAAUCUUAGUACUGACUCAUGCAAAUUGACAUGGUUCUUCCCAGAGAAUGACGGCGGUUCUCCUAUAUCUAACUACAUAAUUGAGAAACGUGAAGCUGAACGCAAAGCUUGGACAGCAUGCUCAUAUAAUGCCGCCAGGCAAAAUGCUGUGGUUAAUAAUCUUGUUUUAGGAAAAGGAUACUUCUUCAGAGUUGCAGCUGAAAAUGCAGUUGGAGUUGGUCCAUUCCGUGAAACUGCAUGUGAAAUUAUCAUCAGGGAGCGUUUAAGUGCACCAGACCGUCCAGAGGAAGUUGAGGUCACUGCUGUCACUAAAGAUUAUAUUAGUGUAACAUGGAAGCCACCAAAGAAUGAUGGCGGUUGUGAGGUGACUUCCUACAUUCUAGAGGCACGCAUGAUUGGCAAGGACAAGUUUAUGAGAUUGACCAAAGAGAAGUUGAUGGACAGGAGAUUCACCUUUGAUUGUCUCCGGGAGGGUGACAGCUAUGAAUUCCGUGUGAGUGCAGUCAACGAGAUUGGUCAGGGCAAGCCGUCCUUCUGCACCAAAGCAAUCACAUGCAGAGAUGAGCUUGAACCCCCAACAAUUGAAAUAGACUUCCGUGACAAAGUUAUUGCUCGUGUUGGAGAAAGUUUUGCUCUGCAAGGGCGGUACUCAGGCAAGCCAUCCCCUUCUGUUACAUGGUCAAGAGAUGAUGAGGAGCUGAAGGCAGAUCAACAUGUUCAGUUCAUGAAAACACCAACCACCAUGGGCCUUGGCAUUAUCAAGGCUCAGCGUGAACACAGCGGCAGAUAUUGUGUUACAGUUGAAAAUUGUACUGGGGCCCGCAAAGGCAUUUGCAAUGUCACUGUUGUUGACCGUCCAUUGCCACCUGAAGGUCCAGUUAUAUUUGACGAAGUUCAUAGAGAUCAUAUGGUGAUUUCUUGGAAGCCUCCUCUUGAUGAUGGUGGAUGCGAAAUUUCCAACUAUGUAAUUGAGAAGAGAGAUAUUAACAGGGACAUGUGGACCACUGUAACAUCUGCCACCACAAAAACCACCUGCAAAGUGCCCAAGCUUGUGGAAGGCCGUGUAUAUAUCUUGAGAAUCAGUGCUGAGAAUAUGUAUGGCAUCAGUGACCCACUGGAGUCUGAAGAAAUGAAGGCCAAGGAUCUUUUCAGAGUACCUGAGGCACCUGACGAGCCUACAGUUAAAGAAGUGUACCAUGACUCAGCGCUGGUUCUUUGGAACCGCCCUCGUGAUGGUGGCAAACCCAUUACUAACUACUACUUAGAAAAGAAGGAGCCUUCUGCUAAGAGAUGGGCCAGGGCGACUAGAGAUCCAAUCUACCCUGCUACCCAGUACAGGGUCCAAGAUCUCACUGAAGGCUGUGAAUAUGAAUUCCGUGUCACAGCAGAGAAUGAAAUUGGUACUGGAGAUCCUAGCCCUCCUUCUAAGCCUAUCCUAGCCAAGGAUCCUAUUGUUCUGCCUAGCCCACCUGUUCUACCUGAGGUCACUGACAAAACAAAGGAUUCUGUGAGUCUGUCAUGGCGUGUUCCUCGCCAUGAUGGCAAAGGCAAAAUCUUUGGAUACCUUAUUGAAUAUCAGAAGCCUGGCGCAAUUGAAUGGAUGCAGGCCAAUGAGACACCAGAGUCAUGCCCUGAUACCAAUUUUGUUGUGAAGAACCUACCAGAGGGUGAAGAAUUCCGUUUCAGGAUUAUGGCUGUGAAUGCAGCUGGAAAAUCUGAGCCUGCUUAUGUAAAGGAACCAGUUAAAGUGCACGACAGACUUGAGGAGCCAGAGUUACUGCUGGAUGCAAAUAUGUCACGGGACCAUCUUGCUAUGAUUGGAACAGAUAUCACACUAAGUGCUGUGAUUAAGGGUAUGCCAAUUCCCACUGUGUCUUGGAAGAAAAAUGGUGACGAUGUUCCUGCUCAUUGUGUUAUUGAAGUCACAGCACGUGGAAGUAAACUGCAUAUAAAGAAAUGUACCCGUGCUGACUGUGGAAACUAUACUAUAACCAUUCAAAAUGCAGCAGGCUCAAAGACAGCAACAUGCACAGUGCUUGUACUUGAUAAACCUGGACCGCCAAGAAAGCUUACUAUCUCAGAUGUUACAAGUGAGUCAGCGUAUCUAACCUGGCAAAAGCCAGAGGAUGAUGGUGGUGCUGUGAUCUCUCACUAUGUUGUGGAGAAAAAAGAUGUUGCUGCUGAGAAGUGGGUACCUGUCUGUGCCUCGUCCAAGAAGCUUAGCCUCAUGGCUUUAUACCUAAUGGAAGGUGUUCAGUAUUUAUUCCGUGUGGCAGCUGAAAAUCAGUUUGGAAGAAGUGCAUAUGUUGAAACCAACAAGCCUAUCAAAGCAGUUGAUCCUCUCUAUCCUCCUGGCCCUCCUAAGAAUUUGCACCAUGUAGAUGCAGAAAAAACUGAAGUAUGGCUUGAAUGGGAGUGGCCUGAUCGCACUGGUGGAAGUGAAAUUACUGGAUUUAUUGUUGAACAUCAAGUAGAAGGGGCCACUGAUUGGGUCACCUUCAAAACUGUCAGCAAUGCCAACUGCCAUGUUACUGGACUUGAAGAAGGAAAAACCUACAGAUUCCGUGUAAAAUCUCAAAAUGCAAUCGGCAUUAGUCGACCAGAUACCACUGUACCAAUUACUUGCCAGGAGAAAACUUCGGCACCAUCUAUUGAAGUUGAUGUGAAGCUCAUUGAGGGUCUUACUGUAAAGGCUGGAAGCACAAUUGUACUCCCUGCAGUGAUGAAGGGAAUACCAAUUCCAACACCCAAAUGGCUAAGUGAUGGCAAUGAGCUGAAAACGGAGGGCAAAUUCAAGAUUGAUACUGAAGGAACUUCAACAGUUCUAACCAUUGCUGAUUGUGCAAGGAUAGACAGUGGAGAAUAUAUACUUACUGUUUCAAAUCCUGCAGGAAGCAAAUCAGUUGCUCUCCAUGUAACAGUACUUGAUCUUCCUGGUCCUCCGCUUGGACCUGUCAACAUCCUUACGGUUACUCCUGAUCACAUGGUUAUCCAGUGGCGUCCACCUAAGGAUGAUGGCGGCACACCACUGAUGAACUACAUUGUUGAAAAGAAGGAUGUCAAGAAGUCUUGGGAGCCAUGGUCUGUUGUGAGUUCUGGAAGUAACAGCACCAAAGCUAAGGUGCCACGUUUAGAGAAGGGUCGUGAAUAUAUCGUACGCAUUCGUGCUGAGAACAAGAUUGGCAUUGGCGCUGCUCUUGAAAGUCCUCCCACUAUUGCCAAGCAUAUGUUUGAUCCACCAGGCCCUCCAGGGCGACCAACAUGUUCUGAUAUCACAGAAAAUGCUGUGACAUUGUCAUGGACUGAACCAGAAACCAAUGGUGGAAGUCCAGUUAGUGGCUACAUUGUGGAACGCAGGGAGAUGACUGGUAAAUGGAUUCGUGUAAAUAAAACACCAGUCUUGGAUCUUCGCUACAGAGUCUCUGGUCUUUCUGAGGGCAACAUCUAUGAAUUCAGAAUUUUUGCUGAAAAUGUUGCUGGUGUAAGUGAGCCUUCCUAUCCUUCAGACCAAAUAAAAGCCACACGCCCAAUUGCUCCUCCUGGACCUCCAAGUAACAUAAGACUGAAGGACUGGAGCAAGUCAUAUGCAGAUUUGGUGUGGACCAAGCCUAACAGAGAUGGUGGUAGCCCUAUUUUAGGCUAUGUUGUUGAAUGCCAGAAAUCUGGCUCUGCACAGUGGGACAGGAUCAAUAAGGACCUUAUCAAGCAAUGCGCUUUCAGAGUCCCUGGACUUAUUGAAGGCACAGAGUACAGAAUCCGUAUUAGAGCAUCUAACAAAGUUGGGGAUGGAGAGCCACGAGAGUUGACAGAGACAGUACUUGCCAAAGACAUCCUUGUUCCUCCAGAAAUUACUGUUGAUGUUGCUUGCCGUGACCUUGUAACAGUUCGGGCAGGACAGAUCAUCAGCCUUGUCACCAGAGUUAAAGGCAGACCCGAUCCUGAAAUCACAUGGACUAAGGAUGCUAGAGCCUUAGGCAGAGACAAGCGUACAGAGAUGAUUAACAACUUUCCACUUGCUGAACUAGUCAUUCAGGAUGCUUUACGAGGAGAUUAUGGAAAAUAUGCAAUUCAAGCUAAAAAUAGCAGUGGUCAAGCAAAUGCUACAAUCAUUGUUAAUGUGCUUGACAUUCCUGGAGCUUGCCAGAACUUGAAGGUUGCAUAUGUGACCAAGGAAUCCUGCAUGGUGUCUUGGGAAAAUCCAGAGGACAACGGUGGCACUGAAAUUACAAAUUACAUAAUUGAGUGUCGUCAACCUAGUCAAAGGGGAUGGACAAUUGUUUCAUCCGAUUGCACCAAACGUCUUGUGAAGGCUCCACUUGUUGAGAACUGUGAAUAUUUCUUCCGUGUUAGCGCAGAGAACAAAAUUGGUGCAGGACCGCCAACAGAAACAAAAACAGCAGUCCUUGCUGUUGACCCAGUUGAGAAACCUGGUGAUCCAGAGAAUUUCCAUAUCUCUGAAAUUGGAAAAACCUUUGUCUUCCUUAAAUGGAAAAAGCCAGAAUAUGAUGGUGGUAGUCGCAAUCUUGCUUAUCAUGUGGAAAAGAAACCAAAAGAAGCAGAAGAAUGGGAAAGACUCCACAAAGGUGCUAUUAAAGAGACAUAUUUCAUGGCUGACAGAUGCAUAGAAAACCAAAUAUAUCAGUUUAGAGUACAAACAAAAAAUGAAGGAGGAGAGAGCAACUGGGUGACUACCGCUGAAGUUCUUGUAAAGGAGGAACUUGCAGUUCCUGAGCUACAUGUCAAGUUGGAAGGUGUUCUGGUAGUUAAAGCUGGGGAUUCCAUUCCAAUUGAGGCAGAGGUUAAAGGCAAACCACAACCAGAUAUCAAAUGGGCUAAAGAAGGUGACUCUGUAGAUAUCAAUCGAAGUCCUCGACUACAGGUUGAGUCUGGUGUUAACUUCUCUAAAUUCCUGCUUACAAAUGCAAAAAGAGCAGAUGCUGGACAAUAUACUGUCACUGCAACAAAUGCCGCUGGAACCUGUACUGCUGAGGCUAAAGUGAAUGUUCUUGACAGGCCUGGGCCCAUUAGAGAUCUCAAGGUGUCAGGCAUUUCAGUGGAUAGAUGCAAGUUGGAAUGGGAAGAGCCCGAGGAUGAUGGUGGAUGUGAAAUUUAUAACUACAUCAUUGAGAAAUGUGAGACAAAGAGAGGUGUCUGGUCAAUUCAUUCUUCAGCUGUUAUUAAAAAAUCUGCUAAUGUAACUCGUCUAAUUGAAGGAAACGAGUACAUCUUCAGAGUAAGGGCAGAGAACAAGAUGGGGACUGGACCUGCUGUACAAACAGAGUCUAUUAUUGCAAGGACCCAGUUCAGUAGACCUGGUGCUCCAGAUGCGCCUGAGGUGACCAAAGUUGCAAAAGAUGAAAUGACAGUUGCAUGGUGCUCCCCUGAUAAUGAUGGUGGAAAACCCAUCACUGGUUAUAUUCUUGAAAAGAAAGAAGAACAUGGCAUUAGAUGGGCACCAGUUACUAAAUCUCCUAUUACCAGUACACAUUUGACUGUAACAGGAUUGUUGCCUAAUCAUGAAUACCAAUUCCGAGUAAAAGCUGAGAAUGAGAUUGGAGUUGGUGAUGCAAGCAAGCCAUCUAGAACAUUCACUGCAAGGGAUCCUGUUGGACCUCCUGGUCCUGUUGGAAACUUAAAGGUGACUGAUAGUUCCAAGACAUCAAUCACUCUUGGAUGGACAAAGCCUACACAUGAUGGUGGUGCUCCACUCAUUGGAUAUGUAGUUGAGCUCAGAGUCAAGGGUACAGGAAAGAAGGGGGAUGAAGGAUGGAAGAGGUGCAACAUUGCUGCACAGCUGAUUGGAACAGAGUUCACAGUAACAAGUCUGGAUGAGAAUCUUGAGUACGAAUUCCGUGUUUCUGCACAAAACCAGAUAGGUUUGAGCCAACCAACUAAUCUUGAGGGAGCUGUUUCUCCACGAGACAUUUUUGAGGCCCCUGAAGUUGUUUUAGAUGCUGAGCUAAAGAAAGGUCUUACUGUUAGGGCUGGCUGCCCAAUAAGAAUAGUUGCAACCGUCAGGGGACGACCACCUCCCAAGGUGCAAUGGAGAAGAAUGGGAAUUGAUAAUGUUGUCAAGAAGGGUCAUGUGGAUCUCAUUGACACAAUGACAUUCCUUGUCAUCCCUGAUACCACCCGUGAUGAUUCAGGCAAAUAUUCACUGACUGUAACAAGCCCAGCAGGGGAAAAAGCUGUAUUUAUCAAUGUAAAAGUACUAGACACACCUGGACCAGUUGUUGGUCUGGAGGCCACAGACAUUACAACGGUAUCUUGCAACCUCUCAUGGUCCCCACCUGAAAAUGAUGGCGGCAGUGAAGUAACUCAUUAUAUUGUUCAGAAACGUGAAAUAGAUCGCAAGACUUGGGCAACAGUUAAAACUGAUGUCGACAAAACAACAUUUAAAGUCAGCAACCUUGUACCAGGAACAGAAUAUUGCUUCAGCGUUACUGCAGUGAAUGCAUAUGGUCCAGGUGUUCCAAAAGCCACACAGAGAUCAUAUCUGGCUUCGGAUCCUAUCAGUAAACCUGACCCACCACAGAAGGUUGAUGUUUUGGAGAUUACUAAGAACAGUGCUAAGGUGGGCUGGGUGAAACCAAUGAGGGAUGGUGGAGCUAAGAUUGAUGGCUACAUAAUUGACUACCUUAUGCUUCCUGAGCCCAAAACAACCAAGGAACCAGUGGUGGGUGAAAGUGAGGUGGAGCCCGGUGCUGAACCUGUACCCCCCCCACCACCACCACCAGUGGUGAAGGAGGAAGAAGUCCAUGCGGAAAAGAAAGAAUGGACACCAUAUACUGUUGUGAAAGAUUUAUGUAUCUCUGUUGUUGGGCUGAAGGAGGGAAGGAAAUAUCGCUUCAGAGUAGCUGCAAGAAAUGCCAUGGGAGCUAGUCUUCCCACUGAAACCAAAGAAGCAUAUGAGAUUAAAGAACAAAUGUUGGAACCCAAGGUGAUCAUGUCAGAGCUUGUCACUGCAAAAGCAGGAGCAAAAGUGAGAGUUGAAGCUCUUGUAUCUGGGAAGCCAGCACCUGUGUGUCAGUGGAAGCAAGGAGAUGACAAUGUGGUCCCCUCAAGCCGCCUUGCAGUACACAAAUCCCAGAACAUGUGUGUGCUCAUCAUCAAAGAUGUCUCAAGAAUAGACAGUGGUCAAUAUAGCCUUGUUGCCGAGAACAGCUCAGGAAAGGUGGAACAAGUUAUGAAAAUUGUCAUUAAAGAUAUUCCUGGACCACCUGAGCCCCCAUUUGAAAUAAGUGACAUUGACUCUGAUGCCUGCACAUUGUCUUGGAACAAGCCACUUCAAGAUGGUGGUAGCAAUAUCACUAACUAUGUGGUUGAGAAAUGUAAUGUGAGCAGAGGUGACUGGGUUAAUGCCGUUUCCAGCUGUGGCAAGACCUGUUGCAGACUUGGGAAACUUGUUCCUGGAACGGAGUAUAUAUUCCGUGUUCGUGCAGAGAAUCGUUAUGGAAUUUCUGACCCCAUUACAUCUGAGAGGAUGAUAGCUAAAUUCCCAUUUGAUGUUCCUGGUGAACCCUUGAACUGUCGCAUUACAAAAAUAAAUAAGGACUGCAUGUUUGUGGCUUGGGAUAAGCCGGAGUCGGAUGGUGGCAGUCCAAUUACUGGAUAUUACAUUGAGCGAAAAGAGAGGAAUAGUCUCUUAUGGGUUAAGGCUAAUGAUUCAGUUGUGCGAACAACUGAAUAUCCUUGUGCUGGUCUAAUUGAAGGUCUGGAAUACACUUUCAGAGUAUCUGCUAUUAACCGUGCAGGACAGGGCAAACCAAGUGCAAAGACAGAUUUUGUCACAACAAGAACACCAGUGGAUGCUCCAGGUAAACCAGAGGUACUUGAUGUGACCAAAAACAGAGUUACACUGGUUUGGUCCAAACCAAAGAAUGAUGGUGGAAGCAAGAUCAUUGGAUACUAUGUUGAAGCCUUGAAGAUUCCUGGAGACAACUGGGUGCGAUGCAACACAAGCAGUCAGAAUGUACCUCGUGAAGAGUACACUGUUUCUGGAUUGGAUGAGGGUGCCCAGUAUCAAUUUAGGGUUAUUGCAAAAACAGCCAUUAACAUUAGCAGGCCAUCUGAAGUCAGUGACCCUAUUCUGGUGUCUGCAGAAAAUGUUCCUCCCAGAAUAGAACUGUCAAUACAGAUGAAGAAGAUGGUGCCAAAGAAAGCUGGGUCAGAUAUUUGCCUUGAAGCUGAAGUUUUUGGCAAACCGAUGCCAAAAGUUACAUGGAGCAAGGAUGGAAAAGUGUUGAGCAUGGAUAAAGAUAUGAAGAUGUCACAAAAGAGACACCUAUUUUCUCUAAACCUCACUGCAGUUACAAAACUCCAUACAGGGGUGUACAGCAUUCUUGCUGAGAACGCAAGUGGUUCUAAGACAGCAGACAUCCAGCUCACAGUUUUGGAUAUACCUGGUCCACCUGCCUCUAUCAAUUUAAAAGAGGUAUUUUCUGAUCGUGUAAAAUUGAGCUGGACAGCUCCACUUGCAGAUGGUGGUUCACCAAUUACAAACUAUAUUGUGGAUAAGCGUGAGUCAAGUCGGGCUAAUUGGGCCCAGGUUUCUGCUACAAUCAGCCGUGAUACCACUGAAUUUUGUGUGGAAAGGCUAAUUAUGGGUCAUGAAUACCAGUUCCGAGUACGUGCUGAAAACCGAUUUGGAGCUGGCGAUGCCAUCCUCUCGGAUCCUGUUGUUGCAAAAGACCCUUUCACUGUUCCUGGACAAUGUGAUCCACCAAUCAUUACAAAUAUCACAAAAGAGAAAAUGACUGUAAGCUGGAAGGAACCCUCUGAUGAUGGCAACUCUACUAUUCUUGGAUAUAUUGUUGAGAAGCGUGAAACCAAAGAAUUAAACUGGACCAAAGUGAAUAGGAAACCAUUACUUGCAAGAUCGCUUGAAGUUGGAGGUCUCUCAGAAGGGGCUCAAUAUGAGUUUAGAGUUAUUGCGGUUAACAAAGCUGGACUUGGAAAACCCAGUGAGCCAUCAAAUUAUGCUGCUGCAGUUGAUCCUAUUUAUCCUCCUGGACCACCGAUUUCCCCUAAGGUUACAGACACAAGUAACAGCACUAUUAGCUUAUCUUGGACUAAACCUGCAAAUGAUGGUGGAAGUGAAAUUUUGGGAUAUCUAGUUGAAUGCAGGAGAACAGAUACAACAGACUGGAUCAGAUGCAAUGUCCCAAAGAACCUACAGGACACACACUAUGUUGUCACUGGACUCUUGGAGAAAUCAGAAUAUCAACUACGUGUCAGUGCUGUGAACAAAGUUGGCUUUAGUCAGCCAUGUGAAGUCCCAGAUAAACAUGUUGCAAAGGAUGUGUUUGUUGCACCUGAGGCUGAACUUGAUGCAGUGCUGAAGGAUACAUUGGUGCUUCAUGCUGGUGCUCCAAUGAAACUUCAUGCCAAAAUUAAAGGCCGUCCUGUUCCAAAGGUCACGUGGGCCAAGAUGAACACCAACAUAAAGUACAGACAGGGAAUCGUCAUUAAAGCCACAGACACUGACACAAUGGUUUAUGUUGAAAAAGCUAAUAGAAAUGAUGCAGGAAAAUACAUUCUCAACCUUGAUAGUAUCAGUGGCAUGAAGAUGUACACAGUUGUUGUUAAAGUUAUUGAUACACCAGGCCCACCGCUAAACCUGAUGGUGAAAGAAACAACAAAGGACAGUACAUCUAUCAUGUGGGAUGAGCCACUAAUUGAUGGUGGAAGUGAAAUCACAGGUUACAUAGUAGAAAAACGUGAUGCAGAGAGAAAAGCAUGGUCCACAGUUUCAACCUGUGACAAAACAUCUUUCAGGAUUGAGGGCCUGGAGCCUGGUAGAUCCUACUACUUUAGAGUCAUGGCUCAGAAUAAGUAUGGUACUGGUGAGCCUAUUGAAACAGCAGAUGCUGUCAGAGCCUCUGAACAACCUGGACCAGUUUUGGACUUCAAGGCCUUGCUAGUAACCAGAGAUUCAUGCACGCUUUCAUGGAAGAAACCAGUUAGUGAUGGUGGUAGUCGAAUAAUUGCAUAUGUGCUUGAAGUUCUUAAUGGUGAGGACAAAUGGAAGGAGCUUUUAAGAUCCAAGAACAUGCAAUAUAGUGGUAAAGAUCUUCAUGAAGGAAGGGAAUACAAAUAUAGAGUAAUGGCAACCAACGAUGCGGGCGAUGGUCCAGUUAAGGAACUCUCAAUUGUGGCAAAGGAUGUUUUUGUUUAUCCCAGCUGUGAUUUACGGGAUUUGCCAAACUUGAGCUACAUAGCAAAAGAGGGAAGCACUGUUCGACUCAAGAUUCCUAUCAGUGGUAAACCUGUCCCAACAGUCUCAUGGAAGAAGGGUGAAGAUGAAAAUUUGACUGACACUGGAAGAGUUUGUGUGGAAUCUACUGCUGUUAAUACAACUCUCCUGAUUCGGGACUGCCAGAGGAGUGAUGCUGCAAAAUAUACUAUCACUCUUCGUAAUAGUGCAGGAUCAAAAGAAUCCUCUAUCUUUGUAAGAGUCGUUGGCAAACCAGGUAUUUGUACAGGACCUGUCAAGUUUAAGGAAGUAACAGCUGAUGGAGCUACCUUAAAAUGGGGUGUUCCUAAAGAUGACGGAGGAUCAGAAGUCACCAACUACAUUCUAGAGAAACGUGAUUCCAUUACAAAUAUGUGGGUAACUGUUUCCUCAGCAGCGGACACAAACAGUUAUAGAGUGUCCGGUCUCCACGAAGGAACGGAAUAUAUCUUCAGAGUUUCUGCAGAAAACAAAUAUGGAGUUGGGGAAGGUCUCAAAUCUGAACCUAUGGUUGCCAAGCAUCCAUUCAAUGUACCUGAUGCUCCGCCUGCACCACAAAUCUUGAGCAUGCGUCAUGACUCAGCAACUUUGGCUUGGUCUGAUCCACGAAAAACAGGCGGUUCACCAAUUACAGGAUAUCAUGUGGAAUUCAAGGAAAGAAACAGCAUGUUAUGGAAAAGAGCUAACCCAACACCUUUAAAAAUGAAAGACUUCAAAGUAAAAGGUUUAACUGAGGGCCUGGAAUAUGAGUUUAGAGUGAUGGCUAUAAAUUUGGCUGGUGUUGGUAAGCCAAGUCCUCCAACUGAGCCAAUGGUUGCAUUGGAUCCUAUUGAUCCUCCUGGUAAACCUGAUGUAAUCAGCAUCACAAGAAGUACCGUAACACUUCAAUGGACCGAACCUCAGUAUGAUGGUGGACACAGACUUACAGGUUACAUUGUUGAGAGACGUGACCUUCCUACCAAGGUCUGGGUGAAAGCCAACACUGUAAACGUUGUGGAAUGUGCAUAUACUGUGGCUAACUUGCAGGAGGGUUGCAAGUUCGAAUUCAGAAUCAGAGCCAAGAAUGCAGCUGGGGCAAUAAGUCCACCAUCUGAACAAACCGAUACUCUUGUCUGCAUGGAUGAAUAUGCGGCACCAACCAUUAUUAUUGACCCCACAGUAAAGGAAGGGCUUACGGUCAGAGCUGGAGACACAAUAGUUAUUACAGCAACAAGUAUUUUAGGCAAACCUGCACCAAGUUCUGUCUGGUCAAAAGGAGGAAAGUACUUCAAGCCAUCAGAUAUAUGCCAGAUUGAAACGACUGCUACGUCCUCUACUCUAUUUAUCAAAUAUGCAAGCAGAAAGGAUUCAGGGGAGUAUACCAUUACAGCAAGCAAUCCAUUUGGUGUCAAAGAAGAGAAUGUCAAAGUAAAGGUGUUGGAUGUUCCUGGGCCCCCGGGACCAAUUGAAACAAGUGGCAUAUCAUCUGAAAAGGUUACUUUGACCUGGGCACCACCUAGUGAAGAUGGCGGCUCUGCAAUUGAGUAUUACAUUCUAGAAAAGAGGGAAACAAGCCGUCUUCUUUGGACAAUUCUUGCAGAAAAGGUUAUUGACUGCCAUUUUGUUGCAAAUAAACUAAUCCAAGGGAAUGAAUACAUAUUCCGUGUAUCAGCUGUCAACCAUACUGGAGCUGGUGAUUUUUCAAAUUCAGAGCCUGUGAAAAUGGUGGAUAAUUAUGGCCCCCCAGGCCCCCCAGCAAGACCAGAGGUGGAAAAUGUUGGAGGUAGAACUGCUACAAUUACAUGGAAGAGACCAGCUGAUGAUGGAGGCAGUGACAUCACAGGUUACAUGGUUGAGAAGAAGGAAAGAAAGGGCAUAAGGUGGUCAAAAGCAUCAAAGAAGACUGUACCUGUCCUACAGUUUGAAGUACAGGGCCUCACAGAAGGAGAGGAGUAUCAAUUCAGAGUAACCGCUGAGAAUAAGGCCGGCUUUGGGGAACCCAGUGAGCCAUCACAACCUGUUAGAACAAAGGUCAUGGCAGAUGUACCCGGACCCCCAAUCAACCCAAGAGUCACGGAUACAACAAAAACCACAGCUGAACUGCACUGGGGCAAACCUGUUAAUGAUGGUGGCAUGCCUGUUACAGGCUAUACUGUUGAGCACAAAAAGGAUGGAGAAGAGACAUGGGUGAAGGAUACAACUACACCUUUAAUGAUCACAGAAUUUGUUGUUCCAAACUUGGAGAAUGGAGCAAAGUAUCAUUUUAGAAUUAGUGCCAUGAAUGCAAUGGGUGUUGGGGAACCAGCACAAACAGUAGAUCUUAUUGAAAUUGUUGAACGUCAAGUAAUCCCAGACCUAGAACUUGACAUUGAAUUGAGAAGAACACUAGUUGUCAAAGCCGGAUGCUCUAUUCGCAUAUUUGUUCCAAUUAAAGGGCGUCCAACUCCAUCUGUGACUUGGACAAAGGAGGAUACUGCUCUAAAAACCUAUGCAAACAUUGACAGUACAGAGUCUUACACUCUUUUAGUCAUUCCUGAUUGCAACAGACACGAUGCAGGAAAAUAUGACUUGACAUUAGAGAAUGUUGCUGGAAAGAAGACUGCCUAUGUGAAUGUUAAGGUUUUGGACUCUCCUGGGCCUCCUAUCAAUCUUAAACCCAAAGCCAUUGACAAGGAAAGCAUUACACUUCAGUGGGAACCACCUCUUAUUGAUGGUGGUGCAAAGAUUACUAAUUAUAUCAUUGAAAAAAGAGAAUCUACUCGCAAAGCAUAUGCUACUGUAGUUACAAAAUGUGCCAUGUGUUCUUUAAGAAUUCCAAAUUUGUUAGAGGGGUCAGAAUAUUAUUUCAGAGUAUCUGCAGAAAAUGAAUUUGGAAUUGGUGAAGCAGUAGAAACCCUAGAUCCCAUCAGAGCAUCUCAAGCACCAAGUCCCCCUGAAACAGUCACAAUUACUGAUGUUGGCAAAAACUCAGCUAGUCUUGCAUGGACCAAACCAAAACAUGAUGGUGGAAGCAGAAUAACUGGGUAUGUUAUUGAGGCUCAAAAAAAAGGAACAGACCAGUGGGCUCAUGUGACCACUGUAAAGUCUUUAGACUUUACUGUAAAGAAUUUAAAUGAAAAUGAGGAGUAUAUAUUCCGUGUCAUGGCUGUUAAUUUAUCAGGCAGAAGCCAUCCUCGUGAAAGCAAGCAUAUUGUUAUAAGAGAACAAAACACAGAACCAGAAUUUGACUUGCGGGGUAUCUGCCAGAAGACAGUCAUAGCAAAGGCUGGAGAUGACAUAAAGGUUGAGGUACCCGUAAUUGGACGUCCUAAACCAACCGUAACCUGGCAAAAAGACCAUCAAGCUCUCAAGUUAACACAGAGGACAAUGAUUGAAAAUACCUCUACUUCAACCAUCUUGAUUAUAAACGAAUGUUUAAGAAGUGACACUGGAGUGUACUCAAUUACAGGGAAAAACAUAGUUGGUUCAGUUACUGAUAACAUCAUAAUCAAAGUGCAUGAUGUCCCUGGACCACCUAGGGGACCAAUCAAAUUAGACAAAAUAUCUCGUGAUUCCAUUGAGUUCUCAUGGGAUUUGCCUGAAAAUGAUGGAGGUGUACCAAUAAAUAACUAUGUAGUUGAAAUAAGGGAAACCACCACUCAGAAUUGGACAGAACUGUCUACAUUGAUUAUUCGAACAACAUUUAAAGCAACUCGUCUAACAACAGGAGUGGAAUACCAAUUUCGCGUAAAGGCCAAAAAUAGAUAUGGUGUAGGACCUCCAAUUACCUCAGAGGCUGUUGUUGCAGCUUACCCAUUUAAGGUGCCUGGACCACCAGGCACUCCCAAGGUUGUCGAAUUCACAAAGGACAAAAUGACAGUUGGCUGGAAUGAGCCAGUUAAUGAUGGGGGAAGUGACGUUAUUGGAUAUCAUAUUGAAAGAAAAGAGAGGAACAGCAUUGUCUGGCAUAGAAUUAGCAAAGCUCGUGUGGUGGGAAACCUUUUCAAAACAACUGGACUGGAGCCUGGCACUGCAUACGAGUUCCGUGUGAUGGCUGAAAAUGUAGCUGGAAUUGGGAAACCAAGCAAAGCAUCUGAACCUAUGCUUGCUCUUGAUCCAGUGGAUCCACCCGGUCAGCCUGUACCAAUCUAUGUGUCUAAAAAUACAAUCACAAUUCAGUGGACAAAGCCUGAAUAUGAUGGUGGGUUCAAGAUUACGGGAUAUAUUGUGGAAAAAAGAGAUCUACCAGCUGGGCGCUGGAUAAGGGCCAACUUCACAAACAUUAUUGAAACCACAUUUACUGUUAGUGGUCUAACCAAAGACGCAUCCUAUGAAUUCCGUGUACUUGCAAGAAAUUCAGCUGGUGCUGUUAGCAACCCAUCAGAUGUAUCAGAUCCAAUAAUUUGUAAAGAUGACAUCGAAGAACCAAAAAUUAUGGUUGAUGCCAAAUUUAAGGAUGUUGUGCUUGUUAGGGCAGGAGAAGUCUUCAAACUUGAUGCUGACGUUUCAGGCCAGCCACUGCCAUCUAUGGUUUGGACCAAAGAUGGAAAGGACAUUGAAAACACUUAUAAACUGCAGAUAAAAAUGACAGACCUCACUGCUUCUUUGGUUAACAAGGACUCUCUUAGAAAAGAUGGAGGUCAAUUUGUUCUGACCGCUACUAAUGUGGGUGGAUUUGCUAAACAUAUAUUCAAUGUUAAAGUCCUUGAUAGACCAGGACCACCUAGAGGACCUCUUAUGGUUUCAGAUAUCACUGCAGAAAAAUGUGUGCUUACAUGGGCUCCACCUGAAGAUGAUGGUGGGGCAAACAUUGAACACUACGUAAUUGAAAAACGUGAGUCAAGCAGACUUGCUUGGACAAAUGUGGCAACAGACUUGCAGGUUACGCAGUACCAGGUAACAAAAUUGCUUAAAGGAAAUGAAUACAUUUUCAGAGUGAUGGCUGUUAAUAAGUAUGGAGUUGGGGAAGCCCUUGAGUCUGACCCAACAAUUGCAGAUAACCCAUAUGUUCCACCCGAUCCUCCACAAAUGCCUGAGAUUACAGCUGUCACAAAGGAUUCAAUGGUGCUUUGCUGGGGAGCUCCUGCAAACAAUGGUGGAAGUGAAAUUACUAACUAUGGCAUUGAGAGACGAGACAGAAUUGGUUUACGCUGGGUAAAAUGCAACAAGAGGAAAGUAACUGACUUACAUUUCAAGGUAACUGGACUUGUUCCAGGACAUGAAUAUGAAUUCAGAGUUUUUGCAGAGAAUGUAGCUGGAGUCAGUGCACCAAGUCCCUCAUGUCCCUACACAAAAGCCACAGACACACUGUUCAAACCAGGCCCACCUGGUAAUCCAAGGAUAUUGGACACAAGUAGUUCCUCCAUCACACUUGCAUGGAACAAACCACUGUAUGAUGGUGGCUCUGAAAUUACUGGAUACAUUGUUGAGACCUGUAUACCUGGAACUGAAGAGGAGGAAUGGACAAUUGUCUCUCCUAAAGAGGGUGUGAAAGCAACAUCAUUUACUAUAACAGCUCUUAAGGAGAAUCAGGAAUAUAAAAUAAAUAUCUCAGCUGUUAACAGUGAGGGUAUUGGAGAAGCAGCAUCUGUUCCUGGUUCACCAAAAGCUGAAGAGAGACUCUUACCACCAGAAAUUGACCUUGAUGCUGACCUCCGUAAAGUUGUGAACAUUAGAGCAUGUAACACCUUAAGGCUCUUUGUGCCAAUUAGAGGAAGGCCAACUCCUGAAGCCAAAUGGUCAAGAGAGAAUGAUGAACCUUUGGAUAGAGCUACAAUCGAGAGUACAUCAUCUUUCACAUCCUUAAUAGUUGGAAAUGUGAAUAGAUUUGACAGUGGUAAAUAUAUUUUGACUGUGGAGAACAGCUCUGGAAGCAAAUCAGUUUCUGUGACUGUUAGAGUUUUAGAUACACCUGGUGCACCACAAAACCUCCAAAUCAGCAAUGUUACCAAAGAAUCUGUCUCACUUAUAUGGGAUCCUCCACUAAAUGAUGGUGGCACAAAGAUUAAGAACUUCAUUGUUGAGAAACGUGAGGCAACAAGAAAGGCCUAUGCUACAGUUAAUGCUAACUGUCAUAAAACAACAUGGACUGUUGAUCAGCUUCAAGAAGGAUGCAAUUACUACUUCAGAAUACUGGCAGAGAAUGAGUAUGGCAUUGGUCUCCCUAUUGAAACCAGUGAAUCAGUCAAAGUAUCAGAAAAACCACUUCCUCCAAGAAAGAUUACACUUCAAGAUGUGACAAAGACAAGUGUCACACUGUCAUGGGAAAAGCCUGAACAUGAUGGAGGAAGUAGAGUAGUUGCAUAUGUUGUAGAGAUGCAGAGUAAAGGCAGUGAGAAAUGGACACAGGCCAUGAUUGUCAAGGUACCAGAGGCAAUUAUUUCUGGGCUUACUCCUGGUGAAGAGUAUAUGUUCCGUGUUUCAGCUAGAAAUGAAAAAGGUACCAGUGAUCCUCGCCAAAUUGGUGUUCCAGUGAUUGCCAAAGAUCUUGUAAUUGCCCCAUCUGCCAAAUUGUUAUUUACAACAUUUAGUGUUCUUGCUGGAGAAGAUCUGACAAUAGAUAUUCCAUAUAUUGCUCGUCCCAAAGCUGCAGUCUCUUGGAUGAAGGAUGCUACACCACUUAAGCAAACAAGCAGGGUUAACUUCUCUUCCACAGACAACCAGCUAAAUCUUGUAAUCAAAGAGGCAUGUAGAGAUGAUGUUGGCCAGUAUAGCAUCAAACUUUCAAACACAGCUGGUGAGACAUCAGUGAAUAUAGGAGUGGCUGUCCUUGGCAAACCUGGACCACCAGUUGGCCCAGUGAAAGUUGAAGCAGUAACAGCUGACAGUGUCACUAUUUCAUGGAAACCACCAGAGUAUGAUGGAGGAUGCACCAUUAAGAACUAUCUGGUGGAGAAAAGAGACACAUCCACAACAAACUGGGUAGUUGUAGCAGCAAAUCUAGCCAGAACCAAGGUUAAAGCUGGAAGGCUAAAAACAGGAACUGAAUAUCAAUUUAGAAUCACUGCUGAGAACAGAUAUGGCAAAAGCCCUCUGCUUGUCUCAGAGUGUGUUAUUGCACAGUACCCAUAUAAGCUUCCAGGACCGCCUGGAACACCGUUCAUUCAUUCUUCAACCAAAGACAGUAUGAUUGUGAUGUGGAAUGAGCCAGUUAUUGAUGGUGGAAGCACCAUUUUAGGUUACCAUCUUGAACGUAAAGAGAGAAACAGCAUUCUCUGGGUCAAGCUUAAUAAAAGUAUAAUCCAGGACACAAGUUACAAGACCACAGGCCUUGAGGAAGGCCUUGAAUAUGAAUUUAGAGUGUAUGCUGAGAACAUUGUUGGUACUGGAAAGGCAAGCAAAAUAUCACAGGGACAUGUCGCUCGAGAUCCUUGUGAUCCUCCUGGUACACCUGAGGCAGUUAAAAUGACAAAGGAUUCCAUCACUAUCAUGUGGACGAAACCCGAGUAUGAUGGUGGAAGCAAGGUCACAGGCUAUAUUGUUGAAAAGAAAGAAUUACCUGAAGGACGCUGGCUGAAGGCAAACUUCACCAAUGUUAUUGAGACAGAGUAUACUGCCACAGGUCUCACAGAAGACCAAAAAUAUGAGUUCCGGGUUAUUGCAAGAAAUGCAGCAGGAGUUUUUAGUGAUCCUUCAUAUAGCACUGGGCCCAUUACUGCAAAGGAUGAGAUUGAACCCCCUCGCAUCAGCCUAGACCCACAUUACACACAGGCAAUUGUUGUAAAUGCAGGAGAAUCCUUUAAGAUUGAUGCAGAUGUACAUGGAAAACCACUACCAACAAUUCAUUGGAUGAAGGGUGAUCAAGAACUAGGAAACACCAUUCAUCGUGAAAUUAAAAACACCACCAGCUUUGCAUGCUUGUCUGUAAAAGAAGCCAAGCUUGCUGAUGGUGGCCAGUACACUCUGCUGCUAAGGAAUCCGGGUGGUGAGAAAUCUGUCCAGGUCAAUGUCAAUGUUCUAGAUAAGCCUGGAGCACCAGAGGGUCCCAUAUCCAUUACAGGGGUUACCAGUCAACAGUGCUGCCUUGCAUGGAAACGUCCAAAACAGGAUGGUGGAAGCACAAUCACUCAUUACAUUGUGGAAAGUAGAGAGACAAGCAGACUCAUCUGGACUCUUGUUGAACCCAAAGUUCAAGCGGAAACUUUGAAAGUAGCAAAACUCCUUGAAGGCAAUGAAUAUAUUUUUAGGGUUUUCCCAGUGAAUAAGUUUGGAGUUGGUGAAGCACUUCAAUCUGACCCAGUUCUUAUUAAGGAUCCAUUUAUGCUUCCAGAUGCUCCAAAGGGAAUAGAGGUCUCUGAUAUCAAGAAAGACUCAAUGCUAUUAAGUUGGGAGGCACCUACAAGUGAUGGUGGCACACCUGUCACUGGAUAUAUCAUUGAAAAACAUGACAAGGAGGGUGUUAGAUGGAUCAGAUGCAACAGGAAAACGGUCACAGACCUAACCUUCAAAGUCACUGGGCUACUUGAGGCCCACCUCUAUGAAUUUAGAGUUGCAGCUGAAAAUGCUGUUGGGGUUGGUGAGCCUAGCUCAGCAACAGUAUUCUAUAAAGCUCUGGAUCCAGUGUUCAAGCCAGGUCCCCCACAUAAUCCUAAGGUGAUAGACACAACCAAAUCAUCCGUGUCACUUGCAUGGGGGAAACCUAUUUAUGAUGGUGGAUGUGAAAUCCAGGGAUUUAUUGUUGAGUCAUGUGAGGUAAAAGCAGCAGCAGUGGAGAUAAAACCUGCUCAGGAAGCUGCCGUUGCAGAGGCUGUCCCAGUGGCUGAAGAAUGGACUAUGUGCACCCCAGCAACUGGUGUUAAAUUAACACAUUUUACAGUACAAAAUCUCAAAGAAAAACAGGAAUACAAGUUCAGAGUAUGUGCAGUUAACAAGGUUGGUGUUGGUGAGCAUGCAGAUGUUCCUGGUCACAUUCAGCCAGAAGAUAAAACAGAGGAGCCAGAUCUGGAUAUUGAUCCAGAGUUUAGAAAGCUUGUCAGUAUUAAAGCUGGGCGAUCUCUCAGAAUUUUUGUUCCCAUUAGAGGACGUCCUACACCACAAAUUAAAUGGGAGAAGGAUGACUGCCCCAUUAAAGAGACAGCACAUGUUGAGGUCACGAGUGGUCACACUUCUCUUGUGAUUGAUAAAUUAAAUAGAAAUGACAGUGGAAAGUACACUGUGAUUGCAGAAAACUCAUCUGGUAUAAAGUCUGCAACCAUCAUUGUGAAAGUUCUUGAUACUCCUAGUGCUCCAGUUAACCUUAAAGUUCAGGAAAUUACAAGGGAGUCUGUCACUCUUUCAUGGGAACCUCCUGCCUUGGAUGGAAGUGCUAAGAUAAAAAAUUAUAUUGUUGAAAAGCGUGAAACUACAAGGAAAACCUUCUCUGCUGUUGUAACAAAUUGCCAUAAAUUGUCUUGGAAAAUUGAACCACUUCAAGAGGGCUGUUGUUACUAUUUCAGAGUCCUUGCAGAGAAUGAACAUGGUAUUGGAAUACCUGCAGAUAUUACUGAUCCUCUGAAAGUAUCAGAAGUGCCACAAUGCCCUGGAAAAUUAAGCAUUGUAGACAUUACAAAAACAAGUGUCUCUCUUGCUUGGGAAAAACCACUGCAUGAUGGUGGCAGUAGAAUUCUUCAGUACCUUGUUGAAAUGCAAGUGAAAGGAAGUGAAAAAUGGUCAGGUUGUGCAAAUGUAAAAACACUAGAGGCUGUUAUUAAUAACUUGAACCCAGGUGAGGAGUACACUUUCAGAGUAAUUGCUAUUAAUGAAAAAGGAAAGAGUGACCCAAGAACCCUUGCAGUCCCAGUACAAGCAAAGGAUCUUGUUAUUGAACCAGAUGUUAGGCCUGCAUUUAACAAUUACAGUGUUCUUGUUGGAAAAGACCUGCAAGUUGAAAUUCCAAUUUCUGGACGCCCUAAACCGAAGGUGACAUGGAUAAAGGAUGGUACAUCCCUAAAAUUCACAACAAGAGUGAACAUUUCAAAUACACCACAUAGUACAAUUCUUAGCAUCAAAGAAGCUACCCGAGAGGAUGGUGGCAUGUAUGGAAUCAAUGUGUCAAAUGUUCUUGGGCAAAAAGAUGCAACACUUGAAAUAAUCACACUUGACAAACCAGGACCACCAUGUGGUCCUGUAAAAUUUCUUGAGGUCACAGUAUCAAGUGUUACUCUGUCAUGGGAACCACCAAAGUACACUGGUGGUUGCCCAAUUUCAAACUACAUUGUACAAAAGAGAGACACAACUACCACUACAUGGGAGAAUGUUGCAGUUUCUCUGGCAAGAACAACACUGAAAGUCUCCAGACUAAAAACUGGGGCAGAGUAUCAGUUCAGGAUUAUUGCUCAAAACAGAUAUGGCAAGAGCUAUGGCUUAGAUUCCCCAGCUGUUGUUGCACAGUACCCAUAUAGGGAACCAGGGCCACCUGGUACUCCAUUUGUGUCCUCUCUGUCAAGAGAUCACAUGGUUGUUGAGUGGCAUGAACCUGUUUCAGAUGGAGGCAGCAGCAUUAUUGGAUAUCACCUUGAAAGAAAAGAGAGGAACAGUAUCCUUUGGACAAAGAUCAACAAGACCUUGAUUCAAGAAACAAAAUUCAAAACUAGUCCUUUGGAAGAGGGAAUUGAAUAUGAGUUCAGGGUCUAUGCUGAAAAUAUUGUUGGAAUUGGUCGGUGCAGCAAAAUUUCAGAGGGGUAUGCGGCCCGUGAUCCAUGUGAUCCACCUGGCACCCCAGAAGCUAUUCAUGUUAGCAAGGAUUCAAUAUCAAUCCAAUGGACAAAGCCAGAAUAUGAUGGAGGAAGUGUGAUAACUGGUUAUACUGUUGAGAAGCGUGAUCUGCCAGAGGGACGUUGGGUGAAAGCUAGUUUUACAAAUGUCAUUGAAACCCAAUUUACUAUUAGUGGGCUUACAGAGGGAGCUAAAUAUGACUUUAGAGUAAUUGCAAAAAAUGCCGUUGGCACCAUUAGCAAACCAUCUUUCAACAGUGGACCUAUUGCUGCACUGGAUGAAGUAGAGCCGCCAAAGUUUUCAAUUGAUCCUGAAUAUACUCAGAUCAUUAUUGUGAAUGCUGGGGAUACAUUCAGACUUGAUGCAGAUGUACAUGGCAAACCGAUACCUACAAUGCAGUGGUUCAAGGGUGAUAAAAAACUUGAAAACACAAUGAGAUGUGAGAUCAAAAACACUGAAACCCGGGCUAUGAUUGUCUUAAAGGAUGUGCUCAGACAUGAUGGUGGGCAAUAUACCCUUCACCUCACCAAUGUCGCUGGCUCACAAACUGUUGCAUUCCAGGUAAAAGUACUGGACAAACCGAGUCCACCAGAAGAACCUCUUCGGGUCACAGGUGUAUCAAGUGAUAAAUGUACACUGUCAUGGCGUCCCCCGCAACACGAUGGGGGAAGCCCCAUCACUCAUUAUAUAAUUGAACGACGUGAAACAAGCCGCCUUGCUUGGACCAUUGUCUCAGCUGUUUGUAAAGCCACAAUGUUCAAAGUGACAAACCUUCUUGAAGGCAAUGAAUAUAUCUUCCGUGUCAUGGCUGUCAACAGUUAUGGUGUUAGUGAGCCAAUUAAUACUCCAUCUGUAAUUAUGAAGAAUCCAUUUAUAGCCCCUGGAUCACCACAAAUUCUGGAGGUGACCAACAUUGCCAGGGAUUCUAUGACUGUGUGCUGGAGUGCACCAGAGAAUGAUGGUGGAAGUGAAAUUGUUGGCUAUAUCAUUGAAAAGAAGGAUCGUUCUGGAAUCAAAUGGACCCGAUGCAACAGACAAAAAGUCACUGAUGUAUGUUUCAGAGUGCAAGGCCUUAUAGAGGAUCAUGAGUAUGAGUUCAGAGUGUCAGCUGAAAAUGCAGCUGGAAUUGGUGAACCCAGCUUACCUACAUCAUACUACAAAGCUUGUGAUCCUAAAUAUAAACCUGGCCCUCCCACACAUGCACAUGUAAUUGACACCACAAAGAGCUCCAUUUCACUGGCAUGGGGAAAGCCUCUUAAUGAUGGUGGAAGUGCUAUUCAAGGAUACAUUGUUGAGAUAUGCAAAGCUGAGGAGGAUGAAUGGACUAUGUGUACUCCACCAACUGGCCUGCGUGUUAAUAAAUUUGAAAUAACCAAACUAACAGAACAACAGGAGUAUAGGAUUCAGGUAUGUGCUAUCAAUAAAUUAGGUGUGGGUGAGCCUGCAGUUAUUCCUGAGCCUGUGAAACCAGAGGACAAACUUGAAGUUCCUGAAAUUCAUCUUGAUUCAGAGUUGAGGAAAGGUAUAGUUGUCCGUGCUGGGGGAUCAUUUAGAAUCAGUGUGCCUUUCAAGGGAAGACCAACACCAGAGAUUAAAUGGACUAAAGAUGAAGGGGAUUUGUCGGAGAAGGCCAUAAUUGAGAAGGGUUUCAAUUUCACACUGCUUUCAGUUGACUCAUGUGACAGAAAAGAUUCUGGAAAAUAUACUGUGUCCCUUAAAAAUAGCAGUGGCACUGCAUGUGAAUUUGUGUCAGUAAAAGUUUUAGAUACACCAGGAGCUCCACUUAACUUGGUGGUAAAAGAUAUUAAGAAAGACUCUAUUACACUUGUUUGGGAUCCACCACUUAUUGACGGAGGUGCAAAAAUCAAAAACUAUGUUGUUGAUAAGCGUGAAUCUACAAGAAAAGCAUAUGCUAAUGUCACAACAAAGUGUAGCAAGACAAGUUUCAAGGUAGAAAAUCUUGCAGAGGGGGCUCUAUACUACUUUAGAGUCAUGGCUGAAAAUGAAUAUGGAAUUGGUCUACCAGUUGAAACCAAGACUGCAUCCAAGGCUUCUGAAGUACCUCUAUCAGUAGGAAAGAUCAUGUUGACUGAUGUUACCAAAGUAAGUGCAUCACUGGCCUGGGAGAAACCAGAGCACGAUGGUGGAAGCAGGAUUGUAGGCUACUUGAUUGAAAUGCAGCCCAAGGGAACAGAAAAGUGGGGUGUAGCAACAUCUGUCAAAACAUGUGAAGGCACUGUCACUGGGCUAACAGCUGGUCAAGAAUAUUUGUUCCGGGUUCUUGCUUAUAAUGAGACAGGAAAGGGUGAGCCAAAGCUUCUUGCUGCUCCUGUCAUUGCCAAUGACUUAACUAUUGAACCAAGCCUAAAAGUACAGUUUAGUACAUACAGUGUCAAAUCCGGUGAUGAUCUUAAAUUGGAAAUACCUGUAUUUGGACGUCCCAAGCCAAAGGUUACUUGGAUGAAGGAUGGACAAGCUCUUAAAGUGACAUCAAGAAUCAAUACUUCAAACACACCAACAUCGGCCAUUCUACAGAUUACUGAAGCCAGUAAGGAUGACUUUGGAAAGUAUACAAUUAGUGCAACAAACAGCACUGGUACUAUUACAGAAGAAAUUGGAAUCAUAAUCCUUGAUAAGCCUGGUCCACCAACUGGCCCUAUUAAAGUGAAUGAAGUAAGCAAUAGCUUUGUAACAAUCUCAUGGGGACCUCCAUCUUACACAGGAGGCUGCCAGGUGAAGCACUAUAUUGUUGAAAAGCGAGACACCACUACCACAACAUGGGAAGUUGUAGCUGGAUCAGUUGCCAGAACAUCUCUUAAAAUAUCAAACUUGAAAACUGGUGCUGAGUACCAGUUUAGAGUCAUUGCUGAAAACAGAUAUGGCAAGAGUUCUUCUUUGGAGUCAAAGGCAAUUGUGGUUCAGUAUCCAUACAAAUCUCCUGGGCCACCUGGAACUCCAUAUGUGAAAUCUGCCACCAAGGAUCAAAUGAUAAUUGAGUGGAAUGAGCCUGUCAAUGAUGGUGGAAGCUCAGUAAUUGGCUACCACUUGGAAAGCAAAGAACGGACUAGUAUCUUGUGGACAAAGUUGAACAAGACUCUCAUUACAGACACCAUGUUUAAGAUAUGUAAUCUUGAGGAAGGAAUUGGUUAUGAAUUCAGAGUAUAUGCUGAGAACAUUGUUGGUAUUGGCAGAGCGAGCAAGGUUUCAGACAGUUUUGUGGCUCGUGAUCCAUGUGAUCCACCUGGUACUCCAGAAGCUAUUUCUAUUUCAAAAAACCAUGUGGUAAUACAAUGGACAAAACCUCAAUAUGAUGGUGGCAGCAAAGUAACAGGAUACAUUGUUGAAAAGAGAGACUUGCCUCAAGGCCACUGGAUGAGGGUCAACUUUACCAAUGUGAUUGAGACUGAAUUCACAAUCAGUGGUUUAACAGCAGACCAACAGUAUGAAUUUAGAGUAAUAGCAAGAAAUGCUGCUGGUAUUUUCAGCGAGCCAUCUGAAAGCACCGGUCCAAUUACCACAACAGAUGAAAUUGAACCUCCAAGUGUUUCAAUGGAUCCUAAAUACCAAGAUGUCAUUGUUGUCAGUGCUGGAGAAAAUUUAGUUCUUGAUGCAGAUAUUCAUGGAAAACCCAUUCCUGAUGUUCAGUGGCUGAAAGAAGGAAAGGAAAUGGACAGGACACUACGCAUUGAAAGAAAAACAACACAGAAAAGUGCCGCUAUUACUGUCAAAGACUGUACACGAUUAGACAGUGGUCAUUAUGACCUUGUAUUAAGAAACACUGGUGGAACAAAAACAAUUCCCAUUACAGUAAGGGUCCUUGAUAGGCCAGGCCCACCCACUGGACCACUAAAUAUAACUGGUAUAAUGUCUGAUAGAUGUAAUCUGAUUUGGACUGCGCCUUCUCAGGAUGGUGGUGCUAAUAUUUCUCACUACAUUCUUGAGAAGAGAGAAACUAGCAGGUUAUCAUGGACUCAGGUUGAUUCAAAUAUUCACACUACCAGUUAUAAGGUGACAAAGCUCCUGACAGGUGAUGAAUAUAUUUUCAGAGUUAUGGCUGUCAAUAAAUAUGGAAUUGGUGACCCACUGGAGUCUGAAGCAAUAAUUGCCUGCAACCCAUACAAGCCACCAAGUGCACCAUCAACACCAGAAGCAAGUGAGAUAACAAAAGAUUCAAUGGUUCUAUCAUGGAAUGUUCCAGAGAGUGAUGGUGGAACAGAAAUUAUUGGUUAUCACCUGGAGAAACGUGACAAAGACGGUGUAAGAUGGACCAAGUGCAACAGGCAGAAGCUUUCUGACUUGCAUUUCAAAGUAACUGGUCUUUCAGAGGGGCAUUUCUAUGAAUUCCGUGUGGCUGCAGAGAAUGCUGCUGGCGUGGGUGUACUAAGUGACUUAUCUCUGUUCUAUAGAGCAGUCAAUGCAACAACUCCUCCUGGUCCACCACAUCAUCCUAAAGUAACAGAUUAUUCAACCUCAUCUGUGUCUCUGAUUUGGGGUAAGCCAGCUACAGAUGGCGGGGCAUAUAUCAAAGGUUAUAUUGUUGAGAUGAAAGAGGCCACUGCAGAAGAAUGGACCACAUGUACACCUCCAACAGGUUUACAGGCAACAUGCCUAACAGUGGAAAACAUCAAAGAAAAUGCUGAGUAUAACUUCCGGGUAUGUGCCUUCAAUUCAGAAGGAGUUGGAGAACCUGCUGACGUUCAUGGCUCUGUAACUGCUACUGAAAGAAUUGAGACACCAGAGAUUGAACUCGAUGCGCAUCUUAGAAAAACUGUCUCUGUUCGUGCAGGUGGAUCACUUCGUCUGUUUGUUAAAAUUAGAGGUAGACCUGAACCAUCUGUGAAAUGGGAAAGAGAAGAGGGGGCUUUAACUGAGAGAGCGGUGAUUGAAACUACUAGUUCAUAUACCAUGCUUGUAAUUGACAAUGUCAAUAGAUUUGAUAGUGGGAAAUAUGUUCUAUCACUUGAGAAUAAGAGUGGCACAAAGUCAGCAUUUGUGAAUGUCAGGGUGCUUGACUCACCAAGUGCGCCACAGAAUUUUGAUGUCAAAGAAGUUAAGAAAGACUCAGUGACUCUCUACUGGGAACCUCCUCUUACUGAUGGUGGAGCCAAAAUAACCAAUUACAUUGUGGAAAAGCGAGAAUCUACAAGAAAAGCUUACACAACUGUCACAAGCAACUGCAUGCAAAAUUUCUUCAAGAUAGAAGAACUUCAAGAGGGAGGAAUAUUCUACUUCCGAGUGUGUGCUGUUAAUGAGUAUGGCUUUGGUUUGAUGGCAGAAACAAAAAAUCCAGUCAAAGUUGCCCAGGUCCCUAUGUCACCAGGAAAGGUGACACUUGUGGAUGUUACCAAGAACAGUGUGACUCUUGCAUGGGUGAAACCUGCCCACGAUGGUGGUAGUAAAGUUAUUUGCUACAAUGUAGAGAUGCAGUCAAAAGGCACAGACAAAUGGGUUGCAUGCACUACAGUGAAAGUUCCAGAAGCUACUGUGUCUAACCUUACACCUGCUGAAACAUACUCUUUUAGAGUAAUUGCAUUGAAUGAGAAAGGCAAGAGUGAACCCCAAGAACUUGGUGUGCCUGUUCGUGCUACAGACAUAGAGAUAGAGCCUUCAAUUAAUCUGCUCUUCAACACUUACAGUGUUAAGGCAGGAGAUGACCUUAUUAUUGAAGUUCCUGUAAGAGGCAGACCAAAGCCAGUGGUUUCAUGGAAAAAGGAUGACCUACCUCUUAAGCAAACAAGUUCUCUCACAAUAAAAAAUACCACAGUAUCAAGCAAGAUUGUAAUCAAAGAAGCUUCUAUUGAGCAUGUUGGGAAAUAUGAAAUCACCCUAGCUAAUACAGCUGGCACCAUUUCCACAGAUAUCAAUGUUGUGGUUCUUGACAAGCCAAACCCACCAGCUGCAGUAAAGGUUGAUGCUGUGACUGCUGACUCCAUUACUCUUUCAUGGUCUCUCCCUGAAUAUGAUGGAGGGUGCUCCAUUAAUAACUAUAUGGUUGAGAAGAGGGAUACCAACACAACAGUAUGGCAGAUUGUUUCAUCAAACAUUGCCAGAAAUUCAGUCAAGGUAUCUCGACUGACUCAUGGUUCUGAAUACCAAUUCCGUAUAUAUGCAGUGAACCGCUAUGGAAAGAGUAAGCCUAUUGACUCUCCUGGAAUUACAGCAGAAUAUACAUUCAAGCAACCUGGGCCACCUGCUACUCCCCGUGUGGCUCAUGCUACCAAGUCCUUCAUGCUUGUGACAUGGAAUGAACCAGUUAAUGAUGGAGGUAGCACAGUUCUUGGAUAUCAUUUGGAACGCAAGGAGAGAAGCAGUAUUCUAUGGACAAAGGUGAAUAGGAUUCUCAUCAAAGAUACUGAAUUUAAAGUAACUGGCCUUGAAGAGGGCAUGUUUUAUGAGUACCGAGUAUAUGCUGAAAACAUUGCUGGCAUUGGAAAGGUCAGCAAAGUUAGUGAGGCUAUAGCUGCUAGAGAUCCAUGUGAUCCUCCUGGUCAACCAGUGGUCACAAGCAUUACUAGAUCUUCUGUCUCUCUCUCUUGGACAAAGCCUGAAUAUGAUGGAGGGGCCAAAGUUACAGGUUAUAUAAUUGAACGUAAAGAUCUUCCAGAUGGUCGCUGGAUGAGAUGCAACUUUACCAAUGUUCCUGAAACAUACUUUGAUGUUACUGGUCUUACUCAAGAUCAGCAAUAUGAUUUCCAUGUCACUGCGAAGAAUGCUGCUGGACAGUUUAGUGAGCCAUCAGAUAACACAGGCCCUAUCACAGUCAAAGAUGAUGUAGAUCCACCACGAAUUAUCAUGGAUGUCAAGUUUAGAGAUGUUGUUGUUGUGAAAGCAGGAGACACCCUAAAGAUCAGUGCUGACAUUGCUGGACGCCCAUUACCAGUGGCAUCAUGGACAAAGGAAGGAAAAGAGAUUCAGCUCAGUACAAGAAUUCAGAUAGCUGCAACAGAUACUAGCACUAUGAUAGUAGUGAAAGACUGCAAAAGGAGUGACUCUGGAAAGUAUGCCUUAACAUUACAGAAUGUCGCUGGUACAGUAACUAUGCCGGUGAAAUGCGUGAUCCUUGAUAAACCUGGACCUGCAGCAGGACCUUUGUCAGUAACUGAGCUCACUGCAGAGAACUGCACACUGUCAUGGGGACCACCACAAGAAAUUGGUGGUGCAGAUGUCACACAUUACGUUGUUGAGAAAAGAGAGACCAGCAGUUUGGCAUGGAUAAUUGUACAAGGAGAGGUAAAAACUAGAACAUGCAAGGUCACAAAGCUCCUCAAAGGCAAUGAAUACAUAUUCAGAGUUUUGGCUGUAAAUAAAUUUGGACUUGGUGAACCUCUUGAAAGUGAACUAGUCAAAGUCAUUGAUCCAUUCACCUUUGCAACAGCACCAACAAAUGUUGAAGUAACAAAUAUAUCCAGUGAGGAGAUGACUGUAACUUGGGCUAAGCCUGCUUCUGAUGGAGGCAGUGAAAUAUGUGGCUAUGUGAUUGAACGACGUGAGAAAUCAAGUCUUCGAUGGGUCAGAGUCAAUAGGGAGCUUGUAAAAGAUGAGAGAGCUAUAGUAUCCAAACUAAGAAAAGGAAGUGAAUAUGAAUUUAGAGUAUUUGCAGAGAAUGCUGCAGGUUUAAGUCCUCCUAGCGAGCCAUCUGCUCCAGCUACAGCAAAGGAUGCUUUACUUGUGCCAGCCCCACCAUCUAAACCAAAGGUUCUUGACUACACAAAGAGUUCGAUAACAAUUACCUGGAACAAGCCAUUGUCAGAUGGUGGAACACCAGUCCUUGGAUACAGAGUGGAAUACAAGAAAACAGAGGAUGAGGAAUGGGCUGUUGCCAUUCAGAUGACAAAGAGCACUGAGUACACUGUUUCUGGUCUUACAGCUGAUCUGGAAUAUGUCUUUGCAGUUAAAUCAAUAAACAAAAUAGGCCUAAGUGAGCAAUCCCCAGUUUCCGAACCACAGGCAGCAACAGACAGAAAGGAGGAACCAGUAUUCGAUGUUGAUAUUGAGAUGAGGAAAAUGCUGAUUGUCAAGCAUGGCAAUUCAUUCACAAUGACAGCACCAUUUAAAGGAAUACCAGUGCCUUCUGUCACAUGGUCUAAAGAAGGUGUUGACCUCAAAUCCAGAGCUACAGUUGAAACAACUGGAAAAUAUACAUCCCUAACUAUUGAAAAGGCAACAAGAAAUGACUCAGGACAAUAUACUGUUACACUGGACAAUGGUGUUGGAACUGCAACUUUGCCUGUGGUUGUCAAAGUACUUGAUUCCCCGGGACCACCAGUUAAUGUGAAGAUUAAAGAUGUGACAAAAGAUUCUGCCACAGUUACUUGGGAAGUCCCAGAAAAUGAUGGGGGUGAUGCUGUAAAAGCCUACCAUGUUGAAAAACGAGAAGCUAGCAAAAAGGCCUGGGUUUGUGUAACCAAUAACUGCCACAAUCUGGUCUACAAGGUAGAGGACUUGCAAGAGGGUGCAAUCUACUAUUUCAGAGUCAUUGGAGAGAAUGAAUUUGGUAUGGGUGUACCUGCUGAAACAAAAGAUGCAACUAAAAUAACUGAAAUACCAAGCCCACCUGCCAGACUUGGAGUAGCUGGAGUAACAAAAGACAGUGUUACAAUAGUAUGGUCAAAACCAGAGCAUGAUGGUGGAAGCAGAAUUACAAGCUACCUCAUUGAUGCUCUAGAGAAGGGACAGCAAAAGUGGGUGAAGUGUGCCACUGUAAAAACCAAUACUCACACAAUCAAAGGUUUGCGAGAAAAUGCAGAGUAUUUCUUCAGAGUUCGUGCUGAGAAUCAUGCAGGACUCAGUGAUCCAAAGGAAAUGAUCAUUCCUGUAAUUGUAAAAGAUCAACUAAGUGCCCCUGAAUUUGAUAUGAAGAACUUCCCACACAACACUGUUUAUGUGAGGGCAGGAUCAAAUCUGAAAUUUGAGCUUCCUCUCACUGGCAAGCCCAUGCCAAAGGUGGCAAUGACAAGAAACAAUGUUCCAGUGAGGUGUGGAAAGAGAUUUAGUUUUGAAGUAACACCUGAUAGUCUUAAUAUCAGCCUCAAAGAAAGUAUUGCAAGUGAUGCUGGAAGAUAUGACAUUGUUGCCUCCAAUACCAGUGGAACAACCAAGAUGUUCAUUAACAUACUGGUGUUAGAUAGACCAGGUCCUCCAGUCGGUCCAGUUGAAAUCAGUGAUGUUGGAGAAACAUCACUAUGCCUAAAAUGGUUACCACCUGUAUAUGAUGGCGGUAGUCCAGUGACCAAUUAUGUUGUGGUCAGACGUGAAACAAGCACACCAGCUUGGGUAGAGGUGUCAUCGACAGUUGCCAGGAAUGCAAUUAAAGUCACCAAAUUAACAAAGGGUGAAGAAUACCAAUUCCGAAUUAAAGCGGAGAAUCGCCUUGGUAUCAGUGAUCACAUUGACUCUCAAACUGUCAUUGUGAAACUUCCAUACACGAUUCCUGGGUCACCAUCAACACCAUGGGUGAGUUUUGCUUCAAGAGAAAGCAUUACAGUUUGCUGGCAUGAACCUGUAGUAGAUGGAGGAAACCCAGUAUUUGGAUACCAUGUCCAAAUGAAAGAAAGAAGCAGCAUUCUGUGGCAGAAAGUGAACAAGACAGCAAUCCCUGCUAAUCAAAUAAGGGUGACAAACAUAUGCCCGGGUAUGAUUUAUGAAUUCAAGGUUGCUGCAGAAAAUGCUGCUGGUAUUGGUAAAUUCAGCAAGACAUCAGAGGAAGUACUUGCGAUUGAUGCUUGUGAACCUCCAGCAAAUGUGAGAAUCUCUGGGAUUACAAAGAACUCAGUUAGCCUUGUCUGGCAGAAGCCUCCCUUUGAUGGUGGAUGUAAAAUCACUGGCUACAUGGUUGAGAGAAGAGAUGCUCCAAAUGGCAGAUGGACAAAGGCUAACUUUACCAAUGUUAUUGAGACAAACUACACUGUGUCAGGCUUGACACAAGAUCAGUCAUAUGAAUUUAGAGUCUUUGCUAAAAAUGCAGUUGGAUCUGUAAGCAAUCCAUCUCUUAUUGCUGGACCAGCAACUUGUGUGGACAUUUCUGGUGUCCCGGUAAUCGACCUGCCUCCCGAGUACCUAGAUGUUGUGCAAUAUAAAGCUGGAGCUUCUGUUAAGAUAAAACUAGGAAUUAUGGCUAAGCCACUUCCAACAAUUGAAUGGUUGAAGGAUGGAAAGGAAUUAGUGUCAAGUUCACAGCUAUCAAUUGAGAGCACCACUGAUUCAUCUGCCAUUCUUAUCAAGGAUGCCACUCGUCUUAACACUGGGACAUAUGAAAUAAAGACCAAGAAUGUGUUUGGCACAACUUCUGCCUCCAUCAGAAUAUUGAUUCUAGACAAACCAGGCCCUCCAGCUGGAAAUAUUGAAUUCAGAUCAGUAACCGCUGACACCAUAAUAAUUGCUUGGGAGCCAGUAGCAGAUGAUGGAGGUUCCACAGUCACCCAUUAUAUUGUGGAAAAACGAGAGACAAGUAGAGUUGUAUGGUCUACUGUUUCUGACCAUAUGCAGGAACGCAUAGUCUCUGUCCAGAAGUUGGUCAGAGGAGGCGAAUAUGUCUUCCGUGUCAGAGGAGUGAACAAAUUUGGAGCUGGAGAUCCUCUGGAGUCUGAACCAGUUAUUGCCAAGAAUGCAUUUGUUACUCCUGGACAACCUACCACACCAGAGGCAACAGAAAUCACUAGAACAUCCAUGAAAAUUGUAUGGGAUAAACCAGGAGUGGAUGGUGGUAGCAUGGUUACAGGCUACUAUUUACAGAGACGUGACAAGAAGAAUCUGCGCUGGAUUAAAAUUAACAAAGACCCCAUAUGUGACACCACAGCAAAGGUCUAUCACCUGACUGAAGGAAAUGAAUAUCAGUAUCGUGUGUGUGCAAUCAACAAAGCCGGAGAAGGUCCAUUUUCAGAUGUUUCUGAAUUAUACAAAGCAGCUGACCCUGUUGAUACACCUUCUGAGCCUACUAAACUCAAAGUUGUUGAUUCAACUAAAACUUCAAUUUCUCUUGGAUGGUCCAGGCCAGAGUAUGAUGGAGGCAGUGAAAUUACUAGCUACAUUGUGGAGAAAAGAGACAGUGAGGAAGGAGAAUGGGUAGUGAUAAGUAAAAAAGGUGAAGUCAGAACUACUGAGUAUGUUGCUUCAGGUCUUAUGCCAGAUGUUGACUACUACUUCCGUGUAUCUGCUUUGAAUUGUGCUGGACGUGGAGACCCAAUCGAGAUGGAGGAACCAGUCCAGGCUAAAGAUAUUCUUGAGGAAGCUGAAGUUGACAAAGAUGUUGCAAUGAGAACUCAUUACAUUGUCAAAGCUGGAAAAGAUGUUGAGAUCAUGGUUCCUCUAAAAGGCAGACCGGCUCCAAGUGUUUCUUGGAAGAAAGAAGACCAAAACAUUGAUAAUGACCCUAAAUAUUAUAUACACAACACAUAUACUUCAUCAUGUCUCGUACUUUCACAUGUAACCCGUAAUGAUAGUGGCAAAUACACUAUUGAGAUAUCAAAUGGAGUAGGACAACCAAAAUCAUUGACAUUAUCUGUAAAAGUACAGGACAGUCCUUCUGCCUGUAGAAAUCUGGUCCUGAAAGAUGUCACUCGCGGCAAAGUGAUCUUAUGCUGGGAACCUCCUCUGCUUGAUGGCGGUGCUGAAAUUACUAACUAUAUAGUUGAGAAAAGAGACUCUUCAAAGCGCAUAUACGCUGCUGUAACCAACAAAUGCAUGGAAACGACAUAUGAAAUUGAUGAGCUCUCUGAGAAGAUAUCAUACUUUUUCCGUGUAUCAGCAGAAAAUGAAAAUGGAGUUGGUGAGCCAUGUGAGACAGCAGAGCCAAUUAAAGCCACUGAGAAACCUGGUACUGUCAAAGAUCUUGCUAUGAAAGACUCUUCAAAAACAUCAGUAACACUACAGUGGAACAAACCAGAUUAUGAUGGUGGUAGCAUUAUUACCGAUUAUAUAAUUGAAAAGAAACUUCAGGGUCAAGAAGAAUGGGCUCCUGCUGGAACAAACAAGCAUUGUGAGCAUGAGGUCACAAAACUUAAGGAACUCACAGACAUGUUCUUCAGAGUCUGCUCAAAGAAUGAGAAGGGCAACAGUGACUUUACAGAGAUUGGUCCAAUUAAAGUAAAAGACUAUAUCAUUCCACCAGAGGCAAACCUUGAGGAGUAUCCUGAUGGACAGGUCAGUGUUCGCAUUGGUCACAAUGUACAUAUUGAGCUUCCAUACAGAGGUAAACCAAGGCCGUCAGUUAUUUGGCUAAAGGACAAUUUGCCACUGAAAGAGAGUGAAAAGGUUCGCUUCAAGAAGACAGAAAACAAGGCAACUCUUACGAUAAAGAAUGUAGAAAAAGAGAAUGGUGGUAAAUAUACGCUUACGCUUGACAACAAGAUCUGCAGGAAAUCGUUCCAUAUACAGGUCAAUACCCUUGGAACACCAUCCAGGCCCAUUGGACCAAUUCGUUUGGAUGAAGUCAGAGCAGAAAGUAUAAGGAUAUCUUGGGAUGAACCAAAUGAUGAUGGUGGUGGAGAAAUAACCUGCUAUAGUGUUGAAAAACGUGACACCUCUAAGCCAGAUUGGAAGAUGGCUUGUUCAAGUGUUAUAGGUACUACAUUCAAUGUACCAAAUUUAAUCAAAGGAACACAGUAUCAAUUUAGAGUAUGCGCAGAGAACAGGUACGGUGUGAGUGAGCCUCUAGUUUCACAAAAUGUUAUUGCAAAGCACGAGUUUAGACCCCCAGGUGCACCAGGCAUGCCAUUUGUCUACAAUGUCACUAAUGAUGGCAUGACUAUUCAGUGGGACGCACCUAUUUUUGAUGGUGGUUGCCCAAUACUUGGUUACAAUGUUGAAAAGAAAGAGACAAACAGCAUCAUGUGGCAAAAGGUCAACACUGUCUUGGUGACUGCAAGGGAAUAUAGAAUUAUCGGCCUUAUUGAAGGACUGCAAUACCAAUUCAGAGUCUAUGCUCAAAAUGAUGCUGGAUACAGUCGUAUGAGUGAUGAGAGCAAACCAAAUAUGGCUGUUUCUCCUGUUGAUCCUCCUGGGACUCCUGACUACAUUGAUGUAACAAGUGAAUCUGUGAAACUGAAAUGGGAUGCACCUAAAAGAGAUGGUGGAAGCAAAAUUGUUGCCUACAACAUUGAGAAACGUCAGGGCCAGGGUCGCUGGUUGAAGACGAACUUCACAGAUGUAACUGAGACAGAGUUUAUAGUGACUGGUCUAACUUGUGGUGAACGGUAUGAAUUCAGAGUUAUAGCAAGGAAUGCCAUUGGCACCAUCAGCCCACCUUCUCAGUCUUCUGGCUAUGUUCUCAUCAGAGACGAAAGCUCUGCUCCAAAUAUUGAAUUUGGACAGGAGUACUUUGAAGGGGUUGCCAUCAAAGCAGGGGAAAACAUCAAGCUUAAAGUCUCAAUUAUAGGAAGACCAACACCCAAGAUCAAAUGGUUCAGGGAUGAUGUUGAACUAACUAAGAAGAUGGUAGAUAUCACAACAACUGUUGGCUCAAGCACCCUCUUUAUUAGAGAUGCUGACCGCUCUCACCGUGGGGUCUAUUCUGUAGAAGCCAAGAAUCCCUGUGGAACCAAGAAAGAGCAAAUUAAAGUUGAAGUCUUUGAUACACCUGGAGAGCCUGUUGGACCAGUUAUCUUCACAAAUAUCUCAGAAGGCAAAGUUACAUUUUCAUGGAAUCCACCAGAAAAUGAUGGCUGCUCUGAGGUCACUCAUUAUGUUAUUGAGAAGCGCGAGACCUCCAAAAUUUCCUGGACACUUGUUACAGAUCACUGUGAGGAGUGUACCUACAAUGCUACCAAACUGAUCAAGACCAAUGAGUACCAGUUCCGUGUGUCUGCUGUAAACAAGUUUGGGGUCAGUAGACCACUGGAUUCUGUUCCUGUCAUUGCCCAAAUGCAAUAUACCAUUCCAGACUCUCCUGGUACUCCUGAUGCGACUAAUGUUGAUGGAGAGAGUAUUACAAUCAACUGGACUGCACCGACAAAUGAUGGAGGAAACGCAAUUAAACAUUACAUCGUUGAAAGGCGUGAGAAGAAAACUGGGCGCUGGGUGAAGGUCUUGACUAGGAAACCAAUUACUGAGACUGCCCACAGAGUAACUCAUCUCACUGAGAAUGUGGAAUAUGAAUUCCGUGUUUAUGCUUUUAAUGAUGCUGGAGUUGGCGCACCAAGUAAUAUUUCAUUGCCUAUUAAAUGCGCAGAGCCAACUGAAGAACCAGAUGGUCCUUCAAUUGUAAAUGUUACUGAUACCACCAACACGUCUGUCAGUCUGGAAUGGACCAGACCUGGUUAUGAUGGUGGCAUGGAGGUCCAGGGAUACAUCAUUGAGGUGUGCAAAGGAGCUGAAACAGAAUGGCAUAGGGUCAAUGAAGAUAUUUGCACUGUCACAAAGUACACUGCCACUGGUUUGGAAACAGGUGCAGAAUACAAGUUCCGCAUUAGUGCAGUUAAUGCAGUUGGAAAGGGUGACCCUAAAGAGAUCCCUGAGCCAGUCCAAGCAGUGGACAGACUGUCUGCACCAGAGAUUGAUAUUGAUGCAAGCUUCCAACAGACACACAUUGUGAAAAGUGGUGGCAGUGUAUGUCUCCGUGUAGCUUUCAAAGGAAAACCAGCACCUACAGCUUCAUGGAUAAAGGUGGAUGGUGAACUUGGGGUAAUGGCUGAUGUAACUACUACAGAGACUUUCACUCAUUUGGCACUGGGAAAUUGUACACGAAAUGACAGUGGAAAAUACACUCUCACUCUUGAGAACAGCAUUGGUAGCAAAUCCAUCACUUUUACAGUUAAAGUGCUGGACACACCUGGAGCACCAGGUCCUCUCAUGUUCAAGGAUGUUACAAGAGGCGCCCUUACACUUAUGUGGGAGCCUCCAGUCAGUGAUGGUGGUGCACGUGUUCAUCACUAUGUUGUGGAGAAGCGUGAGGCUAGCCGACGUACAUGGACAGAAGCAGCACCUAAGUGCACUCAAACAUAUUUGAGAAUUUCUGAGCUCCUGGAAGGAGUACCCUACUUCUUUAAGGUAAUGGCAGAAAAUCAGUAUGGCCUUGGUGAGGCUUAUGAAAUGCCUGAUCCAAUUAUUGCCACUGCUGAACCAGCUCCACCAAAGAGACUGGACAUUAUUGAUACCACUGAUACAACAGUUACUCUUGCCUGGAUGAAACCUGAACAUGAUGGUGGCAGCCGUAUCACAGCUUACUGUGUGGAGGCUAAACCAAAGGGAACAGAUAAAUGGGUUGUUGGAGGUUCUACAAAAAACCUAAGUCUUGUUGUUGAGCGCUUAACUGAAGGUACAGAGUAUGAAUUCCGUGUCAAAGCAAAGAAUGAUGCAGGUUACAGUGUACCUAGAGAGGCGCUCUCUUCUGUUGUUGUUAAAGAGCCCCGUAUUGAGCCAACUGCAGAUCUCAGUGGCAUUACCAACCAGCUUAUCACUUGCAAAUCUGGCAGUUCAUUUGAAAUUGAUGUUCCAAUUAGUGGCAGACCAGCACCAAAAAUCAUUUGGAAGCUUGAGGAAAUGAGACUAAAGGAAACUGACAGGGUCUCAAUCAAGACCACCAAAAAUAGGACCACACUGACAGUUAAAGAAAGUAUGCGAGGUGAUGGAGGAAGGUACUUCCUUACCCUUGAGAAUGUGGCAGGGGCUAAGACUUUUAUUGUCACUGUCAAUGUCAUUGGCAGACCCAGUCCUCCAGAGGGGCCUAUUGAGAUUUCUUCAGUUACAGCUGAGUCUUGUGAUUUGUCAUGGAAUGAGCCUGAGGAUGAUGGUGGAACUGAAAUAACAAACUACAUUGUUGAGAAGCGUGAGUCUGGCUCAAUUGCCUGGCAGCUUAUCAACUCUAGCGUGAAACGAAAAUCAUUCCAUGUUUCACAUCUAACAAAAUACAUGCAGUACACAUUCCGAGUCUCUGCAGAAAACAGAUUUGGUGUGAGCAAACCAACUGAGUCUGAAACCAUUGUUGCAGAGCAUCCAUUUGUUCCUCCAGGGCCUCCAACUAGACCAGAAGUGUUUGCUGUUACUUCUAACAGCAUGAGCAUUCGUUGGGAGGAACCGUACCAUGAUGGUGGUAGUAAGGUCACUGGGUACUGGAUUGAGAAAAAGGAACGCAACACUAUUCUCUGGGUCAGAGAAAACUCCAUUCCCUGUUUUGACUGUUACUACAAGGUGGACAGCCUUAUUGAAGGUCUUGAAUACCAGUUCAGAGUGUAUGCUAUGAAUAGUGCUGGCCUCAGCAAAGCAAGUGAAGCCUCAAAGAGAGCUAUGGCUCAAAAUCCAGUUGAUCCUCCAGGCAAGCCAGAAGUAACUGAUGUGUCAAGAUCAACAGUGUCAAUUAAAUGGUCUGUGCCUCUGAAUGAUGGUGGACACCCAAUUGUAGGUUACAUUGUUGAGCGUAAGCCAUAUACUGUCUCUGGAGAUGGAAGAUGGCUGAAGUGUAAUUACACUAAUGUUACUGAUACAAACUUCACCAUUACUGCACUGGGAGAAGGAGAAGUAUACGAGUUCCGUGUGAUUGCGAAGAAUGCUAACGGAGUGCUCAGCAUGGCAUCAGUUUCAACAGGAGCAGUGACUUGCAAAGCUGAAUACAUACCUCCCAAAGCAGAACUGGAUAGCAAACUUCUUGUGGACACCGUUACUGUCAGAGCAGGGUCAGACCUGGUUCUUGAUGCUUCUGUUGGUGGCAAACCUGAUCCAAAAGUCUCCUGGGCCAAGGGACAGAAGGAGCUAGAUCUUUGUGAGAAAUAUUCUUUACAGUAUUCUAGCACCCGUGCUCUGGCAAUUAUCAAGUUCUGUGACAGAGAUGAUACUGGAAGGUAUGUUCUGACAGUGAAGAAUGCAAGUGGAACCAAAACAGCUGAAGUCAAUGUGAAGGUGCUUGAUACACCGGGCCCAUGCCAGGAGAUAAACGUAAGAAAUGUAACUAAAGAAAAAUGCACUGUGUCCUGGAAAGAGCCACUAGAGGAUGGUGGUGACCCCAUCACACACUAUAUUGUGGAGAGAAGGGACACUAACAGACUCAACUGGGUCAUCGUGGAGGCUGAAUGCAAGGCCCUUGUCUGUGACAUUACUAGACUUUUCAAGAAUAAUGAAUAUAUUUUCCGUAUCAGAGGUGUAAACAAGUAUGGACCUGGUGUGGCACUGCAGUCUUCACCCAUCAUUGCAAGAAACUCAUUCACUAUUCCAUCACCUCCGGGAGCACCAGAGAUCAUUGCAGUUGGAAAAGACUUUGCAACAAUUGAGUGGCUAAAACCUGAAAAUGAUGGUGGUAGUGAAAUCAUAAACUACCUCAUUGAGAAGAAAGAGAGAAAAAGCAUCAGAUGGAUCAAGGUUAAUAAAGACACUAUACUCAAGGACACAACCUUCAAGGUUACCGAUCUACAGGAGGGAAACGUUUAUCAGUUCCGUGUUACAGCCAUUAAUGCUGCUGGAGAUAGUGAGCCUAGUGAAGUGUCCAUGUAUGCAGUAUGCAGAGUACCAACAGGCAAACCAGAUGCUCCUUCAAUUCCACGUGUAACAGACACCCACAAGGACAGCAUUAGUCUGGCCUGGACAAGAGCAGUAGAAGAUGGAGGUGCCGAUGUUAUCGGUUACAUUCUUGAAAUGCAAGAAUUAGGCACAGAGGAAUGGAUCAAGACGCAUGAGAAGAAUCUUAGAGUCACAGAACAUACUGUGAUAGGUUUGACAACCAGCAAAAAGUACCGCUUCAGAGUUGCUGCAGUCAAUGUCAAUGGAGCAGGUGACUUUAGUGACCCAUGUACUGAAGUAGAGCCUGUUGAAAGAAUUGAAAUACCUGAUCUUGAGCUCCCUGAUGAUUUAAAGAAAACAAUAUGCCUGAGAGCUGGAAGCUCAAUGCGUCUUCAUGUAACUGUUACUGGAAGACCAGUUCCAGCUAUUACCUGGAACAAGCCUGGUGUGGAUCUCCAAAACCGUGGAUUCAUUGAAGUGACAGAUACUGCCACAACUCUUAUCAUUGACAAGGUGCACCGCUAUGAUGCUGGAAUAUACACCCUCGAGGCCUCUAAUUCAGCUGGCAAGAAGGAUGCUAGCAUUCUGGUCAAGAUCUAUGAUACUCCUGGUCCACCAGGCCCCAUUAAAAUAAAAGAGCUCACAACAGAGUCUGCUCACAUUAUAUGGGAUGCCCCUGAGGUUGAUGGUGGAGCACCUGUUAACAAUUAUAUCAUUGAGAGAAGAGAAACAUCAAUGAGAGCCUACAAAACAGUUACUUCUAAAUGCAGCAAGACAUCAUAUAAAAUUACAGGACUGUUAGAGGGAAUGCUCUACUAUUUCAGAGUGUUGCCAGAAAACAUCUAUGGCAUAGGUGAACCUGUUGAGACACUAGAUGCUGUGUUAGUGUGUGAAGUGCCACUGCCUCCAGCUAAACUUGACAUUGUAGACAUCACAAAGUCAUCUGUUACUCUUGGAUGGGAGAAACCUAAACAUGAUGGAGGCAGCAGAAUCAUUGGUUACAUUGUUGAAGCUUGCAAGGCUGGUACAGACAAAUGGAUGAAGGUUGCUACUUUAAAAUUAACAGACUUUGAAUACACUAUUGAAAAACUGAAUGAAAAUGAGCAGUACCUAUUCAGGGUACGUGCUCUCAACAGCAGAGGUAUUGGUGAAGCCAAAGAAAUUGUUACACCUGUAAUAGUGCAAGAACAAAGAGUUAUGCCAAAGGUUGAUCUAUCACGCAUUCCACAAAAGAUGAUCAGUGUUUUGGCAGGCAAACCACUUGAACUUGAUUUGCCAAUCUUUGGAAGGCCACCUCCAGUUUCCACCUGGUAUUUUAAUGACAAUAGAUUGAAGACACAGGAACGUGUGAAGAUUCAGUCUACUGCGAAAUUCUCCAGGUUAACUAUUCUUGACACCACAAUUGAUGAUACUGGAGAAUACAUCCUUGAAGUAAAGAAUAUUACAGGAAUUACUACAGAGCAAAUUAAAGUAAUCAUUCUUGACAAACCUGAUCCGCCUACAGGACCUAUUCGUUUUGAUGAGAUAGAUGCAACCUCAGUUCUAAUAAGCUGGGACCCACCAGAGAGGGAUGGUGGUGCUCCUGUAACUAACUAUGUUGUUGAGCAACGUGAUGCUCAUCGUCCAGGAUGGGUACCCGUUUCUGAAUCAGUUAGCAGGCCAACCUUUAAAUUUGACAGAUUGACAGAGGGAGACGAAUAUGUCUUCCGUGUUUCAGCAGUCAAUCGCUACGGUGCUGGAGAGUUCUUGCAAUCAGAAAUUGUGGAAUGCAGGAGUUCCAAAUCCAUUCCCGGACCACCAGGCCGCCCGAUAGUAUUUGAUGUGUCUCGGGAUGGCAUGACCAUUGCCUGGGAACCACCAGAUGAGGACGGUGGUUUGGAGAUAUCUGGCUACAUCAUCGAGCGCAAGGAGGUCAGAGCUGACAGAUGGGUCCGUGCUAAUAAGAACCCUGUGACAAUGACAAGAUACAGAUCCACUGGUCUUAUUGAGGGCCUGGAAUAUGAGCACAGAGUCACAGCCAUCAAUGCUAGAGGUGUUGGUAAACCCAGUCUACUCUCGAAACCAGCUGUGGCAACUGAUCCAGUUGAUCCACCUGGCUCACCUCAGAACCCGAGAAUCACAGAGACUACAAAGACAUCUGUGUCUUUGGCCUGGAAUCCACCUGAUGAGGAGGGUGGCUCUAAAGUAACUGGUUAUCUAAUUGAGAUGCAGAAGGUUGGUUCUGUAGCCUGGAUUAAGUGCAAUACUACACCUACAAUGAUUUGUGAGUACACCCUGACAAAAAUGCCUCAGGGUGAGGAGUUCAGAUUCAGAGUCUUGGCUUGUAAUGCUGGUGGACCAGGUGAACCAGCUGAAGUGCCAAGAACGGUCACUGUGACAGAGAUGCUUGAACCUCCAAGUCAUGAUCUUGAAUCUAAGUACAAAGAUAUAUUUGUUGUCCGACAUGGAGCAGUCAUCAAACUUUCAGUUCCAAUCAAAGGCAAGCCAACGCCUGUUUGCAAAUGGACAAAGGAUGGUUCUGAGGUCUCUAACCGUGCAAUGAUUGUCUCCAGUGAGGAUAUUACUGAGCUUGUUAUCAAGGAUGCUGAAAGGUCUGACUCUGGUUUAUACAUUCUCCAUCUUGAAAAUAAAUGUGGCAAAAAGAUGGUGCAAAUCAAGGUCAAGGUUAUUGGCCGUCCAGCAGCACCUGAAGGUCCUCUUGGAUUUGAGGAUAUCCAAGCUCAUUCUGUAAGAGUGAGCUGGAAGCCACCAAAAGAUGAUGGUGGCACAGAAAUCCUUGGCUAUAUUGUGGAGCGACGUGUGGCAACAAAGGCAGCCUGGUAUACUGUGGACUCCAGAGUGCUUGACACAUCUUUUGUGGUUAAAGGACUACAUGAAAAUGUUGAGUACCACUUUAAGGUGACAGCAGAAAAUAAGUUUGGCAUCAGUGGCUCCCUUAAAUCUGAACAGCCUGUUGUGCCAAAGACUCCAAUUUGUAUACCAGAAGCUUCAAGUACACCACCAGAGAUCAUGGAUGUUACUAAGUCCUCUGCUGAUUUGGCUUGGAUAAAACCUAAAGAUGAUGGUGGAUCACCGAUCAAUGGAUACUUCAUUGAAUAUAAAGAGGUGUCAUCUGACAAGUGGGUUCGCCAUGAGACGAGGGUUACUUCCACCAUGUACACCCUUAGCGGACUCACUACUGAUGCAGAAUAUCAGUUCCGUGUGAUUGCUGUAAAUAACAUUGGAGAGAGUGAACCUGGACCUGCAUCAGAUUCGGUCAUAUGCAAAGAUCCAUUUGACAAACCAAGUCAACCAGGGGAGGUAGACACGUUGGCUGUAACUAAAGAUUAUAUAACUAUUCGCUGGGAAGCUCCUCAAUGUGAUGGUGGAAAGCCAGUACUUGGUUACUGGGUUGAGUACAGAAAAUCAGGGGAGAGCACUUGGAAAAAGUGUAACAGGGAGCUAUCAAAGGAAAAACAAUUUACUCAAGGUGGUUUGCAAGAGGCUACUGAAUAUGAAUUUAGAGUGUUUGCUGAAAAUGAAACUGGAAUCAGCAGGCCUCGUAGGACUGAAGCAGGAAUUAAAACCAAACUAGGUGUUGUAACUAAACCAGCUCUCAGAAAAGAGAUGGAUGAAGUUACUGCCAAGCUUGGACAGACUGCCACCCUAAAAUGUCAAAUUAUUGGAAGGCCUGUUCCAGAAAUUAAAUGGUACAAAGGUGGAAAGGAAGUCAAAGAGGGCCAAAAAUAUGCUGCAACCUCUGAUGGCCGUAACCAUACUUUAACCAUCUCAACGGAUCAACAAGAAGAUGAAGGCUUGUACACAUGCAAGGCUGUGAAUGAAGCUGGAGAUUGUGAGACCAGUGGAACCUUGGUUCUGGAAGCAGCACCUCAAUUCCCUGUCCCAUUGACAGACAAAAUCUUUGCAGAAUGUGGUACAACUGUACGUGUUCAUGCUGUGUAUAUAGGUCGUCCUGAACCCAAAAUUAUGUGGCUUCAUGGGGCCAAACCUGUGGAGCCCUCUGAGAAUGUCAUCAUUGAAAACACAGAGCAUUACACUCAUUUGAUUUUAAAGAAUGUCCAACGCAGGGUGAAUGGUGGAAAGUACAGAAUCAGGAUCAACAACCACUUUGGCUCUGCAGAUACCGUAACUCAACUUGAAAUCCUAGACAAACCUUGCAUGCCAGAAGGGCCUAUUGUUCUUGAGGCUUUAUUGAAGAAUUCUGUGAUAAUAAGUUGGAAGGCAUCAAAAGAUGAUGGUGGAUCAAUGAUAACAAACUAUAUUGUGGAGAAGCGUGAAGACAAAGAAGGUGCCGAGUGGCAACUUGUCUCAUCGUCUAUUACAGGCACCUCAUGCCGCAUUCCUAAUCUUGUGGAAAAUGAAGGUUACUUCUUCCGCAUUUCGGCACAAAACCGUUAUGGUAUCAGUGAACCACUGGAGACUCCAUCUGCUAUUCUUAUCAAGAGUCAAUUAGAUAAGCCAGGUGCACCACUUAAACCUGUUGUAUCUGGCGUGACCAAGACCUCCUGCAUUGUUUCUUGGAAACCACCUCUUAGUGAUGGUGGAUCCAAGGUCAAAAGUUACAGUCUUGAAAAGAAGGACAAAAAGAAAGGUGAAUGGGUUGUGGUAACCUCUGAUGAGAUUCAUCAGACAGUUUAUUCAGUAAAGGGGCUUACAGAAGGCCUGGAGUACAUUUUCCGUGUGAAAUGUGAAAAUAUUGGUGGAGAGAGUGAAUACAGUGAAGAGUCAGACCCUGUUGUUCCAAAAACUGAUGCUGAAAUACAUGCUCCUGCCUUUAAGGAAGACCUCAGAAAUAUGAGUGUGAAACACAAGAGCAAUGCAACAUUUGUUUGCAAGAUAACAGGACAACCCAAACCUGUGAUCAAAUGGUUCAAGCGUGGCAAAGAAAUUCAGGCAGAUGGAAUCAAAAUCAAGAUCCAGGAAUUCAAGGGAGGUUAUCAUCAACUUGUCAUUGCUAAUGCUGAUGAUGAAGAUUCAACUGUCUAUCAGAUCAGAGCAACAAACCAGGGAGGCUCAAUUUCCGCAACUGUUUCUCUUGAUGUUGAAAUACCAGCAAAGAUUCAUUUACCUAAGAACCUACAAGAUAAAGAGGCCAUCUGUGCUCUUCGUGGUGAAGUGGUGAACAUCAAGAUUCCAUUCAGCGGAAAACCAGAUCCAGUUAUCACAUGGCAGAAGGGCCAAGAUCUUAUUGAUAACAAUGGGUAUUAUCAAGUCAUCGUCACGAGAUCAUUUACAUCUCUUUUGUUCCCCAAUGGAGUGGAUCUGAAGGAUGCUGGUUUCUAUAUUGUCUGUGCAAAGAACAGAUUUGGCAUUGACCAACAAACAGUUGAACUUGAUGUUGCAGAUGUCCCUGAUCCACCUCGCAGCAUCAAAGCCAGUGAUGUGUCUAGGGAUUCUGUUACACUUAACUGGGUAGCACCUGCCAGCGAUGGAGGAAGUAGAGUUAGAAACUACAUUAUUGAGAAGUGUGCCACUACAGCAGAGAGAUGGAUCCGUGUUGCCCAGUCACGUGACACUCAUUACACUGUCACCAACCUGUUUGGGAAAACAAGCUACCAAUUCCGUAUAAUAGCAGAGAACAAAUUUGGCCAGAGUGCACCAUCUGAACCAAGUGGACCAGUUGUGACAAAGGAAGAUAAAUCAAGAGUUCUUAACUAUGAUGAGGAAGUUGAUGACAGCAGACCUGUCUUUACGGGUAAAGCUCAACAUUCAGAGGUUAAGAAUUUGCACAACAAAUAUAUGAUCGCUGAGGAGCUUGGACAUGGGCAGUUUGGCAUUGUUCAUCGCUGUGUUGAGAUUAGUUCUGAGAAGACAUUCUUUGCCAAAUUUGUUAAAGUAAAAGGUGCAGAUCAAGCAAUAAUAAAGAAAGAAAUUGCCACUCUAAAUGUGGCACGUCAUAAGACCUUCCUGCAACUCCAUGAAUCAUUUGACAGUCCUGAAGAACUAGUUAUGAUAUAUGAGUUUAUAUCAGGUGUUGACAUAUUUGAGCGUAUUGGCACAGCUAACUUUGAGCUCAAUGAACGUGUAAUUGUUAAUUACAUCAGACAGGUAUGUGAAGCUCUUGAGUUUCUACACAGCAAGAGUUAUGGCCAUUUUGAUAUCAAGCCUGAGAAUAUAGUGUACACCACAAGAAGGGGAACUACUAUCAAGAUAAUUGAAUUGGGACAAUCUAGACAUCUCACCCCUGGAGAACAAAUCAAGAUUCAGUACACAACAGCUGAAUAUUCAGCACCUGAAAUUCAUCAAAAUGAGUUGGUCAGCAGUGUCACAGACAUGUGGUCUGUUGGUGUCCUAGUAUAUGUUCUCCUCAGUGGACUCAAUCCUUUCAUUGCUGAAACCAAUCAACAAAUGAUUGACAACAUCUCCAAUGCUGAGUACAGUUUUGAUGAUGAGUCCUUUAAAGAGGCAAGUGUUGAGGCAUUAGACUUUAUAGAUCGCCUUCUUACCAAAGACCGUAAACAUCGUAUGACAGCUGCUGAAGCUUUGAAUCAUCCUUGGCUGACAAUGAACACAGAGGAGCUCAGCAGUAGGUCAAUCAAGAUCACAAGACACAAAAGAUACUACCAAGCUAUGGUGAGAAAAGAAUGGAACACUGUUGUCUCAUCUGCACGUAUUGCUAGUGGUGGUGCUAUCAGGAGUCAGAGAGGUGUAACAGUUGCCAAAGUAAAGAUUGCACCAUUUGAAAAUGGUCCAGUUGCUGGGCUAAUUAAACACAGUGUUGCUGAUGAAGGUGAUGAUGUCAAAUUUAUUUGCAACAUUGACAACUAUGAUAGCAGUACUGAGGUUACAUGGUACUGUGGAGUUCGACAACUAGAGGAAAGUGCCAAGUGUGAAAUUACCUACGAAGAGGGACUUGCUACAAUAACUAUCAAGGGUAUCACUAGAUCAGAUGAUGGAACAUACAGAUGCAAAGUUGUCAAUGAAUAUGGUGAAGACAGUGCAUAUGCUGAGCUCUUUAUUAAAGGUGUCAGAGAAUACCGUAGCUUCUUCACUGCACGUGUGGUAAGGAAAGUCAAACGCAGAAUAGACACAGCCCGUCUUCUACAAAGACCUCCGGAAUUCACCCUUCCAUUGUGCAAUCGCACUGCUUACUUUGGUGAAACUCUUCGCUUUGGUGUCACCAUCACAGUACACCCUGAGCCUCGUGUUAUGUGGCUGAAAUCUGGGCAGAAGAUUUCCCCAGGAGAUGACGACAAGAAAUAUACUUUUAUAAGUGACAAAGGUCUGUAUCAGUUAGUUAUUCACAAUCUUGACUCUGACGAUGAUGCUGAAUACACUGUGGUGGCACGCAACAGGUAUGGUGAUGAUAGCUGUAAGGCUCGUCUCACAGUGAUUCCUCGCCCUGCGCCUGCUGAUAAUACACUGAGACCCAUGUUCAAGCGCCUACUGGCAAACUUGGAGUGCAAAGAGGGCCAGAGUAUACGCUUUGAGAUAAGAGUGUCAGGAUCACCGACACUGAAAUGGGAGAAGGAUGGUACACCUUUGGCAUUUGGUCCACAGAUUGAAGUUGUUCAUGAGGGUUUGGAUUACUAUAUGUUACACAUCAGAGACACUCUUCCAGAAGAUUCUGGUACAUACAGAGUAACUGCCACUAAUUCUGCUGGUUCUGCAAGUUGCCAAGCCACACUUAGGGUUGAACGUGUGACGCAUGUCAAGAGGGACUUUGAGAGUGAGAAGGAUAAGAGGAAGAAGCUAGACCAACAGCAAAUUGACAAGAAAGUACGAUUAACACAGAUUCUGGCUGGUACAGACGUCAUGGCACUUAUUCCUGUAGCACAACAGGCAUUGAGAGAGGCUGCAACUAUGUUCAAGCCUGCAGUAACCACCAAAAAAGUAAAGACUGAAGCUGAAGAAGCAAAGGAAAAAGAAGAAAGAAGGAAAAGGGCAGAGGAAAAGAGAUUGAGAAUGCCAUAUGUUGUCCCUACACCUCGCCUUUAUGGUCCUACUGCUCUUGAGGAAGACAUGGUGAUCAAGCACUUUAAACCAUUAUCUGACAUGAAGUGGUACAAGAAACUACGAGAUCAAUAUGAGUUCCCUGAGCCAAUGGAAAAGAUUCCUCAGAAAAGACUUAAGCGUAUUCGACUCUCAAGGUGGGAACAAUUUUAUGAAGUGCCCUUGCCAAGGAUUAAAGACCAAUACAAGCCAAAAUGGCGUAUACCAACUGUUUCACAAGAUGACUUGGAAACUGUCAGACCAGCAAGACAACGAACACCUUCUCCGGAAACGGAAGCUUACUACAGAAUAAGAAGGCGAUCACUUGGUGAUCUUUCUGAUGAGGAACUGCUUCUUCCUAUUAAAGAAUAUCUGUCAAUGAAGAGUACUGAGGAGGAAAGACUUAAACUUGAAGAGGAACUUAGAUUAGGCUACUCUGCUUCUCCACCAAGUCUAAGUCCUGUACGCUUUGAACUCUCUGCUUUGCGUCCUUCGUCGCCAAAGAGGACUGUAUAUGAUGAGGAGAAAGAAGGAGAGGAAGUUCCUGCAUAUGACUCCUAUCGCAUCCCCUCAAAGUACGAGGCUGGCCCAAGCUACAUCGAUCUACGUCAGAGGCAUGAUAAAGCAACAUAUAGACCUCCUAGGCAGAAGCAAAGGAUGUAUGAAGAAAAAGAGGACCAAGAGCUCCUUAGACCAGUCACUACCACCACAAGAAUAACGUCUUACAAGAGUCAGAUGAAACACAUGGAGUUUGAGGAAAAAACAAGAAUCACAAGAAAAGAGAAAACAAAAAUUUCAAUACCUGCAGUGAUUCAGGGAGACACAGCUGACAUAUAUGAUGUACCAGUGAGGUCAUUUUCACCUGGUUAUAGUAAGGUGACACACCCCAAGGCCGAGAAGCCUCCUAAAAUAGAUGAGGACAAAAAAGCAAGCAUCAGACAUCCAAGCCCAGAGGGGAAAUAUCCACACACCAUGAGCCUUGUGUCAAGUGAGAAAGCAGUGUCUUCACAAGACCUGUCCAUAAAGGUUGACUACAUGCAACGUUAUGAAGCAAUGAAGAAAGCUCUGAAAACUGAGACAAAGUUUGAAACAGUUUCUCAGCAGCCAUUUAGUCUUGACCAUACGCCAAGGGUGACUGUAAGAAUGCGCUCUCACCGCGUGGCAGUUGGUCAAAAUACAAAAUUCACAUUGAACGUUCAAUCUAAGCCAGAGGCACAAAUUCAGUGGUAUCACAACGGCCAGCCCAUUCAGGAAAGCAAUAAGUAUAGGAUGUAUAACAUGAGUGGGGUUCUUUCUCUCCAGAUCAUUGACUGCCAAGAAGAAGACAGCGGGACAUACCGCGUCACCUGCACAAAUGCAAAGGGAGAAGCCUCAGACUAUGCCACUCUAGAUGUUUCUGGAAGUGGAUUUUCCGCAUAUACAUCUCAGCGCAAAGAUGAAGAACCUCCAACUCCUUUUAUACCUGAAAUGACAAGAACAGAUGUUUAUCAUGUGUCAUCAUCUAAGGCAACAUCCACCACCGAAACACAUGUUUCAGAAGCAGUAACUGAAAUCAAAACAUCAGAUAUCAAAACAGAGGCAACAGAAACUGUUAUUCAUGAAGAAUAUGUAUCAUCUGAGAUGAAGCUUCAAACCACAGAAAUGGUAACAGUAGAGGAAGCUCCAGUUGAGACAAAGAAACCAACCAUUUCUGCUAAAAUUCUGACUAAGCCACAGUCACUCACAGUUUCUGAGGGGGAGUCAGCAAAAUUUACAUGUGAUGUGGAUGGUGAACCAGCACCCAGUGUAACUUGGUUAAGGAAGGGACAAGCUAUUGUAUCAUCUCACCGUCAUCAUGUAACAACGACAGAAUACAAAUCUACAUUUGAGAUCUCACAAGUUGAAAUUUCAGAUGAAGGAAACUACACAUUGGUUGUGGAGAACUCUGAGGGUAAACAAGAAGCAGAAUUUACCCUGACUGUUCGCAAACCAACACCUGUACAGAAAGUUGUUGCUUCUCCUCCAAGAGUAAAGUCUCCAGAGUCUCCUCGUCUGAAGUCACCUGCAGGGAUUAAAUCCCCAGCAAGAAUCAAGUCCCCUGAACCAAUUAGGUCACCACAAAGAGUCAAGUCACCAUUCACAGCAAAGUCACCAGUUCCAAAAGAGAAAACAACCAAGCCUACCUUUUCAGCUGGACUGAAUGAUAUUUCUGCUUUGUCAGAUACAAUUAUCAAGCUGACAGUAAAAAUUAUGGGUGUGCCUAAACCAGCGAUUUCCUGGAUGAAAGAUGGGAAGAGUGUGUCACAGGGUGGAAAAUAUGAAAUAUUUGAGGAACACGGUUCUGCACAUCUUGAAAUCUAUGAUGCUGAUGUCUCUGAUAGUGGUGUGUAUGAAUGCACUGCAAAAAAUAGUGAUGGAUCAGUCACUACAAGAUGCACUGUAACUGUUAAAGAAUCAAGAAAAUCAACAGCGUUUGCAGUAGAAACAAAAGCAGAACUAACAGAAGAACUUGCCAGACAGGAGAUCAUUCAUGAGAAGGUCCAGUCAUUUUCAGAAAUUAAAGCUUUGCAAACUGAAAUAACAAUGACUGAGGGUCAGUCUGUCACACUGAAAGCAAAUAUCCCUGGGGCUUCUGAUGUAAAAUGGAUUCUGAAUGGAGUGGAACUGAUCAAUUCAGAGCAAUAUAGAUAUGGUAUUUCUGGAAAUUACCACACUUUGACCAUUAAGAGUGUAAGCUCCCAUGAUAGAGGAAUUGUCACAUGUGAGGCACAAACUGAACAGGGAGUGGUCAAGUGCCAGUUUGGCACAACAGUCAGUGAAAAAUUCUCAGAUGCACCAAGCUUCCUAGUGCAACCACGCUCCCAGAACAUAAAUGAAGGCCAGGAUGUCAUAUUCUCCUGUGAAAUAAUGGGUGAGCCUACACCUGAAAUUGAAUGGUUCAAGGACAAUGAAGUGCUAUCAGUCUCAUCAAAUAUGAAACUGAGCCGCUCUAAAAAUAUGUACAAACUGGAGAUUCAGAAUGCCACUGUUGAGGACAGCGGCAAAUAUACAGUAAAGGCCAGGAACCAAUUUGGACAGUGUUCUGCAACAGCAUCCCUCAAUGUUCUCUCUCUGGUUGAAGAACCUGUUAAAAUGAGAGUAUUGAAGAAAAGCUCAGAUGCUACAAGUAUACAAAGUAGCAGCUCUGCCUUGCACAUGGCUUCAACAAUGCAGGAAACGAGAAGCAGCAGCCCCAGCAUGGCUCAGAUUAAAUUUCAAAGCAUGUCAGCAACUAGCAUGACCUCAAUGACAUCUGAAACAAUGGUAGCCAUGAGUUCGAGUUCACGCAGCAUGAUGGAAAUGUCUAGUCAUGCACAUGUUGCAGGGUCCUCCCUCAGAUCCAUUUCUUACAAGUGCAAAGGUGUACCACCUAAAAUUGAAGCUGCCCCUGAGGAUAUAAGCAUAGAGUCAGGAAAGGUUCUGACUGUGGCCUGUGCUUUCACUGGAGACCCAGUUCCAAAUGUUGAGUGGUCCCGUUCAGGGAGGAUACUGUCCAGUGAAGAGAGUGAAAGGUUCCAGAUUGAGACCACUGAGGACACAACCACACUCAUCAUUAGUGGCAUAAAAGAAAAUGAUGCUGGAGCAUACACCCUCAAACUUUCAAAUGAGCUUGGCUCUGAUACUGCUACCGUCAAUGUCCGCAUUCGAUCUAUGUGAAAAAUAUAUAUUAAUCCAGUCCAUACGCCCUUUUCCUUUCUUCAAUAUAUUUUAUUUAUUGAAUGAGUAAGAAAAAUACUGUUCUAGAUAAAGACCUGGAUCUCUGUUCUGUAAAUAUGAACUAUUUUUAUACCAAACUUGACUUUAAUUUAUGCCAAACUAGACUAAAGUCUAAAGUUGUUAAAGAUGUGCCAAAUUGGGUAAUUAUGACUUUUUGAACCAUUUUUCUGUGACAUGUACAUAAUGUAUAUAGCCGAAUUGAACGGUUAUGGAAAAUUUAUGAAUUGUUAUUUAUGACAAUAAUAACUUAAACAAAUGGAACGAAAUGUUUAACAGGAGAAAGUUUCUAAUGGAACGAAUACCCUGUGAAACCUGAAACAAAAUUAUGUGCCUCAACAAUAUGUUGAAGUCUUAAGAUUGCCUCAACAGGUAGAGAGGCUCCCUGUUGAAGUUCUACUAAAUCAAAGGGACAAAGCUAUGCACUGUACAUCUGUGCGUAUAGUAUUUCAGUACUCAAAUUGAAUUUAUAACUUGACCAUAAGACCUUGAAUGCUGUUUGCGUCUCACCCUCACAUAAGCAGCAUGACUAGGUCUUGUGUUCAGACUGACAAUUUCAUAUCACCAUUUUAAUGACAUGCUCAAAGUGCGAGCGGCCUGCACCUUGAGCUGAUGAUGAUAUGCGCUCAUGUUCUGCCAAAGGACUAUUUGAAUUUGAUCUUAUGAAAGCAACAUCACCUGGCCAUUAAUUUCUUUAUCAAUUCAGAUACUCCUUUGCAGAAUCUGUGCCACCUCUUGGAGGAAUGCUAGGUUAUAUUGUGUGUUUUUUUUUUGUUAGUGUGUGUGUUAGUGUUAGGCUCUCACUUUGUCAGGGUAUUCAAGCAGUGUACCACAGUAACUACAUCUGCUGUGCAAAGAAAACAUAAAACACAUGAAUGCAAUACCCUGCACUUUGAUUCAAUAGCAAUUAAUAUAUGUAGAAUUACCUAUAUAUUCUGCCUCCUUGAGUUUUAUGAAUUUUUGGUUUAAUAAAGCAUGAUUUCAGCACCAUAAA